AUGGGUCGGAAGCGCUGCGUGGGGGGAGACGGCUCCAAGAUGGCGGCAGGUUGCUGCGGGGUGAAGAAGCAGAAGCUCUCCAGCUCCCCUCCGUCGGGCUCGGCCGGCCCGGGCAGCGGCGGCGGCGGCAGCUCGCACUGCGGUGGGGCGGCGGCGGCGGCGGGGUCCGGGGGAGGCUGCGGCGAGCCGGGGUCCCUUCCUGCGCUGCCGGGGGGCGCCCCCCGCCUCAACGGCCUCGGGGGGCUGGCGGGGGGCUCCCCCGGCUGCGCCCUUUCCCCGCCGCUGCCGCCCAGCUGCGGCGCGGGACCAGGAGGCCUCUCCGCGCCGGCCGCCGCCUCGCUCCUCUCCUCGCCCGGGGUCGGGCCCGGCGGCUGCAGGAAGAUGGUGGUGUCGGCCGAGAUGUGCUGCUUCUGCUUCGACGUGCUCUACUGUCACCUGUACGGCUACCAGCCCCCGCGGAGCCCCCGCUUCACCAACGACCCUUAGUAAGUGAAGAAGGUGCCCCCCCUCUCCUGUCCGCGGAAAGAAAAGGGUGCUUGCAUUUGUGGGUGGGAAGCCUCCCCUUGGAAAGACCCCUCCCUAAGUUCAGUAUGUGUGUGUGUAUGUGUGCAUGGGGUGGGGAAGGCGGGGGGGGGUUACUUCUUUAAUGACCUUUAGCUCAUAGUUUUAUUUAUUCCCCCCUCUUUGAAAAGCCAGAAGUCUGCAGGACACCCCCCCCCAUGUCAUUUGCCUGUCGUGUACUCUUCCCCCCACCCGCUUUCCCAUCUAGUUCUAAUUCAUAAUAUUUAUAAUGGCUGCGAUCCCUCUGUGCAUUCAUUGAACCUUUCAGUAAGCUCCGUUCCACGUAGUGCAGGUUUGGGCUGUAAGGUGGGUGCCUGAAAAGUGUACUAAUGUAAGUAUGCUUACAGCGAUGCAAAGUGGUAGCGUUAGUAUGGAUAUGUGAUUGCACGUAUAUUAAUGCAAACAAUACUGGAAGCAAGCUUUCCCUCUCUCCGUAUAUAUUUAAAAAGUGUACCAAGAAGUAUCCGGCAACCCUCCCCAAUGACCCUCCAAUACAUAAUGCUCCUCUUGUUCUAGCACAAUGUAACCCCAAACCGAUUGCUUUCUGUGUAAGAGACCCCCCCCCCCCAAGACUAGCAGGUAGCUCUCCAGUUUGUCUUGUUGCUCCGGUGUGCUGCUCCAACUACUUUUGUUAGAAUCCCCCAUAUUUUUCCUGCUCUAAGAACAACUUCUUUCUCCCUCUCUCUCUAUCCCUCACAGCCAUUCUCACAAUCCCUAAAAGCCUUACUUACUUUAUAGAAACACACAACCUUUUAUCCCUGAUAGCACUCCUUUCCACUGUUACUGUCCUUGUGUGCUCCCCCCCAUGUAUUUUUCACCCUGCCUGAAACGUCUGAUCUAGAUCCCAACAGUGCUCCCAUCUCGUAUGUACCAGGGAUCCCCCACCCAUUAUCCCUAAUUACUCUUCUAUUGUAAGCAAUAGUGAAUAUUUCAGUGCAUCUGAAUGAAAUUGCUUUCGUCUAGUGGAUAGCAUCCUUCUCCCUCUAGCUACGCUCUCCUACACCUCUACAUGGCUCAGCCCAACUCCUUUGUGUACCCCAACAAACACAUCUUGUGAGCACCCUUCAGAUUUUUCUGCUUUCCCUGUAAAGACUUAACAGAUCUCCCAGGAUGCUGCUUCCUCACCCUGUUUGUCUCCUAACACUCAUACGGUACUUGUAUGGGAGCUUGGGUGGAGUGCUGGUGGAGGGUGGCAUAUGCAGGGAAGAACUAGCAGGCAGAAAGAGAAUCCUUGACACUUCCAUCCACCUGCAAGUUUUUCAUCUGAGAAUAUACCCCCCUCCUCCCCAUUUGAGAACAGAAGUAAACACAGCUAAGGAGGGGGGAAUGGACCGAGGUGGCUGCAAUGGAGAGUUUCAUUGGCAUGACAAAAGUUAUGUAUCCUUCCUCUCACCUGCCAGUUCUCCCCUUCAUUCUGUUACCGUAGCUAAAGGGGGUUUAGUAGUAGAGUUUGCUAAGGUAAUUCAAUAGUUUUGCUUUCAGAGCAACUGCUUCAUCAGCAGCAACCUUUAGUGAAUAAUCCCUUACUUCCUUCCCAUAUAGUUUUCUCUUAGCUGAAAUAUAACUCCUUCUUUCUCCAGUGAGCAGUUCUGUAGCUACCUCAGUUGUGUUUCUUGGCUUCUUACACUGGCAGGAGGGGGGAAGAAGGUCCUCAGUUCCAACUUCACUAAUGUCCCUUUAGGACCAUUCACCCCAUAAUACUUCCACCCCCACCACCCCACAGCAAGCAUAAAAUUUACAGUGGAUGUCCUCUUUCAAAGUACAGCCCCUCAUUUAUUAGUUUUAAAACAAAAUCAUAUACCACCAUGUUUUCAGGUUGUUUUUCAUAAGCAAUCACUCAAUAACAUUUAUUAUAUUUAUAUAAUAUGCUCAAGGUGGCAUACAAGUUCUUCCCUGUCUCUUUUACUCUCACAGCAGCCCUUUGAGAUAGGUCAGGGAUAGCCAAUGUGCCUUCCAGGUGUUUUUGACCUCUGGCAAUUCUGGCUGGGGCUGAUGGGAGUUGUAGUCCAAAAUAUCUAGUAGACACUGUGUUUGGCUACCACUGAGUUACUCCAAGAGAUAGUGCCUAAAUCAAAGAUAGUAGGUAAAAAAUAGAUUGGCAGUGUAGGCUCCAGGGAAGGGAAUUCUACUGACGGUACCAGCACUGAGAAGGCUAUCUCUCAGAUUACUGCUCAGACUGGGAGGGAACCCAGAAGAGAACUCAUUGUAGAUAGUCAUGCUCUAGGAAACCAAUAUAAGGUAGAGGUAAAGGGACCCCUGACCAUGAGGUCCAGUCAUGGCCGACUCUGGGGUUGCAGUGCUCAUCUUGUUUUCUUGGCCGAGGGAGCCAGCGUACCGCUUCCGGGUCAUGUGGCCAGCAUGACUAAGCCGCUUCUGGCGAACCAGAGCAGCGCACGGAAACGCCGUUUACCUUCCCUCUGGAGCAGUACCUAUUUAUCUACUUGCACUUUGACGUGCUUUCAAACUGCUAGGUUGGCAGGAGCAGGGACCGAGCAACGGGAGCUCACCCCGUUGUGGGGAUUAGAACCGCCGACCUUCUGAUCGGCAAGUCCUAGGCUCUGUGGUUUAACCCACAGCACCACCCGUGUCCCAGGAAGCCAAUAUACUGAGGCUAAAUAUGUCCAAGAGAUGUUGCAGCUGAUAGAAUAUAUUUUAUGCCACUUGGGCCCCCAGUGGCAGCUGGAUCCAGGAACAUUCUUAGACUGCAGACUUCUUUCUUAUGAGGAGUACAGCCCUGUCCAAGAAAGGUAGAACACCAUCUUCCUGAGUGGAGGAGCCCAACUACCCAAGCUAUGCAUCCCCACAUAGCAACUAGCAUCCCUACAACAUGUUUGAACCUGUAUUGCAGGUUUUGCUAGUAACGAUCUUCACCACUCUAUAUUGCAGAAACAUUGUUGCGUAUAGUUAAGGUGGAAAGAUCAAAUGGCAUUCUGCUAUUAUAAAGUCCUGCCACUGUAAUCCUAAUAAAAUCAAGACUAUUUGUCCAAAUUAUCUAAAGGUUAACACAGAAAAUCUCCAUGCUAAGCACACUAUAAAUUGACCACAUUAAAAAUAAAACCUGAUAAGAAAUUACUGAGAUACAGCAGUUGUUUAAAGAUUCCCCUAAUAAGUGCAAAUUUAUCCACUUUGUGACAAUUAUUUGCACAUCUAAAAUAUACCUUCUGUUUUUCCCUUUUGCUGGUUUAGAUACACUCAAAAAUUCAAGGAAAUUGCAGAGGUCUUCUCCUUCCUGGUUUGGUGAAAAUCUGUUGUGUAUCCAUAAAAAUGUGAGGUUUUAAAAUUUCAAUUUCAAUCCAUCAUUUAAGUACGGGCAAGUCAUAUUUCAACACACAUUCAGGGCUAGGUUGUGCCGGGUGAAGCUUCUCAGUUGAAUGAUCAUCUGCUGCCAGACUGACAGCACAAUCUUAUACAGUACUAGCCUGCUCAGAAUUAAGGCUCAUCAAGUUCAAUGGGACUUACUCUCAGGUGUAGGAUUUAAGCCUCAGGAAGCUUGCAAAAGCCAGUAGGUCUGGGAAAAGGGGGUGUAGGGGCAAGAGGGAACAACAACCUGUAUGUAGUGGUUGGUUGUGGUGCUUUGCAUUAUGUGUAUGUUUGGAUUUAUUUGUGUGAAGUGAUUGUAAAGGGCUGAGCCUGAAGCUGUGUGUGUGUGUGUGUGUGUGUGUGUGUGGUUUUGCAUUUGUGUAAAGGGGAUUGUGAGAAGUGCCUGUAAAUGGUUAGACCAGGAGUGACCCAGACCACUUCAGGGAGAGCUUGAUGGCUAAGUAAGUAGUUGAAUGCAGUAUAUAUCCAUAACCAUGUACAGUAUAUUGAUAAUUUAUUCAAAUAAAUUUGCUAUAUAGGAAACCAUUGCAAUAAUAAUAAGCACUGUUUGCUGCUUUGCAUAGAAUCUACUGUGUGCUUCACCAAGCUCUUCAACACAUAUAUUGUGAACUUUGUAUAUUUAUCAGAAUAUUUUUUGAUAUGGAGAUUGAUCUUUUUGCCUCUGAAGCCAGAAAUCUGCAUAGCGAAACACAAAGCUAAACCUGAAUAUCUCAUAUCUGUCUCUGUAUUCUGUUCAGUGUGGCAUUAGACCAUUGAAUUAUUUUUCUCUUUGCUGUAUCAGAGUUAAGUUAUGAGUUCCCAUAACCUCUUAACUUAAAGAUGCACAUUUGCCAUGACAUAACCACAUUAGUUAUCCUUUGUAUGACCGUCCUACAAAUAGGAACGUAAACGGAUAAGAAAGUAUAUUUUACUUAGUUUUUCAAUGUGCUGUUAUGGGUGAAGUGGGGAUUCUAAUCCAGGUUACUGAACAAAAAUAAGGAAGCUUGGGAGGUAGCAAUUGUUCUUGAUUGAUUGAUUGAUUGAUUGAUUAACAUAGCACACAGGAUUAUGAGCUUUGUGUGGCAUAGAAAAAUGCUGUACAGCUGUAUACACAUUGCCCCUAUAUACACCACACCCCUCACACAACAUUUUCUGUUCAGUCAGGAACCUUAUUUUCCUUUCUAUGAAUUGCUUGCCUCAUCCUAGCUAGUUUACCUUAUCCCUAUGUUACAAAGUACUUCCAAGCCACCUGUGUUAGAAUACUCUGUCCAACACCAAACUCAGAUGGUGAGUGCGAUAACAAUGCAGCCCAAACGGAGGAAUGAGAGAUUUGUGGAAUGUUGAGAUUUAAAGAAGUACAAUUAAAAAACAAACUGAAAACCUAACUAGAUUAAAAAGCAGUGCCACACCCCAACAGAUCAGUUUAGACUGAGCAUACUUAGUAGCUAUGGAAUGCUGAAUGUUGCUUGGAAUAGAAAAAUGAAGGGUGGCGGCGGAGCAAGUAUCCUGGAGGAGGGCAUGGCUGCCUGAUUGACAGGAAAUCUGAACUUCUUCCAGGAGAUGAGGAUACACAGCCACAUUUUGUUGCAGCUCCCACUUGUCCCACUUACAGAAUGCUGUCUUAUCUUGCUUUCAGCCUUCACUUCAGGUUGAGCCUCCCAUUAUGCUAUGCAGAAAUACCGCUGUAUUGUAUUCAUGUGUUCAGUGAACUGAAAAUUCCUUUCCCCUCUUGUCAUCAUUCAGUUGCUGUACAGUUUCUAGGUCCUAUAGAUGCAUCACUUCACUAGUGGCCACUGGUGAAGUUGUAAUCUCUGGUUAUCCCUCCUGCAACUGUGGGUUGAAACAGAUGGCCAGUUUCCAUGUGGUUUCCAAUGUACACUGUUCCCCAUGGCAGCUUGUAACAUGAGAGACAGCUGGUUUACACUCUGGCCAGAUGGAAAGCCAAGUGUUACUGUGCCCUCCAUUUCUCUGGACAUCCGAACAACUGUAGUUGUUGGCUUACCACAUGACUGCUGUCUUUCUCAAGCUGUCCUGGCUUCAGUUUCACCAAAAUUCUUCCUGUGCAUUGAGCCUCCACAGUUACCAGGGCAGUAGAAGAAGAAGAAGAGUUUGGAUUUGAUAUCCCGCCUUUCACUCCCUUUAAGGAGUCUCAAAGCGGCUAACAUUCUCCUUUCCCUUCCUCCCCCACAACAAACACUCUGUGAGGUGAGUGGGGCUGAGAGACUUCAGAGAAGUGUGACUGGCCCAAGGUCACCCAGCAGCUGCAUGUGGAGGAGCGGAGACGCGAACCCGGUUCCCCAGAUUAGGAGACUACCGCUCUUAACCACUACACCACACUGUCUCUAUUCUGCUCUAUUCUCUAUGCUGCUAUUCCAUGAGAGUUAAGCGUGAUGUGCUGCACAUAGAAUUCAGCUUCCUGGAAUUCUGAAUUUUCAUGAGAGUUUCUACUCCCUUUUGUCUGCUAAGGUAGGCUUUGAGAUACGUGACCAAUGCCUGCUAAAAUGUCAGAAGCCAAGGAAGUUGAUGAGUAAUAUUUUAAGCUGUGGGAGAGGAACAAAGAGAGGGAGAGAGAAUAUGCAUCCCUGCCAAAAAUGCUUCCACUUUCAAAAACAUAUAAAUACAAUAAACAGUUUAUGCCUUUUGGUGGUCUUCAUGCUUCUUCAGCUUCCUGAAUCUCCCAUUCCUUUCCUCCUCCUCAGCCUCUUCUGGACUAGGAAUGGUGAAUAUUCCAUACCCUGCAAGCUGUAUGACAAAUUAAAAUGCACACACUGCAUUUUAGUAGUGACAUGCACCCUACUAGGGUUGCUGCUGGUGUGUAUUGCUGCACUCUUGUACUCAUUCACUGUCUGCAACAGCGAAUACCUUAUUAUUCAGCAAAUACAUCUUGAGGAAGACCUGUAGGUCCUUGGCCAUGUGAAUGCUUGAUGUUCAAUUCUAGGCAUCUCUAAGUAGGGUUGGGAAAGACUCCUGUCUACAAAUCUAUGGUGAGAGAACAGUUACCUCACAGCGGCUACAGCUUUGGUUGCUGUAAAGCAGCAAACGGGCAUCCAAAAUGGUAAGUGGGCUGGAGUAACUUCCCUAUAAGAGUAGUGACUUUUUUGUUUAGAAUGAAAUAGGGUAAUAGGGAUCAUAUAUAUAAAAUAUUGCGUUGAAAAAGUUGGCAGAAUUUUUUCUCUCCCUCUCAUACUACAAAAACCCAAGGUCAUCUAAUGAAGCUAUAAGGGUGACAGAUUCAAGAUACAGAAAACAAAAGUGUUUUAUAUUGCGAACCUCCCUGAGAUCUGUGGAUGAAGGGUGGCAUACAAAUUUAAUAAAUAAAAUCUUUAUUUCCUGAUGAAUAUCCUUUGGACUAUAAUGUAACUUAAAUAGAAAACUAUCUUUAGAAAGAUUUUUCCUCCAAAGCAUUUUAUUUUAAAAAUCCAAUUUAAAUUAAAAAAUUCAAUUCAAAUAAAAAAAAUCUGAUUUAAAUUUUUAAAAAUCCGAUUAAAAAAAAUAAAUCAUUGAUUUUUAUCCACCAUGUCCAGGACCCACUUUUAAUCCACACAUGUAUUGGGGGACCCAUUUCUUAAUAUUUUUGCAUGGUAGUAGUGCUCCUGUUGUGACCCAUCUUGGAUCAGGUUGCAACCCACCACUGAACAGCAGUGGUGUAGGUAAUACGCAGCUAAAGGGAUCAGUGCUGUGGCUUGGCAUAAGGCAGCUUACUGUGCUGCUUCUUGAGAGUUACAUGCCCAGCCUCCUUAUUCCAUGUGCUGACUUGUUGGCUGGCCAGUAAGUCUCUUAUCUAAGCCUUCUAGCUUCCUCCAGUGAUUUCUGCAUCUCUAACUCUUCAGUGAUUCCUAAACAAAACAUAUGCUCCUCUUCUGAAUGUAAUCUGAGCUACUCGUGAUUGAUUGUGGAUCAUUAAAGCCCACCAUUAUGUCAUUCUUGCUAAGAAUUACUUUAUUUCUUAGAUCCGUUACAUAGGCAGGCUUGUGCAGUGGUUAGUGCCAGACAGUGUUCAAAACUUCUAUUGUUCUAGGCACAUUUUGCGAUAGGGAAUUCAUUAUUGCAAGCAGUUUCUGAGCUUGGCGCAGUACUGCUCCUAAGAUUUCAGAUUAAAAAUACAGAGUGGAAGGAAAGGAGGACCUUUUUCUGCCUCCCCACUUCCAGCUACUCUCUGAAGACUGGAGAAGAGACCCUCUUAAGAAUAUUAGGGGGGAGGGCAGGGGAAGGACUAGACCAUGUGAAAAAUAAAAGAUAUUUUUGCUGCAGUUCAUUCAUUUUCAGCUUUGUAUUCUUGUUAUAAAAGAGCACGCCUAGGCAUUCCGUUGUUGCUUCCAUAACCUAGGUUUAUCUCAAUUUCUAACAUUGGUGUCAGACUAGACUGAGGAAGCCCAGAUUCAAAUCCUCACUCAGCCAUGAAACUCACUAGGUGAUUUUGGUUCUCCCUCCCGGCCUUCUCCCCUCGUGUGUGUGUGUGCGCGCACGCGCACGGGCAGGGUGGAUAAAAAACAAUGAUUUUUUAAAAAGGAUUUUUUAAAAUUUAAAUUGGAUUUUUAAAAUAAAAUUCUUUUGGAGGAAAAAAUCUUUGUAAAGAUAGUUUUCUAUUUAAGUUACAUUAUAGUCCAAAGGCCAUCAGGAAAUAAGGAUUUGUUUUAAGUGUUUCAUGUGUGCUGAAAAAAAAUGUUUAACCGCAUCAGUUAACAAACAUGAAGACAUAUGCUAUAAUGUUAUUAUUUUAGUUAAAUAAAUUGUUUAAAUAGUUAUUAAGGAAAUGAUUGUUUUUCUCCUUCCAAUACAGUAGAAAAGUUGUCCAAAUAUAAACAGUUAAUUUAUUAAACCUCACAAUAAUUUCAUAAUUAUCUUGUAGCUUUAUGUACUCACCUUCCUUCAAUCUGUCUAUGUAUUUCUAAUAGUAUAACCAAAUCAGUAAUUUUUGAUAUAACUGUAAAAACUCCUCUGAAAAUGUAUUAUUCCAAAAAUGAAACUUUCAUCUGGUUGUAAAUAUUAAGAUUAUACCAGCAGCAAUGCCUUUCUGUAAAAAAAAAAAUGAUUUAAAUCAAAUCUUACUGACUAGUGAUUUAAAUCAUGAUUUAAAUCAUUUUUAUUUAAAUCAAAUCCACCCUGGUGUGCAUGCAUGUGUGUGCCUAACCUACCACAGGGUGGUGGGGGGGGGGGUGUCCAUGCACGCCACCUCAAGCUCCUUGUUGGAAAAGUGGGAUAAAUGUAAGAAAUAAAAUGAUAGUUGUCGUGUGAACAUGUUUGAAAACUGGGGCAAAAGUGCCUAAAAUAAAAUGAGUUACAAACAGUAGUGAGUUUUCCUUUUAUAGUCUCUAUUCUGCCAGUAUAGUUUUCUGAAUAAAUCCACCAUUUCUACUGAUAAGAUUUUCCCCUCUAUAAUAGUAUAACAAAGUUCACUAAAUACCUUGCCUGCUCGCCAUAAGCUUGUUCCGUAGUUGCUCAGUGUAUCCUUCUCUGCCACUAUGCUUUUAAAAAAAUUCCUUUGUGUCACCAAGAAAUCAUCUACCAUUCUACAGUCCAUAGUUGCUAUGGUUGUAGCUCCCCAUUGAAUCAGUGUAUAUAUAUAUCUAUAUAUAUAUAUAUAUAUAGCUCUCUCUGCUCCAAGCCAGCUAAUGAUUUUGACUUCACCUGUGAUGCCAUAUUAACCAACACAUCCAUUGUGCAACCAGUAAUGCUAGGUGGAGGCUUGUUGCUGACCUUGCCCAGUGUAUCUGAAACACAGUGCAAAGUUGGGGGACAAUUCUUUGCUCCCUUCUCCAAUUUCAACUUUGGAGAUUGGUAGGGGAUUCUAUGUAGUCCGUUAUCAGCCUCCCACUCUGGUCUCUAUCUACAACCUUCAUCCAGCUUGGUGGGAUAGAGGCAAGGCUUGCUUUGGCUUUGUCGUUUGCUGAUCUUUUGGAGUACCCAAAAGCACAAGCUGACCCAAAUCUGCCUUCCUGCUCCAACUUAGAGCUGAAAGGGGAAGGCUGAGGCUUUGUACUUGGUAGUCUGAACUCCUAGUGGGCAUAGAGCCAAAGUAAAUCCCAGGCUUCCUCUGAUCUUUGUGGCUGGGGAGGGAGUGGGAAUCCCCCCGCCUUGCCCUGAGAAGAAGCCUAGACCUUCUCAUGCUUGCUAGAGGUUGUGUGAGCCCUUGGAGUGCUGAAUGAAAUUGUUGACCCCUGGGAAGAAAGCACCACCAGGGAAGCUUCAGUCUGCCAAACAGAGCUGUGUUGUCAUACUUGGCCUUAGUUAUGUGCUUACAUGGCUCAUUAAAACAGGCACUUUGAAACCACACAAUUUUGGGAACACUGAAUGGAUUUUCACCAGACUAGCAGAAGGCGCACCUUCACAAAAAUUUUGAAUUGUUAAAAUAAUCUGAACUGCCAAAAGAUUAAGCUUCAACUGUGUUUUCAGUGAAUACGAAAACGCAAACAGAAUAAAGACACUGGUUCAAAGCAAGCUAUUAAACUGCGAGAACUUAGUCAUUUUUUAUCAGAUGUUCUAAAAUUUGUUCAGUCUAUACCCCUCACCAGGUAGAUUUUCUGUGCCAGCUUCCAUACUGACAAGACAAAUUGUCUUGAUUGUUUGAUCAAUAGAUUUUUAGGCUUGAAAUGACAGAAUGCCAAACUGGCCACUUAACUUAAUUUUAGUGCCGCUCUUGUACCUGUGGUUAAGAGCUGUGGUGAAUAGCUUGAAUGCUGCAUAGCACCACUCUCUGACUUCCUGUGUUUCCUGGAGGCCCCUUGAUUUAUUCUGAAGACAGCUCUUGGUAGGGACCAGAAACAGUAGUCUUUCCAAGUGCAAGAACACCUUAUCCUGUUCUAAGUUUGGUGCCUUUGUGUUCUUACUCAUGGCUGUUUCUUCUUACUGUUUUUUCCAUGGCAGUCACGUCGUGUCAUGUUGGACCAUAUUUUAAUGCCUUACUGUGAGCAUGCAAAUAGCUUCUGCUUUGCUAGUGGAAGCAACAAGCCAGUUUGGUGUAGUGGUUAAGAGCGGUGGACUUGUAAUCUGGUGAACUGGGUUCGCGUCCCCACCACUCCUCAUGCAGCUGCUGGGUGACCUUGGGCUGGUCUUUGAAGUCUCUCAGCUCACUCACCUCACAGAGUGUUUGUUGUGGGGGAUAUCAAAUCCAAACUCCUCUUCUUCCUGGUUUGGCCCUUCAAGCUCAAGGAUCAUGGUUUGUUUCACUCCAAACAAAACAUAAUUUGAAGCAAAUUUUUGAUAAAAACAAACCACAAUCCUCUGUUCAGCUGUAAAGCUAAGUCAGGGAUCAUGGUUUGUUUCUCUUGCUCGAGGGGAGGAGCAAAUGGGAGUGUUUUCUUUGUUCACCAUUAACUCUGAAAACUAGGCCAUUAUCAGUAGCAUGAUGAGUGCAGGAUACUUGAGGAGGCUCCUUCUUAGACCACUCGCCCAUCUAACUGAGUAUUGUCUAGUCAAAAUUGCAAUGGUUUUACAAGGUCCUUGGCAAAGGUCUCUCUCAGACCUGCUACCUCACGUCAUAGCACAAUGUUACCCAAACUUGGGACUUAAGCUGUUGUUGGAUUACAACUCCUAUCAUGCCUAGCUAACAGGACCAAUGGUCAGGGAUGGAUGGGAGUUGUAGUCCAAAAAACAGCUUGAGAUGCAAGUUUGAGAAGCAUUGUAACGGAUUCCAUGGAUGGAACACGGGGCCUUCUGCAUUCAAAGCAUGUGCUCUGCUAUGGAGCUAUGUCUCUCUUACUACACUUGGGGAAGGAUUUGGCUUUCAAGUACAGUCUAGUAUGUAUUUCAUUUCAUAAAAUGUAUAUACCCUUUGACUAUUAAAAAACUCUCAAAUCUCGUAAUUUAACAUGUACUAUUUGAGAUUCAAAGUGUUGCACACCAUUAACUACUCAAACAAAUGGUCUCUUUUCAGCUCCCACUUUCCAGCAGCAUCCCCUGAAAGUGCCGCUCCUCCGGAUCUGGACUGGUAUCUUCAAUAGGAAAUACCUGCUCUCUGGGUGGAUAUCUCUGGGGUUUGAGGAAUGCUAAGAUUCUGCCUCCUACUGCCUUUCAGUCCCUUAACAAGCAUCCUUGCCUGUGCAAAUGUGCAUGUAGUAUUGAAUUUAAAUAGACCCCUAUGUGCUUCUUAACCUUUGUAAGCGCCAGUGUUUGUAGAGCCUCUUAAUUUCCCCCAAACUCCAGCUAAUUAUCUCUAAAGCUACAUAUGUGUUUAAAAUUUUGAUUACAUGGUUUCAUUGCAGAGGGUCUAUCAUCCACCUGUUUUUGUGAAUUAAAGAUUGCAAAGAAAAUAGAAGAAAGAGACUCUUGCACAGGCCCACUUUUGUGAUAAUACUUGAUAUUGCCAUUUUCUCCCUCUCCCCUAAGUUGUCAUUUGAUUUUAAUAAGGGUUUUCUUCCCAAUAGUUUUUGUGUGGGUGUAAUUUCUUAGGUUUUCUUCUGGAGUAAAUAAACUGUGCACAUAUACCUAAGGAAAAUCUGUGACUCCAUGAAAAUCCUCAAAAGUGUGUUUAAUUCCACAUGGUUAGCUAUAUUUCUCUGUUGCAGGGAAAACAAGAGUUUUGUGGCACCUUCAAAACUAACAGAUUUAUUGUAGCAUAAGCUUUUGUGGGCCAAAGCCCACUGUCAGAUGCAUCAGCUGAAGAAUAUCGAGUUUCAGCUUUGCAUUUAAUUAAUGUGUCAGAAAUUAAUUCCACCCACAGGUUAGUUUGUGACUACUCUAAGAAUAUAUUACCCAUGGAACUCCCUUCAUUAAGCUAUUUAGAGAUCACUCCCUGGAAUGCCACAGUUAGGAGUUUUCUGUGCUUAAUGUUUUGAUGAAAAAUAAAUAAUUUUGCUUGCACAUGCAUAUUUGGUCUCAAGUAACUUUAGUUUGGUUUCAUGGGAACCAAUUUGAUGCUCCUUAAAGUUUAGAAUAGCUCAAAUAUAUUUUAAAUCCAGCAAAUUUAUGUUGAAUCUGAUUAAACUUGCAUCAUAGAGUCUAUUUAAAGGACUAUUCUCUGGUUAUGAAACAGUGAUGAAGGCUUACUUCACCAUUAGUGUCAGCUCAGGGCCAUCUAGUGGGGCUCUUUAAGGCAAUGAGAGAACCUUUACAAUCUCCUGCUUCUUCAUUUAGAGAUGCCUCAUCAGCUUGCUGUGACAUUUUUGCCAGGCACUUUGAAGAUGAAAUUGCCUGUGUUAGGUCUGACUUGGCUGCUGCUGACAUGGAGAGUCUAGACCUGCAGUGUUUAAUGCCCUGUUCACUCACAUUUGGUUAGGUAGGUUUUAGCUGUUUUUCCCCGAAGGUUGGUCAACAAGAGUUUUGUCCACACAGCCACUUGCUUGUUGAAUAUUGGCGACACGGCUGGUGUGGAAAAGUUUGCACUUUCAGUAAUAGCUGUGUUAUUAACUCUUCACUAGCCAAAUCUAAUAUGUUGGCCACCUUUAAAUAGACAGAGGUACAGAUGUCACUGAAAAGCCAUUAUUUGAUCUACAAGAUUUUGGAAAUUAUUGGCCAAUAAUUGAGACCCUGUUGGCGUUUGUGGUCUUGAAAGACAGUAAAUGUAACUAUUUCACCUGUAGGUCUUGGGAGAAUUUGGAGGUGUUUUCUGUAACUUAUUUUCUACCUCAUAGGAAGCAAUUUGUGAAAUUACAUAAACUUUUAUUCUUUGCUGAAUAUCUAUCUUGACUGGGUGUGCUGGUCCCGGGGGGAGGCGUGGUCAGAGUCUGGUCCUGGGUCAAGGGUCUGGAGACAGUCCACAAAGGGCGAAGCGGGGUCCGAAGCAAGAAGCCAGGCGUGGUCAGGAACUCUGGAAGAACAGGUCUGGGUGCUGGCAGAAGCAGGUUUCCAACGACGUUGCUCCCACAACCUGGGACCGGGCUGACUGGCCUUUUAUCUUCUCUGAGGCCAGGGGCGGUCCUGGCCCACAGGUGACCCGCCUCUCCUGGCCUUAAGGCGAGCACUCCUCCUGAGAGAACCCAGUUCCCUCCGCCUCUCUGCCCUGAGCCUCUGCAGCUCAGGAGAGGCUGGAGGGUUACUGGACCCAGGGGGAGACUCACUUUCCCCUGACAGGGCUGGGAGUGGCGCACCUGUAGGCAAUGGGCCCUCAAUCACCUCCGGAGCCAGAGUGGAUUCAUCUGGUGUCUGCUCCUGAGGAUCCGGCACAGGUGCAGGCAUUUCAGAAUCAAGGCCCUGCCCCGGCUCAGCCGGCCCCGGAGGCGGGGACUCCUGUGCAGGCUGGGAUUCCUCUGGUUCAGCCUCUGAAUCAUAUUCCCAGGCCAUCACACUGGGUUUGUUUGGAAAUUUUGAAAGAGGUGCCUAUAAAAUAACAUUAGAUUUUAAUUUGGAUCCAAUUGUCUCUUCCUUGAAUCAAUGUCUAUAGGCUGCAUUGGAUUGGAUGAGUGCUAAUGUACAUCAGUACAUGAUGCUUAAUACAAAUACAGUGGUACCUUGGGUUACAUACGCUUCAGGUUACAGACUCCGCUAACCCAUAAAUAGUGCUUCAGGUUAAGAACUUUGCUUCAGGAUGAGAACAGAAAUCAUGCUCCGGCGGCGUGGCAGCAGCAGGAAGCCCCAUUAGCUAAAGUGGUGCUUCAUGUUAAGAACAGCUUCACGUUAAGUAUGGCGCUCCGGAACGAAUUAAGUACUUAACCCGAGGUACCACUGUAAAGUGAAAAUGGCUGGAUAUACAGUAGGAUCUUUGAAGAACAUGUUCCUUUUAAAGAGCUAGGCUCUCAGCUGGAGGAUGUUUUUCAACUCAGCUUUUCUCUGCUCAUGGAUGAUCAAGAGGUAGUUGUAGUCCUGGUGCAUUUUUUAUAUUGCCAUCUUAUAAGUAAACAGCAUCCCCCCCACCUAGAUAAUAACCUAGAUAACCAGCCAUUCAUCAUGCAAUGAAACCCUUGUGACUUGACUUCUGCAAAACAGUCUACAUAACAUUGCCUUCUUAAGACAUUUGAAAAGCUUCAAACUGGUGUAAAAUACAGCAACCUUUUACAAAUGUUUGGUUGUAGUUUCAUUGGCUUUCUAUUAGCUUACAGGUUUGCUUCAAAGUCUUUGUCAUUAGCUGUCUAAAGCAUUUAACAGCUGAGAGCUGCUCUAUCUGCUAGAAUGCCUUCUUGUUAGAUACUUCUCCCAUUUAGGGUCCAAUGGCAAGGCCUUAUUUCAGAUCCCUUUCUGUUAGGAUGCAUUAUCCAUGAGGGUGUGUAGGAGGUGUGUUCAUUUUUUCACAACUUUUGUAAUAUUAAGCUUCUAUAAACCGGUGGAAAAAGCUGGAGUAUUUUUAGGCAUUCAUCAGACAAUAAGGACAUAUUAGGGUUUUUUAUAUUUACUUUUUGGUAUACCAAUCUUGACAAAGGCUUUUGGAAAAGCAGCAUCUAAAUUCUAUUACAAUAAAAUACAGAACAACUGAAAGUGAAAACAAACAAAUCACUAAAAAUCACAACACCUGGUCAGACCAGUACAUUGUUUUAAAGCUUUUGCAGAUUAGCAUUUAAAUGGUAAUAAUAAUAAUACUGUAUUUUUCGCUCUAUAAGACGUACCAGACCGCAAGACGCACCUAGUUUUUGGAGGAGGAAAACAAGAAAAAAAAUAUUCUGAAUUUCAGAAGCCAGAACAGCAAGAGGGAUCGCUGCGCACUGAAAGCAGCAAUCCCUCUUGCUGUUCUGGCUUCUGUGAUAGCUGAGCAGCCUGCAUUCGCUCCAUAAGAUGCACACACAUUUCCCCUUAACGUUUUAGGAGGGAAAAAGUGAGUCUUACAGAGCAAAAAAUAUGGUAAUUUAUUAUUUAUACCCCGCCCAUAUGGCUGGGUUUCCCCAGCCACUCUGGGUGGCUUCCAACACAAUAGUCCGUCAAACAUUAAAAGCUUCCCUAAACAGGGCUGCCUUCAGAUGUCUUCUAAAAGUCUGGUAGUUGUUUUUCUCUUUGACAUCUGGUGGGAGGGCGUUCAACAGGGCAGGUGCCACUACCGAGAAGGCCCUCUGCCUGGUUCCCUAUAACUUGGCUCAGAUGUAAUGCUCAGAUGUAUCAAAGCAUGGGCCAGAGAUGGCAAACUGAUUAUUAAAAAAGGAAUACCAAGCUGUGUAAAACAUCCACAACCUGUCCAGGUGGCUCAACAUAACUUCAGCUUUUGAUGUUGGGACAUAUGAAUAGUCUAACUUUAGCAAAAUGUUUAUGAGUUGGAGGCCUCAGUUAUAAGAAGUUGAAUGUGGCAUGGGUGUAAACUGAACUUGAAGAGUGGUUUGAACGCUUUAGGUUCUCUCCCUGUCCCCCGCAGUACAUUCCUUUAGGUUUUCUUUGUCAUCUUCAUCUGUUUAAGCAAAUGGAUAGACAUUCUACUAGUGUGAGCCCAUAUAGUAAGUGCCUCUCAAUCUUUUGCACGUUUAGGCUGUAUUCUUACAAGUGUUUCAACAUUACUCUUAUCAUAAUCUUAGGUAUAUUGCCGUAAGAUAACUUUAAAUUAAUCAUAAUAAAUGAAUAAUUUUAAAUUUGUAAAAUACAUAUCUGGUUAUGACUUCAUUUCCUAGUACAAAGAGAUAUGGCUCAUUUAUCAUGCUACCACCUUUACUUGCCUGUUCACUGGGUGUUCCUUUUCCUGUGUCUGGCUUUUUGUCUCGACUCGCGCCUGAAAAUUGUUCCUAGGAACUUUAGCUUGUGUUGACAAACUUCCUUUGCCAAUUUGGAUUUCUUUGUUCUCAGAGAAUUGUAUUCUUUAGGAGCCAAUUUCCAACAUGACUCUAAUAAAAUCAGCUGCCCUUUGUAUCUAGAGUAUGUCAACACGUUUGGUGUGUUUUAUAUUUCUUUUCCCUCAGAACAUGUAGAAGUGUGUUCAUAUUAUGCAAAUAUGAAUACUUCCCCUUGUCUGAUUUCACAUGGUACAUUAAAUCAAGGAUCAGGAGAUCAGAAAUGAGACUUGGGUUUAUGAGUAGCAUACUCCUAUUUAAUUUUGCUAUUAGGUCAAAAUCUGCAAGUUAUAGUUAGGGCUUUUCCUCUAUACCAAAACGGAUAAUCCAAUUCACCCAGCAAUUUCUGAUUCUGAUUUGGAAGGCAGCCUCUAAGCAUAGUUCACCACCAGAACAAGGUAUGUUUAGCAUUAUACAGGAAUUGAUAGGGGAAUACAUAUGUUAUGUAAACUGCUUAGAGGUUUUUAUUGAUUAAGCAGUAUAUAAAUAUUAUUAAAUAAAAAAAGAGAAGGGAGGAGGAAGCCCAGGGCACCUUGGCUCAUUCAUAAUCCACCAGGCCCUGGUUUGGAGGAUUGUUGAAAUGUAGUGUUUCAGUGUUGUACUAAAGAAUACCUAGAUACCGUAUUUUCCGCCCUAUAGGAUGCACCGUCCCAUAAGGCGCACCUAGUUUUUUGGGGGGGAAAUAAAGGGAAAAAGUUUAUUUCCCCCCCCAGGCGCGGGGCUGGGGCAGAGGAAGCCCGAGCUUCCCCCGACCCCAGCCCCCAAACAGGCAGCUCUCUGCAAGCCGUGGGAGCCCAGCGCUGGCUCCCGCUGCUUGCGGAGAGGUCCGCGAAGCCUGGACGCGCUGAGCUCAGCGAGCGCAGGCUUCAGCAUGCAGGCAACUCUCCGCAAGCAGCAGGAGCGCUCCCGCUGCUUGCGGAGAGGUCCGCAAAGCCUGGACAUGCGGAGCUCAGCGCGCGCAGGCUUCAGCAUGCAGGCAACUCUCCGGAGCACUCCCGCUACUUGCGGAGAGGUCCGCGAAGCCUGGACGCGCUGAGCUCAGCGCGCGCAGGCUUCAGCAUGCAGGCAACUCUCCGGAGCGCUCCCGCUGCUUGCGGAGAGGUCCGCGAAGCCUAGACGCGCUGAGCUCAGCGCGCGCAGGCUUCAGCAUGCAGGCAACUCUCCGGAGCGCUCCCGCUGCUUGUGGAGAGGUCCACGAAGCCUGGACGCGCUGAGCUCAGCGUGCGCAGGCUUCAGCAUGCAGGCAACUCUCCGCAAGCAGCGGGAGCCCAGCGCUGGGCUCCUGCUGCUUGCGGAGAGGUGCGCGAAGCCUGCAUUCGCCCCAUAGGGGACACACACAUUUCCCCUUCAUUUUUGGAGGGGAAAAAGUGCGUCCUAUAGGGCGAAAAAUACAGUAUUUGACCAUGGCUAUUCAGCCACCUUUCAUCUGGUCCCUUUUCAUAGUAUUCCCACAGAAUCCAUAAAGUGUGGAAGAUGUGUAUUAUUUAGUCUGCUGUUGGCAUCUGUCUGUCUCAAGAGACAAUGGAGUAUGCCUCCAGGGGUGAAGUCAAACAGCUGCAUUAGCAGCACCAAAGUGACCUCCCCAGUACACAAGACUGGGCAGUGUAUAUGGAGAUCCUAGGCUGCUCAGUUGACAAGACCUCCCUCUCAGCCUCGCUGAUGUGGACCAAAGGAAAAUGGAGAAAUACAGUUGGCUCCAGCUUAGCUGCAGGAGUUGCUGGAAGGAGGCAUAUAAGGUCCCAUCUAACCAUCUUAGGUACUCCAGUCCAGAAUUGUGUAGGGUUUACUCCUUAGCCCUUUCUUCUUCCGAAGAUAUAUUGCAGGGCAGCAGAGGUUUCGGAUCAGAGAUUUAUUUCUCCCAGAUGGGCUACCUUCCCAGGUUGACGAGCCCAGUCUCCCUUCCCUCUACAGCACAUGCAGAAACUGUCCUCUUGACCCACUAUUGGUCUUGUCCACUCAAUCCGUUGGAGCCUGUCUUUGCUUGCAGGGGAAGUCCCUAACUCACGGAGGGUUUGAGACACAUCAUCUGCCCUCACCUGGUUUCUAAGAGCUACAGGUGAGAGCUGAGUGCAGGGUGGGGGACCAAAGGUGGACAAACUAUCCCAGAAGGAGCUUGAAGUGUUCCACACCAGAGGUACUAUCACUCUCUUAACACCCCAUACACUAAUUGAAUUCAUAAUUUUUUCCUGUUCUGUAAGGGCUCCUGAAAGUAGUUUACAAUAUACUUAGGGCACCCUAAUAGAGUUUCCCUAUCAGUUUUAUAAGCUAAAAAUAUCCCUUCCAGUAGCACCUUAGAGACUAACUAAGUUUGUUAUUGGUAUGAGCUUUCAUGUGCAUGCGCACUUCUUCAGAUACCAAACGCACUGAUCCUCAUAUCAUUCAGAUAUCUGAAGAAGUGUGCAUGCACACGCAAGCUCAUACCAAUAACAAACUUAGUUGGUCUCUAAGGUGCUAUUGGAAGGGAUUUUUUUAUCUUGUUUCGACUACGGCAGACCAACACGGCUACCUACCUGUGACUAGUUUUAUAAGCAACUUCUAUGGUUCUUUAUUAUUUAUCCUUAUAUAUUCUUUAUUCUCAUCUGUUCUUAUUUAUUCUCUAUUCUAAUUUAUUCUAGAAUGUUCCGCCUAAAUAUUAAAAGGCUUUACAGAGCUGUUCUCUUUUUUUUAAUUUAAACUAUUUGCAUCAUAGUGGGUAAGGCUUUAAAGUGUGGCACCUUCUUCAAAUGUUUCAUAAAUGCUGUAUACUUAAGAGACGCCACUUUGCUACUCAGCAGGGGAUUCCUGUACUUUCAAAACAAAGAUUGGUGAAUGUACCUUGGUAUUAAAAGCCAGGAAGAGGGCGUACCAAGUUGUUGAAAGGGUUGCAGAAUGAAUGCGGAAUUUAAACUUCCUUGAAUUAGCAAGAUUUCUCGGAGCAAAUGAGGAGAAAUCUGUUGGUGGCCUCUCUUAAUUUGCAGUUCUUCACUACAGAAUCUUAAUAGGUCUGACUAGAAUCUUGGUUAACUGAUUAGCAGCACCAAAAUAUUCAAAAUGUGACUUUAAUUAUUGUAGUAGUGGCAGUGUGGAAAAGGAGCAAGAGCUAUGGCCUAGAGCCCCGCAAAUUUAUAUGAAUUGUGUUAAUUAAGCUGAUUUUGAUAAUAGGCAAAUGAAUUGCUGCCCUCCAUCCCAUAGGGCUCUUGGUGUCAGACAAAUCGGCUGCUCUAGGGUUAGCUAUCUAAUUCAUUGCUCUGUGUUGCAUUUUACUGAUAGCCACACACAAAAUUAAUUAUUUGCUAGUUAGUGCAGAUAUGAUACCACUCUGAAACAGAGUGGAGAAAGUCCACUGCAGAGCAUCUCCUUUGCAUGCAGAAGGCCUCAGGUUCAAUCUCCAGGAUCCCUUAAGUAGGACUGAGAAAGAUCUCUGCAUGAAUUUACUGUGAACUCAGGUGAUAAUGAAAAUGCAUUUGCCCACCACAGGCUGGAGUGUCAACUGAGCUUAUUCCUGGAGUGGGGUCAGAUGUUGUGUGUUAGUUACACUGAGACUGGAUUACGGCGGUGCUCUUUCCUUUGCACUGCCUUGGAAGUAUUUGGAAAGUAUUUGGAAACUUCCAAGUGAUCCAGAAUGCAGCAGCAAAGGGAGCUGGUUCUUACCAGCAUGCAAACCCCUUGCUCCAACAGCUACUGGCUUUGAGUUUGUUUUUGGACACAAUUCAAGGUUUUGGACCUUUUUAAGCAACUUAGGUUCAGGAUAUCUAAAGGUCCCAUUUCAUUCCAAAUGAUCCUGUCUUAUUAUAAAGAUUUGUAGGUGAGGUACUUCUUUCUUCCUGUCGCCUCAGUUGUUUUCUCUGUGACUAUACUAUGGUUGUGGAACUCCCUACCUAGGGAGGCUCAUGUUUUCCGUCCAAAGGUCUUUUGGCACUAUUUAAGAUACUCCUUUUUUGGCAGGCUUUGAGCUUGUUUGAGCUGAAAGGCUUUUUACUAAUCCUAUGAUGUUUAUAUUUGUAUCUGCUGUGAGCUGUCUUUUAGUCUGGAAUUUUAUUAUUAGUGCUAGAUAUAGAAGUUUGCUUUGUAAGUGUUGAACACCAUUUUAAGGAACCUUGAGGUGGUGUAAACAAAAUAGAUGAAAAGGCAGGGUUUUUAAUUGAUCUAUGAAAAUAAUUAAUGCCAUUCCUUCUUCAAGUCCGUUCUCUGCUUCUGCCUUGCUCACAAGGCACCCAUCUCCCUUGUAUGUCACUGCUGCAAUUUAAUUGUCUCUAUGACGACUGCCUGUGUUACACCCAAACAGGUGAUGCAAGCAAUAUUAAUCGUGCUCUGAGGCCUCCACAGGAGACUGAAGGCUGAGAUUAAGAUCUUAGGUAUUAUACUGGUCAUAUAUUUCUAAACUUCAAUUAAAACUAGUCAGUUUUAGCCUGUGUAAUCCUCCCUUGAGAGACUUUCCCAGAGCAAUCUCCAUUGAAGAUUUAAAGCCUAAGGGGUAGGCAAGCCUUGGAUUAGAGAAUAUGGUUUUGUGUUUAAGGCAUAUGACUGCAGCCUGAGAUAACUGGCUUUUAUCUGUCUCUGUCUCUUACAUAGCCAUCCUAGGAUGAUGUAGGUUGAACUGUGCUGAUGAAUUUUUCCACAAUAUUUCCUUUUCCUUUUUCUCUUUCCACCCCACCUCUCUGUUGUUAAGUGAUUCCACACUAGAUCUAAAAUGUUUUUAAAAGGCACUCGUGUUCACAGCACAGUUAAAAUUAAUGGCAAACUGUAGGUAACUGACAGCUCUGAAAAAGCAAAGCUGAAAUGUUGCAAUCCAGAAACUCAUUCAUUAUCAUGUGGAAAGUUUAGGAGGUAUAAUCUUCAUGCUGGGGGAGGGUGCAUUGAGUGAUAUUGAUAAUUCAGAUUCCUGUAGAAAUGUUCUGAACACGAAUUAUUUGGUUCCCAGAUAUUUUGCACUUUCCAAAAGCACCCAUGAGGAAACCCAUGGUGCCAGAUUUCGAGCAUGUUGAAUUUAGUCAGGUAAAGAAGGAUUAGGGAUAGAAAUUUGAUUUGGGUAAAAAGUACUACUGGACGUAUGCCUCGGUUUUGCCUGCUUUAAUAAAAGGCAUGUAGAGUUAAGUGUCAGGCCUCUAAUUGCAGAGUGGAGUACAAUAGGUAAAAAUUGAGCUUUUGUGAAUUCUUUUUAAAAAUGAACUAGGUACAGGCCUUGGCAGGGGGUAAAUAAAAAGGUAUAAUUAUUUUUUCAGUUCCCCAUAUUUUCUAUCACUGAGGUAGAGCAAGGCUUGGCACCUGGUCUGCUUUUCUGGUCUGGUUUCCCCAAAAUUAAUAUCAUCACUACAUUUGCUCAGGGUCUCAGCAAGGACAAAUAAGCAUUUUCUACUUCCAAACACAAACCUUUUCCUUAUGUCUGAUGUGAGGACAACAUCAUUUAAAAUGCUAGUAGCAUUAAGAUAAAUUCAACAGUGUAAAUAAAUUUUGAUUAAUAGAACAAUGGUUUACUGAAUGGUUUAGUUCGUGCAAAAUACGCAGGGAUGUAUGGUGUGCAAAAUGAACCACGGAAAGAGAAGAAGGGAAGUCAUUGGUUUAAGGUUGUUUAAAUGAAUAUUUUGAAAUGUAUAUUAGAAAAUUUAAGAAAAAUUAUAUAAAAUAAAAUGCAUUUCAUUUAGCAGUUCCUGUCAGUGGUGACUGGUGACUCGUCAAGGUGGCUGGCAGAUUUGAUCCCCUCCCAUCUCUAUACCUAAGUAUUUCCCACUAUAGCUUCAAGCUGUGUCUCUUUACUUGUACAAGAGGAAGUCAAGAUGCAUACUUAGAAGCACUAUAAAGGUUGGAAGCAAAUCUGCCCUAGAGAUCCCUGUCUCUGGAGUUGGUGGGGAGGGAGGCAUUUUCUCCUCUCAGAAGUGACCCAGAAUUCACUGAGAGUUAUUGAGAACAAGGCAACUGCUCCUUGCAUUGCCUUACUGCCAUUGCCCAUGCUGGAUGGGACCAAAGUGAGUUGGGGUUUGACAACAUCUGGUGGGCACCGGGUUGAGGGGAACACUGUGCUAGAAUGUGAAACAAUAUUGGAGAUGGGUUUUAUAGAGAGGUGGUUGGCCUCACAAACCUGACUAUUAAAAAAAUGAACAUUACAGGAGGCUGAUAAUUUGGAACAACAAUCUCUGAAUGUUGUUUUUUCAGCUGCUAUGCUAAAAUUGUGUAGACAUGAGCCAGUGGACGUGACAAAGUUGGUGCUGUGCAGUCGAGUGAUAUGCUGGGGUCAGAAAGUGAAAACCAUACAAAUCUGUGCAAACUCUGACUUUUCCCUGGCAGCUGAACAACAAAACGGCUGUGCUCUCGGAAACUGGAGUUUGUCACUGGCAGAAGUAGCCAUAACUUAUGUGCUGCUGAGUUUGUAUUCCCAGUUUACUCUGUUGUUGGCUUCCAUGUUAACUUCUUCAUUCGCAUUUUCUCAGUGACUCUUUCCAGGCUUACCCUUGUUUUUUCUUCCUGUGUUCUUCAUACUGAGGAUAAAGUUAAUCCUUACACUGAUUUGACCAGAUGUGCUGUAACUCCCAUUAUAGUUUUAAGCAAAAGGGUCCUUUUUCCUCCCUGCUGUUUAAACAUAACAUAAUCCAAGGUGUUUAACUGUCAUGGUGACACAAUGAUUAUCUAAAACACUAUACAGUACACAGUUUGCAUCAGAACAGGCUGUCCUAAUUUGAUCUAGGGGUCUUGUCUGCAUCUUGUCUGUGAUGGUUUGACUAAGCUCCUGAUACAGUGAUGGAGAACUUGAAGUGAGUGGAAAAUAAUAUGUUUAAACCAGCAUGAUGAAUACAGUAUGAAAAUAGAUGAUGAUGAUGAUUUUGCUGCAGUCUUUUCCAGGACUUGGUGUUGGCAUUGGCUGUACUAUUAAUGUCAAAGAUGUUCAGUAGCAGAUGGAUCCUUUGUGUAUCCUUAAACUGAAAGCAGUAAUAAGGAUGAGGACAUCCACUGCUUUAUUUUUAGCCAGCUAAUACAAAGUGUAAGCAUUCUCUUGUGCUUGAAAUCAGUAGCAACUAGCUCUGUGAUGUGUCCACUACCAUUGAGAUGUGACUCUAGAAGACCUCAAUUCAUCUCUUCCCCAACAGGAUUUAUUUAUUUUAAAAUAUGUAUAUGCUGCAUUUUCCAGUUAUGAACUCUCUCAGGGUGAUUUAAUGUGGACAAAAUAAAACACAUAACAAUAAUACAGAAUAGGGACCAUGUGGCAUAAUUUCAACAAAACACCCUCCCCUACACAAAAUGAGCCAGCAGUAGUACAGCAUCCAAGCAAACCCCAAAUCUAAAUACAGUUCCCCCUGAUUUCUCCAUUACAUUGCGUAGCACAUAAAGAAAUGCUACUCAGGUACAAAUUAUUCAUGAAACAAAUAAAGUUUCCAAAGCUUUCUAAAGGACUGUUGUGUAGUAGCUUCCUGAUGGUCAGUAGGAAUGAAUUCUAGGGCUGUGGGGCCACCACAGAGAAGACAGUCUCUUUCACACUCACCAAUCUAGGUGGUACGCAGUUGAGGAGAGCCUCUCUUGUUGAAUGUUAAGAUAUAGUCAGUUUGCUAAUAGAUGCAGGCAGUCCUUCAAACCAUUCAAAGCUUUUAAGAUUGAAACCAGCAUUUUUAAAUUGGCUCAGAAACACACUGACAACCAGUGCAGCAGCUAUUAUGAGGAAGUUGCAUGAUCUGACUGCCUUUCCCCCUCUGGCAGCCACAUUUUCAAACAGCUGAAGUUUCCAAGCUUUCUUUAAAGGCAAAGCCAUGUAGAACGAUUGCAGUAGCCAAGCCUAGAUGUGACCAUAGCAUGGAUUAUUCUUGCUAGGUCCGCUCAAUUAAGUUGGUUCACCAGCUGAAACUUAAAUCAUACAUCACAUCACCCCCAGUACCUGAGCCUCCUCCUGGCUGUUUGCUUCUGAGAUGCUUCUCUUUGCCUUGGCCACCUCCUCACAUUUGUGUUGGAGAGCUAAGCUCUUGCCUUGACACAGUGUGUUUUUCACAUGCGUUGGCUGUACUGUAUAGCUUUCCUAGCUCAUUGUUAGAAUCAUCUGUACAAAUGCAUUUUCUGAGCAUCCAGGGUACUAGUGGAAGAUCCAGAAAUAAUGACUGGAAGAUUUAAAAAUGUGGUAUCCAUGAGUGCCAUUCAGUAUUCUUGCACCAACCAAGCGUCCUUUAAGAAAGGAUACCAGGCACUUCAUUGAACUCUUGAGCUCAGAAAUGGCCUAAGAAAAACUGAAGGAGGCUGUCUAUCAAUGGCACACCAAUAGUACAUGGGAAUAAAACUAUUCAUGUGGUCUGUUUCUGAAACUGCAUGCACAAUAAUAACCAUGUUGACGUUGGAGAGAGGUUGUGUGCAGUGUAUAGGGGUCUAGAAGUCAGAUUCUGUGAGACAGCCAUUUUCAUGAUUUUGGUUUUUCAAAAGUAGACUUAGAUGCAAGCUUUAGAGCAGCUACCCUUACAUUAUGUUAUUUGUGUAUAAGCUUGACAUUUGAAAAGCAUUCGCAAUAAAAUCUGAAUUCUAAGCCCUUUGUGACAAAAGAGCUUUCAUGAAGCAUUUAUUAGUUAUAUUUGAAAUUGACAUUUGGUAGCAGGCUUCUAGAAAUACUUGGAAAAGAUCUUGGGAGUUUUUUGUUUAAAAAAUUAGAUGUUAGGAGCAUAGAAAAGGUGAAUUGCUUUCACAAAAGAGUUGUGCUUAUUUCAGUUGUCUUACUAACAAAACAUUAUUCUUUUAUACUUCCUAAUCUUAUGUUGAUCAUGGUGCUAUACAAGACUAUAUUGAUGCUAAUAUACCUAUUACUUCAUUCCAAAACUACAGCCUACUCAGAUAUGGAUUUGCAAUGUGGGCUGAAGGUUCUCUUUCUAGAAGGGUUUCAACAUUGCAGGGUUAGGACAAAUCCUUUGUUCAGAUCCACUGAAUCCAUUCCUUGAGAUCCACCGGUUUGAAAAUUUCUUCCAUUGACUGCAACCGUGUGGUCUGCUCCCAGUUUCCCAGGGAGAAUUUCCAGUCACCUCAACAUGUAAGCUCUUAUUCAGUCAGCAAACUGAAAUUUACCCAUCCUGUGUGUAUUUGAGAUAAUGUUAAUAUAAUUUAAAGAUUUAGCUCCCUUUCUUUGUUUAGUAUUUGAUACUAACUGUGCAUCUCUUUGAAAAACACAAAAAAUAACUUCGUUUAAAAUAGUGGUUUUAUGUUUACUAAAUUGCCGAAGUCGCUUUUGUUUAGUGUCUCCAAGUUCAUGUUUCAAAUACAGUGGUACCUCUAGUUACGAACUUAAUUUCUUCUGGAGGUCCGUUCUGAACCUGAACCUGUUCUUAACUAGAGGCGUGCUUUCGCUAAUGGGACCUCUUGCUGCCGCUGCGCCGCUGGCAUACAAUUUCCGUUCUCAUCCUGGGGCAAAGUUCUCAACUCAAACUAACUGUUCCAGGUCAGCGAAGUUUGUAGCCUGAGGCGUUUGUAACUCGAGGUACCCCUGUAACUUGAAUUAGAGGCUGUACCCAAUAAAAUUAAAGGAGCUUGAGGAUAUAAUCUCAGAGCCUUUGUCUAUAACAGGGGUAGGCAACCUAAGGCCCUUGGGCUGGAUGCGGCACAACCACGUUCUCAAUCCAGCCCGCCGACGGUCCAGGAAUCAGCAUGUUUUACAUGAGUAGAAUGUGUCCUUUUAUUUAAAAUGCAUCUCUGGGUUAUUUUGGGGGCAUAGGAAUUCGUUCAUUCCCCCCCCCAAAAAAAUAUAGUCCGGCCCAUCACAUGGUCUGAGGGAUGUUGGACCGGCCCACGGCUGAAAAAGGUUGCUGACCCGUGGUCCAUAAUCUUUGAGAAUUCUUGGAGAAUAGGUGAGGUCCCUACAGACCGGAGGCGGUCAGAUGUUGUUGCCCCAUCUUCAAAAGGAGGGAGGGAAAAGACCCAUGAAACAUCUCAACUCUACGAUUCUGUGCAUCUGAUGGAAAUGGACUGCAGUGCAUUUUUGCUGCAACACUGCUAUGGCUCUGAAACUUCAGAGAGGGGAGGAGCCAAAAGGAUUGGGUGUAUCAGCAGAGCCAGUAAGGUGAUACUUCUUCCCAUCUCUUCCUCAGACUGUUGGAACGGCUGCUACUUGGUGACAAGUUUUAGAGGAGGAACAACCCAAGGCAACUAGUCUGUCAUUAAAAGUUAAGAAUGAACCAAGACAAUAGUCUAACUUUUCAUUUGUCUAAAUAAAAUGCUAGUACCGUAUUUUUUGCUCUAUAAGACUCACCUUUUCUCUCCUAAAAAGUAAGGGGAAAUGUGUGUGCGUCUUAUGGAGUGAAUGCAGGCUGCGCGGCUAUCCCAGAAGCCACAACAGCAAGAGGGAUUGCUGCUUUCACUGCGCAGCGAUCCCUCUUGCUGUUCUGGCUUCUGAGAUUCAGAAUAUUUUUUUUCUUGUUUUCCUCCUCCAAAAACUAGGUGCGUCUUGUGGUCUGGUGCGUCUUAUAGAGCGAAAAAUACGGUAAUUUGUGAGUAUGUGAAGCUAAAAAAUCAAACGGAUUAAAUGCUCGUUCAAGUGUAUUGAUAUGUGGUUUCUUGUUCUUUUCAGUCUUCUAGCACCACUCAUAUAAUUUCUUGACUUCAAUUCUUGGAUGACUACUGCAUUAGGCCUUGUGUUGCUCUUAAGAGGUUUUGUACUUCCUGGUAGGAGGUAUGAAGCUGAUUCAGGGCUUGUGAAAAGAUGACUAGGUGGAAGCCCCAUAUGUAUAUUUGAAAUGUGAGAUUCUCAAAACAGCUGUGUGAUGAGAUCUCACUGUUUGUCAGAGCAGAUGGGCAGGAAAAGUCAAAGUAAGCACCUUUAUAUGUACCUGGUUUAAUAUCUAAUUUAUGCUUGAUCCUUUUUGACUGAAUAGCAGCAUUAAAAUGCUUUGCCUAAAUAAAUAAAGUACUAUGGGAAUUAUUUCCUUUAUUUUAUUUUACUCAUUUCCAGCUAAUGCCCAUUGGUCUGGCUGCUUUGGAGACUGCAGUACCAGCACUUGAUGAAUCUGCUCAAAGUAAUCUAUGAGCACAGGUAAAGGUAAAGGUAAAGGGACCCCUGACCAUCAGGUCCAGUUGUGGCUGACUCUGGGGUUGUGGCGCUCAUCUCGCUUUAUUGGCUGAGGGAGCCGGCGUACAGCUUCCGGGUCAUGUGGCCAGCAUGACUAAGCCACUUCUGGCGAACCAGAGCAGUGCACGGAAAUGCCGUUUACCUUCCCGCCGGAGCGGUACAUAUUUAUCUACUUGCACUUGACGUGCUUUCGAACUGCUAGGUUGGCAGGAGUAGGGACCAAGCAAUGGGAGCUCACCCUGUCACGGGGAUUCGAACCGCCGACCUUCUGAUCGGCAAGUCCUAGGCUCUGUGGUUUAACCCACAGCGCCACCCGCACAGGUACAUGGGUGCAAAACAGAAACCCACUAAUGGACAAAAAUGCCAUAAAACGUCCACCAACCUUCCCUCAAACUUCGGGAUGCUGUUGAUUCUUCAAUUCAGGCACUUAUUGCAGUUUUCAGGAUCUUCCAGCUUAAAUUGCUACCCUCUUAGUUUUACUUAAGAGGGCUAAUUUUUGCUGUACUUUAAGUCCUAGCCCAUAGCAGCACUUACCAUUAUAGAAAUCUCAGAAUUUGACUGAGAUUUUGUUAACACUAUUCUAUAAAGGUUUGAUUCUAGAUGAGACAUAAGAACUCAUUGUAGCUACUUGAACAAUUACUUGUUUGUUAUUUGUUUACCAACCAGUGUCGAGAGAAGAGGUUGUUUCAUAGGUGGCUUUCAAGAACAGAGACAGUAGUCUCUCAAGUUGCCAUAUAAUAAAUUGAAGUACAGCGAGAGAGCCUCCCUGAUUAUCUUAAUUUAUAAGCAGCUGGAUCAGUAUAGGAGGAGGCACUCCAUUAAGUAUUUGCUUGAAUGUAAUGCGCACCUUUUUUGGCCAAAUUAGGUUGUGAAAAUUAGGGUGCACAUUAGAUUUGAGGGCACAUUUACAUUUGCCAGCCAAUACUUUUUUGGUUUCAAGGUUUUGAAAAUUGAGGUGCGCAUUAGAUUCAAUGGUGCAUUAGAUUCACGUAAAUACUGUAGAUCCCAAGUUGUUUCAGGGGUUUUAAACCAUCACAUGCAUCUUGAAUUGGGUUCAGAUGGCAUAUAGACAGCCACUGCAAGACUAGUGUUAUAUAUUCUCAAUAACCUGAUCUGCUCAAUAACUGAGUGACCAUAUUUUGCACAAGCUGCUGUUUUCUGGACAGUCUUCAAAUGCAGCAUUAUGCAGAGCAUAGUAUAGCAAUCAGUUAUAAACGCUGCAUGGCUGCUAUGAAAAAAGCAGCCCCACAUCACCUCAUCUGUUGCUUUGUAACAUCUAGUAACAUCACAAUUGUGAUUACAUCUUACUUCAUGUUUUAGACAUUAUGAAGGAAGGAUGAGAUGUUGGGUCACUACUUUUGGUGGCUGUCUUACCACUUCCAUAAGGUCCAGUUUAUUUUGCCCCUGGUCAGUUCAUGUCCUCAUGAAUACUAGUAAGAGUUCAUGCUGUCUUGUAGAAAUCCUGUUUCAAUAAUAAUAAUAAUAAUAAUUUAUUAUUUAUACCUUGCCCAUCUGGCUGGGUUUCCCCAGCCACUCUGGACGGCUUCCAACAAAAUAUUAAAUUACAGUAAUGCAUCAAACAUUAAAAGCUUCCCUAAGCAGGGCUGCCUUCAGAUGUCUUCUAAAAGUCUGGUAGUUGUUGUUCUCUUUGACAUCUGGUGGGAGGGCGUUCCACAGGGCGGGUGCCACUACUGAGAAGGCCCUCUUCCUGGUUCCCUGUAACUUGACUUCUCGCAGUGAGGGAACCGCCAGAAGGCCCUCAGCGCUGGACCUCAGUGUCCGGGCGGAACAAUGGGGGUGGAGACGUUUAGGGCUUUAACGGUCAUAAAGCAACAUUUGUUACUGGCUUAGUAAGCUGCCUUCUACUAAAUCAGGCUAUUGUCAAUCUAGUCUGCUAUUGUUUACUUUUGAUGGACAGCUGCUCUGCAGGUUCUAAGGCAGAAGUCUUACCCAUCAUCUGCUACAUGUUCCUUUUGAGUGAAGAUGUUAGGAAUCCAGGGCAUUUUGCUUUCAUAGUAUGUGUUGAGUUUGCAUUUAAUUGUGUGUUGUGGGUGGAACACAUAAAGCUGCCUUCCACCUUACUCAGUAUGGUCUACACUGACUGGCAGCAGGUCUCCAUGGAUUCAGACAGAAAUUUCUUCCAUCCCUACCUUGAGAUACUGGGGACUGAAUCUGGGACCUCCAGAAUGCAAAGCAUAAACUAUGCCACUGAGCCACACCCCUUCCUUUGGGGUGUUUGCGUGUAAUAACAUCUGUUGGAACUUUAAGUUGUUUUUGGCUGCUAGUGAUAAACUGGUGUAGAGUUUAUCUUCUGGUACAUUUUUUGAAAGUAAGUAUACUUGGCAAACCUCCCCUGAAAAGUCUUUAUAGAUUAAACAAUCUUUUGUAAGCACAUGCAGUCAUCACUAACUGGCUAAGAUAUUCUCUGUACUUAAUUACUUUUGGAGGAUGGGCACAAGAUUUUAAACACUUUUGUUUAUUUGAGUUGAGUUAACUCUUGGAAGUUGCUGACUCGUAUCCUGCAGUCUACCAGCCUAAAAUAACAAAGUAGAGAAAGAACCCAAUUUGCAGGCAAAGCAGAUGCUGGCUGCUAAAUAUACAAUGAGUUCUUAAGUGGAAGGGUUUUGGUGGGGGGAAUGUGAGAAUGUCCAGGAAAGCAAAGAGAGCUAGAUGCAUGGAAUAGGUAAAAGAAAAAUAGAGGCUUGUUGAAGGAAAGACCUUCUUGCUGCACAGAAGGUCCCAAGUUCCCGAUCUGAAACUCUGGAGAGCAGCUGCCUGUCUACAUAGACAGUACUGAGUCAGAUGGGCCACUGGUCUGACUCAUUACAAGGCAGCUUCCUUUGUUUCCUGAUUUCUGAGUCAGAGAGAGUACUUAAAAAGUUCCCUCUCAAGGUUGUCAAGCAGACCUCAUCAAGGCAGUGUUCUUAUGUUAAAAUUCCCCUUUUCAGUGUGAAACAUGUGGCCAGUCAAGAAGCUAGAGGUGAUCAAACAGUGCGGUUAUAAUGAAUGCCAAUGACAAGGCUGGUGGAUAGGAGACAGCAAUGGGGGCUCAACACUACGGUACCUGUUGUAUGAUUUAUGGGAGAGGCGAAAUCUGUCAUGCACUGACUUGAUCCUGCUCACCAGCACUUUAGCUAGCAUGUGUUCAUGCAUGGUCUUGAUGAGUACAUCUCCUGUUACUUGCUUGGCAUGUAUUUGGAGAAACGCCAUACAGUCAGUCAAUCCCCACAUGCCUCUCUUCUCAUGUUCAUUGUCACAUACUUGGGCUAUUGAAGCAAUAUCUUCUGCUACAUUAGUGUUUCAUGUUUGCCUAGUGAUAUUUGUGCUUCAAAAAGGAAACACAUGAAAAAAUAAUAGAAAAGUAUUGUAGGAAGAAAAUGUUUUAUUGCGAAUUCUGAGGCAUGUGGUGUUGAGAUGCAUCUCACAAUUUGAGUGCCAUGUGACAGCUACUUUAAAUCAGGCAUCCCCAAACUCGGCCCUCCAGGUGUUCUGGGACUACAACUCCCAUCAUACCUGACCACUGGUUCUGUUAGCUAGGGAUGAUGGGAGUUGUCCCAAAACAUCUGGAGGGCCGAGUUUGCCUAUGCCUGCUUUAAAUUAAUUUUGUGUAGUACCUCUUUACCCAACGAUCCAUUGUUAGGGGAUGAUAGUUUGCCAUACAGAUUCUCCUUUCUCCCUUUUCCACCAGACAUUCCUGGUGGAAACUAGACUACUGCAAUGUGUUCUAUGUAGGGUUGUCUGGAAACUUUAGCUACUGCAGAACGCAGUGACUUAACUGCUGAUGGGGGCAGAUAGAAUGUGGUACCUGCACUGGUUACCUAGCCAAAUUCAAAGUUAAUGUUUUGACAGACAAAGCCCUGAACAACUUGAGCUCAGGACACCUUUACAACUGCCUGAGCCCUUACAUCCCAGCUGAGGGAUAUAUCAGUUGUUCCCUGUGUUACAGAGACCCAGCUGGCAUCAACUAGAAGGUGGGCAUUGAGUACUGCCCGUUCCAUAUUGUGAAAGGUUCUUCCACCAGACAUUAGGCAGGCACUCUUACUUUUGACUUUCAGACAUCUCUUAAUACCUUUUUAAUGCUGUAGGCCUUAAUAGCUGUUUAAUUUUUAAGUUUUUGAUUAGCUGCUCACUUUAAUAAUUAUUAUCUGUAUUGUUUUUAAUGGUGCUUUAUGUGUUAAUGUUGCACACUGCCUUGAUGUUUUAUGAUAUGGGGUACCGAAAAACUUAGAAAUAAAUUCCUGACAGCAUUUUUCAGCAGCAUGGAGUGACACAAUAUGGGGCCGAUCGGUGUAGCAAGCUGGAACACAUGGAAGACUGUAGUGUAUGGAGCAGGUACAGUCUGGAGUCAGCUACAAGAAGUUUCCAUAUGGUGGCUGUCAUUCAGCACCAGCCUAGUAUGUCUGUUGAAGAACAGGCUCUUUGAGCAAUGAACUUCUCCCUUCAAACAGAGUCUGAAGAUAGUCCUAAUUAGAAAUACCAGAUUUUCCUCAUGGUAUCCACUCUUGAAAAUGGAGCAUUUUAGAGCUGUUUAUCUGACCAAACUCUCACCAGCUUCCUUACGAAAUGUCUAUAUUGAGCUGCAUCCAAAUGAUACAAUUUUGGAUGGCCACCACAACAAGGUUCCAUAUACAGACAGACUUCGUUUUUGUGGUCAAUCUCAAGUUGAAGACUUCAUUCAUUAUCUGUUAACCUGCCCUUUAUAUAGACACCCAAGGGAUCGCUUUAUGAACUUUUUCACACAAGCAAGCAGGUACACCCCAGCAGAAAUUAUCUGGUUUCUUUUGAAUGAUGAUAGUAGCUUUCUAACACACAGAGUGGCCCUCUAUGCAAUGACUACAAAGGAGGAGGAGGAGGAGUUGUGGUGAUUCAGAGAUUUAAUUUGAAAUCAAGCUGGGUAUGAGUUUGCUGGUGUCUGGCAACCUCUCUCUUACAUCAUGGAUGUUGGCUCUUAUUAUGGUUAUAUGAUCUGUACUGUUUUAUUGGUACUGUUGCUGUGGGUUUGUCAUGGCCUUUGGAUAGAACAAUGAAUUUAUAUUGAUUGAUUGAUCCUAAGACCUGCUUUUUCACUUUUUUGAAUAUUUUUCUCCAGUUUUUAUUUAUUUUUAUUUGUCUGCUUACAUCCUGCCACUACAAAGAGAGCUCAAAAAGUGGGUUGCGGUAAUUAACCAUAAAAUUGUGUGUUUGUGUGCCUCUGCUUUGCGUGUCACAGAAUAUAAUUUGCAAUAUAGUUUCCCUACCAUAUUAGCUGUACCACUGAUCAAAGGCAUACAGAUUUAAUUCAUUCUAUGUGGACUAGAGUGGCAGUAUGUAUGUAUGUAUUUAUGUAUGUACGGUAUGUAUGUAUGUAUGUAUGUAUUGCUUACAUCCAUCUUUCGAGGGGAGAUUGCAUUUUAAUCCUCUCUCUUAAACCUUUAAACAGCUUUUUUGACUCUCUAGAUUCAGAUGUUUUAAGUGUGUGCAUUUCAGGUUUUCUUUUCAUACAUCUUGGUUAAUAAAGUUUUCUCUUGGCUAUGUUUUUGGAAGAGGCCCAAUACUCACUUGUGCUAUAAAUAGGUAUUUCAGUCUAUCCUCAAAUCUGCUAACUUUAGCUGCUAUGGGCUCUCUGAACAAUGUCUGAAAGAAUGUGCUUCAUGGAGAAGUUGCUUACUUGGCAUUCUGUUUCUUCACUACAAAAAUAAAGCUAAUGCCCACAUCUGUGCUAGUAACUUUUCACCGUUUGUACAAAAGAAGCAAAGAUAAGUUGAGCUUGUUUGGUCAUGUCUAAAGUCAUUUCUGCAACCAUCACUUAAAACAGGGGAGUAGAAUCUGCGGCCUUCCAGAUGUUACUAUAGUUGAUCUUAGCCAAAAAGGCUGAGAAAUGAUGGCCCUCCAGAUGUUGUUGCACUCCGGUACCUAUCAGCUUCAGCCUUUAUAGCCAGUGGUCAAGGAUGAUGGGAGUAAUAGCCCAACAACAUCUGAAGGGGUGUACAUUGGCUAUGCCUGGCCUAAAGAUUGUUGUCAAAAGAGAAAAAUUAGUUGAAAAUACCAUUUGCUUAUUUCAAACACACAACACAACAAAUUAAAAUAUCACCUCUGAGAAAACAUGUGAAGAAUGUGCAGAGCUGUGAACAUGCAGCUUUAUAAUCUCUGCAUUUACAGUCGUACCUUGGAAGUCGAACAGAAUCCAUUCCAGAAAUCCGUUCAACUUCCAAAAAGUUCAAAAACCAAAGCGCAGCAGCCAAUCGGAAGACUCAUCGGACAUUCGGCUUCCAAAAAUAGUUUGCAAACCGGAACAGUCACUUCCAGGUUUGUGGCAUUCGGGAGCCAAAGCGUUAGAGAACUGAGCUGUUCGAAAAUCAAGGCACGACUGUAUUGGUUUUAUACAAGUCCAAGAAAUUUCACCCAUGGGUUGAUAUGCUUUAUAUGAGAGAGUUCUAGCCUUUCCCUUUCCAAGUCUUGUUACAUGAGUGUGGCCUUUAUUCCUCUUCACUUCUCUGGCUUCAGUGUGUUUUCCCUACUCAGCAUCCCCACCUCCCAGUUUCUCUUCCCAUUCACUACUCAAACUUCUUUCCCUUUGUGAGCAUAGGACAGGCCUGGUUCUGGAGAAACAGGCCAAAUUUCACUUCUCCCUAGGUCUAUGAUAAUGACCACUGAUGAAUUGGGAGGGCAAGGAGAUGGGGGUGGACAAUUGUCCCAUAAAUUUGUCCAUCAUAGAGGCCAUUUUUGUGAAUUGGACUAGGCCUGCUUUUGCAGUUCUGCCCAGGCUCUGCUUACCAAAGCAAGGAGUGCAGCUUGGUAGAGAUACAGCUAAGUAACUUGUUGCUUCUCCCCACUUCCACCAAAAAACGGGGAAAGUAAAGCAGAAUGAAGACAAUGCAUCAUGGCUUAUCUGUUUUCAAACCCAUUUCCAUGCUCAAGUUGAGGGGGAGGGGAUUAAGCAUUUUUUAAAAAUGCAUCACAUUCAUAGUCCUUUUCCUCCAUAUGGGGUGGGAGGAGAUUCAUUUUCCCCCUGCCUUCCUUUUGUGGAUCAUGGUGGAACCAGGAGAAUCCUAGAUGUGUUUCAUAUGUAGUUGUAUCCCUACCGCUUUCCAGGCUACGGUAAACUGACUGAAUGCUGGAAAAUGACUUUUAUAUAUCAGGGGUGCAGAGCCUGUGAUCUUCUAGGUCGGACUACAAUUCCCAUCAUUUGUGACUUGGGGUAGGAGAACAGCAUCUGGAGAACCCACAGGUUCCCCAUCUCCUAUACAGAUUCUCCAUUGUCUUGGAAGAUGCCUAGAUUUGCUGUCGUUUGUGCAGGUAUAUCGGUUCAUGUGGAAAGGCAAAAGUCAUUAUGGAUAUCCCUCCGCCCUGAAAAGUGUUUGCAUUUCUGAAAACGCAAAGCAGCACCUGCAGGGCGUGUGGUGAGUUGCAUUUGGUGUCCCUCAGAGGAAUAAUUCAGGCACUUGCUGCUGAGAGCAUGACAGAUCCCGGAUCAUUUACUCUUGUAAUUUGCUGGCUGACUACUAAAAUAGCUGGCACAUCUUUGAUUUUUAGAGUACCUCCAGUGACAUUGUAUGAAAGUAGGUCACUGGUACAGUGUAUGGAAUUUGUUGUAAAACAUUAAUGAGGGGGUUGCUUAUGGUGGGAUUAAGUCUGCAGAAGUAAAGUAUACUAUCAUGAGGCAGUGAUGGGAGCAUCUGAACUUCUGAACCAUUUUGCACUUCUCAGUCGUUCACUUUCUCGGUUUGCCUUCUGCUUUACACAGCAACUGAGGAUAAUAAUCCCCUGCAAAAGGUAAUCCAUAAGUAUCUGGAACAUUAAUCCUCAGACUAUCAGUUUCAAAGAAGAAAAAUACUUUCUUGAGUCCAGUUGUUUAGGUGCCUAUUGUGGCGAUUCAAAAUAAUGUCCAAUGGGAUCAGAAUAAGGGGGGGGGGGAGCAUUGAAAGUAAGCGAUGAGGAGGCUUCAUUCUUUUCCUGAAAUUUCUUACCUACAGUAAGAAGUGUUUUAUAUAAUUAAGGCAGGGUUCUCUUUGGGGCAGAUAUCAUUGCCCAAAGCAGUGGUUUUCAAACUGUUCAGCAAUCACUGGGAUGGCAGAAAGCACAAUAGCAGUUUCUCAGUGAGGAGAUCAUAGGUGAUGGAAAAGCUUCCCCUAAAUGUUUUAAUAAAUAAUAUAAACUAACAAUUCAGUUCCAUUAAGGAUAUUAAACCAUUUCAAUAAUACCAUUGAUGUUUAUAUUUUUUAAUUAGUGUAACCUCUGUUUAGAUCAGUGGCCCAAUGUAUCAAGAAUCCACCCAAUUAAAAGCCUGACUAAAUAGAUAGUUAUGGUGAAAAACAACCAGUGUUGGUGCCAGAUGGAUUUCAAAAGGGAAGGUAUUCCAAAGCCUAGGCUGUUUCACUUCCAGUCUCUUAAUAAUACAUUAUGGUUCUGUGUCAUCAAAACUCCAUUUUACAUAUCCAAGAUACUUACUGUAUAAACCCAUUAGCAGCUGUUGUUUCCAGGUCAACUCAGAAUGCUAGCAAUUAGCUAUGAAACCUGAGCCCAAUACCAUAGGCAUCAUGUUCUGCCAUAUGGCAUGUACCUAUAAGGGAGUCUGUUAAGAUCUAAAGGAAGGGCCCUGUUCCUGAUGGCAUCUGCCACUGAAUAAAAUAUGAGUGAGAGGAGCACAACCUGUUCGGUUAUGGCACCAUAAUCAUGAGACUCCCUUCCAAGGGGGACCAACCAGCAGAGGGUUUUUUUUUAAAAAAAAAUCUUUGUUUUUGGCCUGUGCUGGUAAUACCUACUGUUGGGGCUGAAGGCCACUGAACACAAACUGUAAAGCUUGCCACUAUUUUCAUUAGUCCUAAUCACUUUCAGCAGACCUAAUCAUAAAAGUAUUGAUCAGCUGUGGACUCAGGAUUAUGGUUUGUUGUAGCCAGCUUGCAUUAACUUAUGAUUUUCAAAUAAGUUUACUAUCCUACAUAGUGGAAACAAAUGCAUGCUAAUAUAAAAGUCUCACAAACUUAAAUCGGUAUAGGUAUAUGCAAAUAGAUUCCAUAUACAUGAAAUUGUUUGUGGAUUGAGCUAACUUUUUGUAAGUCAAUUUGAGUCAUUUUUAUGAGUAAAGUGAUGAUGAGGAUGAUGAUAAACAACAACAACUGGAGCUUAUGUUGAAAUUCAUGGGGAAAACCCUGGUUGGUUGUCAAAGGCUUUACAACCAGGUUUUUUUUAGAAUUCUGAAUAUUCCUCCCUAAGCCUGGGAAAAGUUAGUGUGAUUAAUUCUCUUAAGGGUAUCCAUCACCAUAAACUGUGUGCUUCUAUUAAUACUUGCACUGCUUGUGCGGUCUAUGUAAAGGGUUCUAUGAGUGUGGCACCCUGACUGAAUUUUGCCUUGCAUUGCUGCAGCAGGUUGGUGCACUCACAGUGAAUAGCCAGUGUCGCUGUGAAUAGCAUUUGCUCUCCUGUUUCUGAAAAAAGGCUGUCUGCAAACAGUGGCUUUGGCUCAGAAGUGGCAGCUUUUCUUUUGUGCAGACUUGUGUGCUUCCCAGCCUCACUUGCAGAAAGUUCAUGGCACUCUUGAUAUUGAGGACCAAAGAUUUUCCAGACACUGCACUGGAAUAGAGUGUGACAAGAGAAAUCUUUUUCAUAGAAGGCUUAAACCACUACAGCCGUACCUUGGUUGUCAAACAGAAUCCAUUCUGGAAGUCCGAUCGACUUCCAAAAAUGUUUGACAACCAAGGCGUGGCUUCCGAUUGAGUGCAGGAGCUUCAGACGUUCGGCUUCCAAUGAACGUUUGUAAACCGGAACACUCACUUCUGGGUUUGCGGUGUUCAGGGACCAAAACGUUCGAGUCACAAGGUGUUUGGAAUCCAAGGUAUGACUGUAUUUUCCCUAAACUUCUGAUAGCUGAUGAACGCUUCAUUUAUUUUCUUUUUCCUGAUUCAAACAUCUUUGCUCUCAUCCUGGAAAACGUUUAGUUUUCCUAUGUGAAUUAGGAAAGUUUUCAGUUUGAAUCAGAAAAUUUUAUAAUGUCCUAGAGAGUGAUCUAAUUUAGCAUAUUUGCUUUACUUCUGUUUAGAGAACAAAGCUAAAAACUUGGAAACUGCCAAGCUUUACAUUCAUUGUUGCUAAUGAAAUUAUGAAAUAGAAAAUUUUCUGCAGAAAAAUUAAAUGGGGGGGGGGUCCCACUCCCUGUCAUUAGUCACUCUCCUGGGGACAUUUCAUUCAAGGAAUGGUUAUUCUGCUGCUUUCCUUCAUCAACUGAAUAGAAUGAUUGAGAUGUAUCUUCUGAGGUACUGCAGAAAUCCUUUCCCGUGCAGCUCAGUCUACCUACAUGUAAUUGCAUAUUCCUCCUGUUUACCCUACCUUCAAGCUUAUCCCCUUCCACUAUUAUCUCCCUUUUGUCUGUUUCUACAUUUUAAGCUGCUUGAGGCAGGGACCUUUCUUCUUCCUUGGUAAAGGGAUUCAUGGAUGACACUAUAUAAAGGACAGAGGUGGAUUUAGUUAAACACAACUGGUUCCUCUGCUCUGGAUGCCGAGCCUAAGGGGCACUGCUGGGUGUCGCAACUAUGAUGUAGUGAAUUGAUCAGAAAAGAAGGCAAGAGGCGGGGGGGGGGGCACACAGCAAAUAUUGGGCUUCCACAAGGCACCAGUGAAAUUUGGAAGACACAAUUCUGCCCAUAAGUUUGUUUCUCACAGCACUCUUAGCAUUGCUUUCUUGGCAGGGCACUUGGGAAUUACCAGCAUAAACAGACUAAAAUUACUGAUAAUUGCCUACUUUCUCAAUGAAACUUGCUCUGGCCUGCCUCAGAGUUUCCUAAUAGAUCUGUAUGCACUUCUGCUAUCUUUUCUCAUCAUUGGGAGAUGUUCUGUGAUUUCCUCCAUCCUGUUCUUUCUAAAGCAGGGAUGGAAACUCAGACUUCCAUGGGUACCAACCAACCUGUUUCCUUAUCUGUGGUAUAGAGGCCGGUGGAUGUUGGGAGUCUGCUGACCUGGUUGAUGGUUGGCUUGCUCUGUUUUUUGGGGGGACGGGGUAGGAUGUCUUUUCUCCUGCAUUGAUGUUCUGCUAUUCUGUUAUUUUAAUCAUUCUGUGGUUUUAUAUUUUAUGAGUUGAGUGCAAACUGUAGCAGCCUGGGAAGGAGCAGUUCCCUCAUCACAGAGGCAUGGCAUCUUCAUUGUAUAGCUUUUAUCAUGUGCUGAAGAUGCACCUCUUUAUCUUGGCCUUUGACACCAGAGAUAUAUUUUUAUUACCCUCCCUAUUCUUCAGGUUGUAAGUUCCUUUAACUGGUUUUAAACUUGCAUUUUAUAUUGUUGUAACCUACCCUUGGACCUUACAGUCAAGGGUAGAUAAGAAGGCCAAGAAAUAAUAAUAGUAAGGCUAAUGGGAUUUCUCUUCAGCGUAUUGGGAUGGAAAUCUACAGCCUUCUUCAUGUGAAAUGCUCCUGUUUUUUCCACAUCAGCUCACAGUUAACCACUUACCUGGUCACUUGUGGAAAGUUAAUUGUUUCUAGGUGUGUGUGUCGACGCAUAAUUCAGAAGUGUGUGAGUCAUAAAGAGGGAAAGGGGUAGUCACAUUUGUGGAUAGGCUUUAAACAUUUUUAUCCUACCUUGGGGGGGGGGGAAUUGUAGGCAGCUUCCAAUCAAAUGGAAACAUCACUGAAGUAGAAUGCUAUUAUUCAGAACAAACGUGGUAAAAUUAGUAGUACUUGGAAUACAGCAGAAGCAAUAAAAUCUCAAAAUCAGCACUAAAGUCAGCUUUGCUAUUUAUUCAAAGCCUGGGACAGAUAGAGCAGAUUUAAACUACCAGGUCUUAAAGUUUCAUUUAAAACAGCUUGCUGGGGCUGAUAGGAACUGUAGUACAAAACAGCAUGAGGGCACCAUGCUUGUGGAAGGUUGAUCUACAGUCAGAAGCAGUAGUGAAACAUGUACAGUGUUGCAUAGGAAGUUGGAGAAGCGCUUGAAAAGUAUUCUAUCCUUCCUAUUCAUUUCCUUCCACUAACCUGUAUUUUUGACACCUCAACUACAACAGUAUUCUUAAGAACAUGUGCAAUGAGCCUUGAGGCAUAUUUAUAGUAAUACUGUUAACAGCAUUUCACAAGCAUAGUUUUGUUCUCAACUAUGAGGUGGGUGACUUGAUUUGAUCACAGUCAGAACUCCUGUCAUGUUCUCCUUUUCCCCUUCCUCUUUCCCAAACAGCCCACUCUUUGUAACGUGGAAGAUUGGUCGAGACAAACGAUUGCGUGGAUGUAUAGGUACCUUUUCUGCCAUGAACCUGCAUUCAGGACUCAGGGAGUACACACUUACUAGGUAAGAUUUUGUUUCUUUUCAUUUAUCUCAGCCACACUCAGCUGAUAGGAAUUUCUGACCACUUGAAAUGCUGUAGGUUUUUUUCUCACACAGUUACUGAUUCCAUAGGCCUGUUGUCACAAAAUCUUGUAAAUGGGUUCUGUUUUUUGUGGGGAGGUUUUUGUGGCCUAAAAUUUUCUGUGGCUUUUGUAUAACAGACCCUUGUCAUAUCACCUUUCUCUGAUUUUUUUUUUUAAUUAUUUGAGGAAAGUGUGACUUAAAACCUUGUUUUGCUUGGAUGGACACAUUCAACAUUCUCAAACAGCAGGUAUUCUCACUACUUCUCCAGCAGGUGCUUCCGAUCAGCUGCAAUUAACUUAAUCCUAUACAUUUCCAUGACACCUUAUUUUUCAGUGGCAUCUUGUUCUUGAGUGGGAAGCUGCUGGACUGGAGAGGUAAGUAGUAAUUAACCCUUCACUUCCCUGGCACCUGAUGCCACCUGUGAGUCAUACCUAGGCUGAUACAUACUUUUUUAUUCUUUUUAUAGCAGUGGCCAAUAAUAGAAUUAGUAUCUGGACUUCAGUCUCUCAUAGAUUUUUACGUAAUUUUCUGUUUUCUGAAAGAUGGGUAUACUGGAUCAGCAUAAGCUAACUUCGCUGUUCUUAACUGUGUGCCUUUUCAAUCUUCAGGCAGUGGUCCAGGGACUGGAAAUGUAUUUUGCCAUGCAAUAUGUUUAUUUGAGUCAGCUGCCCACACUGGUGUCAAUAAUUGCACAAUUGAUUUAAAUUUGGGAAUUGCAACAAAAUUUUCCAGUGUGUGUCGUAAGAAGAGUACUUCUUUUCAAAGGUCCAGGGAACAGGAACUUUUCAGGUCUUGCUGGGGCAAUGUGUGCAUGAGACAGAGGCAAGAGAUUUGGCAUUCCCCAUCCAGACUUUGGGACUCUGUGCAGCCCCACUCCAAGCCCUCCUUGAGUGCUUUGUCUGCCUGCAAUAUUCCAUUAAAACUUUCACAAAGCCUCAUGGUUGCUUGGAUGGAGAGAUGGGGGGGGGGGGUAGAAACAUAUGGCUUUUGCAUGCCUGGAUGUGACCUGCUGUAUAGAGGUAACAGUCACAUCCAUUGCUCUGCCUACUUUUGUCUUUGGUUCUGCCCACCACUGCCAUGCAGCUUCUAGAAAGUUGCCCAUAAGGGAAUAUGGCCUUUGGGCUGAAAAGGGUUCCUCACCUUUGUGCUAGAAAGAUCAGGUUGCAGGUGAACUGAAAACUGUCAAGAGACCCCCGAGAGCUUCUGCCUGUCAAAGUACAUAAUAUUGAGCUAGUUGAACUAGCAAUCUUCUUCCUGUGCUCUUAUAGCACUUAAAGGUUCAGGUUUCGGGCUGCCAGUUCCAAAUGUUAACAUUCCAUGUCCAUGUGGUUGGGGGUAGAGAGUGGAAGAGGGAAACGGGGUCCUUCUGGAAACAUCCCUAUACAUUGGAUGGAGGGGAAAUAUUUUUAUUUUAAUGAUGUACAUUCCUUCGACACUGAGUGCAUACUUAGCGCCAUCUUGGAGUCCCUCAGCUUCUCUGCCUAGUACAGGUCUCUUAGUGUGUAGACCCAGACCAUUGAGCCCAAGCUUCUAUAGCCGCUGUCUACCAUGAACCAGCAGUUGCAGCAACAGCAGCAGAAAUGUGCUAUGUUUAAAAUAGAAAUUUAUUCUUUUGCUAAUUAAAUUGUUUUAAAUGUUUAUUUUAUAUUUUAGUUUAUUUUGGAAUGUUUUAAGAUUUUUUUUUGUUAACAUCAUUUCAUUAAAUGUGUAUUCUGUACUUGACCUCCUUUAUUUAUGUUUUCUUUUGAAAUCUUUAAGUUGUAGUUUCCUGUUAAUUGUGUCCUUUAUAGUUGAUUUUCGUUUGUAAUGUUUUGUUUUAGAUCAUUUUAUUUGAUGUUUUAAUGUAGGUUGUAAACUGCUUUGAGAUUUUUUUUCUUACAAAUCUAAAGUGAUAUAAAAUAAAAUAAAAUUUAUAAUAAUAAUAAUAACAACAACUGUGAUCUGCCUCACUCCAGGAUCCUUUCUGUAAACUGUUCACAGCUUGAUCAAGCCAGUUCCUUUUUCACUCACCUCCAGUUUCUUUCUUUUCCCCCUUUCUCAACUAACUACUCUACAUUCUGUAAUUGUUUUCAGUUUAUUUACAACCUGAAAGUUCACAGGUGCUUGAAAGUCCAUUUUUCUGUUUGUUUGUUUUAUAAAUACUUUCAUUUACAGGCUCAUAUACUUCUCUAUACCUAGGAAACCUCCUGAGCAUGUACAAAGUACACCUUUAUUUCUGGGUGGCCUUGUUUCCAGACUUCCAGACUGAAAACAAGUUCAGAUGGUUGCCCACUGCUGAUCAGGGCACUCAUGGUGUUUGAAACUAUAAAGGAGAGACUCACCCCCUCUUUGCCUUACUUUUGAAAACUGUUUUUUCCCCUUAAAACUGAAUUGUUUCGGUAGCAACGUAAGAGGAAAAAUGACUAUUACUCAUACUUAAUCUAAGCACAACUGCAAAGGCUUCUGAUUAGGCAUGUAGCUAUGUGAUGUUGAAUGUUAUCUGCUAAGUCUGUUCUAUCCUGUUUCCCCUUCAUUAUUGUUUUCUUUUAAACCAAGUCACGAACCAAGUAUUACUGCAAAUUUUUAUGCUAUUUUUGUGAUGUACAAAUGGCAUGAUACUUGUUCUAUUUCUUUGUAUCACUUGUUAUUCCUAUGGUAAUAAAAGGUAAAGGACCCCUGGAUGAUUAAGUCCAGUCAAAGAUGACUAUGGGGUUGCGGCACUCAUCUUGCUUUCAGGCCGAGGGAGCCAGCAUUUGUCCACAGACAGCUUUCCGGGUCAUGUGACCAGCAUGACUAAACCGCUUCUGGCGCACAGAACUCCGUGAUGGAAGCCAGAGCUCACGGAAACACCGUUUACCUUCCUGUUGCAGCGGUACCUGUUUAUCUACUUGCACUGGUAUGCUUUUGAACUGCUAGGUUCGAAAGCAUACCAGUAUUUCUAUGAUCCUUGUUUAUACAAUCCAAUAAUAAUAAUUUUUAAAAGUGAAACUUAGCUUGUAAUUUUAAAAGAUGUUUUGUAAUUGGUUUUAUACUUGGAAGCUGCUUAGAAGCCAUAUUGAGUAACAAAUGGAUUGUAAAUAAAUAAAUAGUAGGUAAAAUCUGGUAGCUCUACCAGACUGUGGGAAAUUAUAAAAAUUACCCUGUGGGCCAGCAUAAAUGAGUUGCCACUUGGCCAGAGAUUCCUCUGUCUGGCAAUAGAUUGUAUCAUUCCAUAACUCUUUAAAUGGGAACAAUAUUAGAGCUAGCAGCAAAGAGUGGCUGGGGCAACCAAGUCAGAUGGGCUGGGUACUACUGCUACUAAUAAGAAUAAUAAUACUUUAGCCCUUUAAUUCCCCUUUGAGUUCUGAAGGUGAAAGACAAAGCUGGGACACACACACACACACACACGCAAAUAAAUCUGUCCCAGGCACAUAAUUGCGUAGCACCUGGACAUUUGAUUUAGGUGCCCGGAGUCUUAAAUAUUUUUUUUCCCACAGGGCAGACCAUCUGUAGAUCUGGUGCUGGCUUCUUGGAUACUCCCACCCUCAGUCUUAGUUAAACAUUAUAAUUUCUUUUUCCUUUUUACUGUGAAUACUCCAUAUUUUUGCUAACACUGUAAGAUUGCAACUUAAUGUGGGGGUUACAGUCCAGGGAUUUCGCCUAAAGCCAAAAUAGUGUUUAGUCCAAACCCUUCGGAUUCAGUGGUGGCUGGGAUUGCCAGAGUCAUUUUCCCCAGAACCCUGCCCCCUUUCUUCCCCUUUUGGUUUGUUUAUUUUUUCUUUGGGAUCAUUUCCCAAAGAAAAGGAUAUAUACUGUUGUCAGAUUGUAUGUAGCCACGGUCAGUUCUCUGCAGAAGGCCUUUGCAAUCUAAUUUCUCUUCAGUCUGAUGCAGAACUGAUGCCAACAAUGUUUCUCAUAAAAAUAAUUGAUACCUUGCCAUUAGUGCCUUGUAAUUUGCAAUAUUAAAUAGCAAGAGCCCCAGAAGAAUUCUGUCUUCUUGCUAAUGAGUCCACUUGCCUUCCCACUUUGUCAAAAGGAGUCCUUAUUUGUUGGCCCUUACGAUGCCCUCGGGAGACCUUCACCCCACCACAAAAUGAGGAGCUGGGUGAGUCGGGAGAAAAGAAAAUGUCAGUUCCCUGCACUGGAUACAAACUUUUGUGGUGUUGUCCUGUUGCUGGGCCCAAUGUUGACUUUUCCUGGGUUCCCUUUUUAAACUUUCAGAAUUCCUAGAAGAAAGGGAUCAGCUACCCCUUUUGGAGCCAGUUUAAUAGGGUCUGAAUAGCAUCUUUUAUAUGUUGUGGAAGCAAUGCCUGGAUGCCAGUAACUGAAGAAUUUGCUUUAUCAAUGUGGAAAUGGGAGUUGGAUCUUAUGGUUCCCAGCUCUGGUGACCUUGAGGGGUGGGACAGUUUAAGGGAUAAUCUUCACUUCCGGCCACAAAAGGAUCUGACUUAACAAAUGGUAAUGUGUUGCGUCACUGGCAUGAGACAAAUCUGUUUUGUGCUUACCCUGACUACUCAUAAAUUUAUUGCUGGCAAUUCAACUCUCUUGGCAUACUCUGAAGGAGAGGAAUCUGAGGGCUGUGGAUUUGAUUUUUCAUUGAGUAUUUUUGCUUUCUUGUGAUUUGUCUGGACAGUUUCACAAACCUUUGCUAUUCAAAUUCUUUUUAUGCUUUAUAAACUCAGCAGCCAUCCUUUGAGAGAGCCCUUUUUUGAGGAACUGCUACAGCCCAGUUUGCACUUUCUUGCGGGGGGCUAUCGCCUUUGUACUGUCCCCAGUUGAUAGCAGAUGUUCAAGGAUGCACUGCAGCAACCUGGCUUUCGGAGACCAUAUCUUUAUAGCCCAAGGGCCAAACUACACAUGACAAGUACAUCCAUGUUUGUUCACAUCUGUUCAAUUCAUGUAGAAAGUGCGGGAAAGUCUAGUUCUUGCACGCAAGUGCCGUUUGAGUCAGGGGAGCCAAACCCUCUGCCUUUUCUGCCUUACUGACCUGCAAACCUUACUGAGUUACAAUAAUUUCUUAACUUGUCCCCAGCUUAUCUGCUCUGAUAUGAGAAGUGAUCGCUGGGCUUGUGUGCUUUAAGUUAGGGUUACCAGACGUCCCCAUUUCCCAGGGACAGUCCCUGGAUUUGAGAAUAAGUCCCUGGGCAAAUUCCAUCCCCAGAUUUCAUCUAAUGUCCCCGGGAAAAGCAGUAGCGGCAGUCUCAGCAGCCCGGAGCAGUUGGCUCUGGUUGGCUUCAGGAGCUGCAUAGAAGUCUCCAUAUGAUGGUGGUGCAGAGGCUCUUAAGAUGCAACUUCCAGGCUGCCUCCACCUUCCCUGACCCCAGCAACUAAGCUGUGAAGGGAGGCUUCGUGCUGCCUAUCAGGGCAGCCUUCUAACCCCUACUUGCGUGCAAGCAGAAGCGGGGCAGGGAUCUCUCAGGUAUGAAGGGAGGCUUUACGCUGCCUAUAAGAGCUUGCUUGCAAGCCAGAGGGGGCAGGGAUCUCUCAGUUAGGCAACGGGAAGCCUGCCUUCCCAGCUGAGAGAUCCCCCACCCCCUCCUGCUUGCACGCAAGUAGGAAUGGAUUGGGGCUGCUCCAAUGGGAAGAGAGGCAUCGCGCUGCCCGAGCCUCACCGCUGCUGCCACACUUGGCCCUCCUUCUCCGCCUUCCAUGCCUGACGCACCACGCACCACUUCCCCACCACCACCACUGAAGAACUAACAACUCAGGGGCUGCCCAGACUCAUGGGAAAAGGAGAUAGAAGUCUCGGAGAAAGGGGAGAUGUGGUGGUUGAGGUCAAGGCAGCAGCUGCUACCGCCAUCACUGCAACAUCAAUGUCCCGAACGUGUAGUAUUUAGUUGAUUGAUUGAUUGAUUACAGUGUCCCCAGAUUCAUUGAAAAAAAUCUGGUAACCUUACUUUAAGUGAGGCUGGAAGAGAGAGAGGCCACCUAGUAGUGAGCUCACAGUAGAGAUGAGAAUCAAAUUGAGACAUGCAUUGUUGUAGCCCGAGCUCUGGUGCACUGCACUACAACAGGUUCAGUCACUGAAAUAAGUUUAGAUUGGCUGGUGGGUCACAAGGUGGCAGUUUUCAGGACUGCAUCCCUGUCUUGACAGGUGGUAGGCAUAUAGUGGAGUGUGCUUCAUAUCAUUGCUGUGAGUUUUGUAACAUAUUUUGCAUUUCCAGAAUUUCAGCUUUUUGAAUCAAGUGCAGGGAGUUCACCUGCUGGUAUGCUCAAAGACUGUGGCUUCAUAUAUUUCCACAUGGUUGUCACAGUAGCUUCUUGCUUUACAUUAUUGUGCAUUAGUUAGAAAACAGCCUGGGGCAAUCUUUUCCAACAAGGUGUCCUCCUGAUGUUCUGGGCCGCAGCUUCUUUCAACCCAGCAAGUAUGGCCAUGCUGGCUAGUCUGAUGAGAGUUGUGGUCCAAAACAUCUGGAGGGCACCAGGUUGGCAAAGGCUGGCCAAAUGAUCUUUUGAAAAGGUGAUCAGGAAAAAAAGAAUUGAGAAAGAAUUCUAUGCCUGGUAAUGUCACUCUUUGUAUGUAAGGAAUAAAUAAAUAGUGGAAUUGAUAUUUUCAGAACUAACUUUUUAUGCUAAUAUUUUUUAUUAAAGGGAGAGGUGAGUCAGGUGCACCAGUGUAACAUGUUUUCCCCUCAUUCAUGAAGUCAAAGGUUGCAAUGUGAUGAAAAAUCAGCUUUCCUAACAUUACUGGCACUGAUCCUGCCCCCUCCCUGUCCUUUCUGAAUGGCAUGGAAUAGAGUUCUUGUUAACUGGCCACAUCACACAGAUUAUGUAGAAGGGAUGAGACUACCCACAAUGAAGAACAUUUCUGGCUAUAUGUUUCAUGGAUUUUUCUUUUGGCACAGACUUUACUUUUCUUCAUGACUAUAAAUGUGAUGAUAUGGUAGUAGGAGAGAGAAAUUUAAAAAAAAAUCAUAUGCUGAAGCAUUUGUUGUGUUUUGCACCCAAAUAGUGUAUGACAGACCAAAUGUAUGAUUUUGAGUAAACCAGCAGAAUGUGUGAUUUAUAGCAAUCUAGAUUAUGAAAAAAAUUGCCUUGUGUUUUCCAGCUUCUUCAAGAAUUUACUGACCUUGGAAGCAGUUUACUACACCAUUUCAGAACAGGUUGACAAACUAUUUUUCAUGUAUUGUUGAGCAGUCGUUCUUAAGGUUCUCCCCUUGAAUUUGUUACGGUCUUACUAUCUUUAUUUCCUUUAACCUCAUUUGGCAGGGGUGGGUGGAGAAAUUCUCAAAAUGAAAUGUCCAUUAUCCUCUAGAAUGCUAGUCAACCACUGGGUUCCUUGGGCAUUUCUAGUUUCAAGACCUAUUUCCCAGGGAUCCCUGUGCAUGGAAUGCUCUUGGCCCAGAGUCCUGCUGUCUAAUUAAGACUUUGCAGCAGGAUCUUUAUGGUGCAACAUAGUAAACCUAAACAAGGAAAGAUAGAGGGUCAUAUGCAGCAUCAGUGAGGUAGGGACUGAGCCAGGCAAGCCCAUUCUGAACUGGGCCUGACAUUUAAGCAGAGAUGGGGGUUUUCUGAGUCUGAUUCAGAAUUUACUUGAAGACACCAUAAAACAUAAAUUCAUAGUCCAAACCGCUUUCUGAGCAUUCCUAAAUUUAACAUUGUUACCAUCUUCAUGUCAUGAAGGAAGCAUGAUUUUGAGUAGGUGUUAAGUGACCAAGAAGUUUUGCUAGCCUUAGUGUUGUUGGUAAUCUGUAUGUUAACUGAUAGGGGUAGGGUUAGAGUUUUAAGGUAGUAGAGUCCAUGAUUCUUGGCCUAGCGGGAUUCUUCUUGACUACAAUAUAGAUCCAUUCCACUUCUAUGAAAGAGGAAUGAAGAAGAAAUGAAAUUUGUACCCCAGAACACAGAUAAUGUGCAUGCAUGUAUACUGUUUAAAGUAGUGAUGUAAGCACUUGGAGAUAAUUGCGCUUUCAUUUAUUACACUGUUUUUGGUACUUUAAAGAAGCCAAAUACAAAAUUUUCCUGAGAGUUAGUGCCCAUGUAUCCAAAUCUGUUCCCAUAAUUUAGGACAGCUAAAUGUAGUUUUAAUGUAAUAGAAUAAUCCAUAUUUCUUUGAGGGUUUCCCAUAAAGCAGAGCAAAGAAAUAAGCCCUGAAAUACAAGAAAGCACAAAGAAAUGUGAUAUCUUCAUUGACUGCACAAUUAUUUAAUCUGCAAUACAUAAUCUAGUAUUUUUCCCCCAAGUUAUCUAGUGUUCAUUCAUUUUUGGUGCCUUUGGUCAUACUGACUCUUAUGUUGCAAGAGGUCAUCUAGCUUUCCCAGAUGAUGAUGAUGAUGAUGAUGAUGAUGAUGAUUUCUGUAGCACUUUCAGUGUCCAUGUCACUUUACAGAGUACAGAAGGGCAUGUCCCCCUGCCCUUAGAGCUUUCAGUCUAAAAUUUGAAAUGUGGGGAAGGGUUGAAGGGAGGAAGUUAUGUGAUACACCUGGGUGUUAUUGGGGAAUAAAGACAGGAGCCAGCAUAACUGGUAAUUGUUUUAAUAAUUCCAGUCUAGACAUGCACUCUUCACUGCAGGAUUCCUUUUCAAAGCUCUUUACAGCUUGUAUUUUCACAGUGAAGGCAGCCUGUUUCACCUACAGAUACUAUUUUAGCAUUUUGCAUUGGGCCUAUUCAGAGACUACACAGUGACAUGACCAGUAAGCCCGGUGGCCUGAGUGAGAAGAGCUGUCUUGUCAGGACUCCAGAAAGGUGAAAACAUUGGGGCACUUGAAGAAGAAGACAAAUGGCUCCUUGCACACCAAGGGUUGCAAAUUGGAAGCAGCCUCCCUUCCCCCCUGCUCAGUGCAAGGGGCAUUUGCUGUCUCAAGAUAAUAGUGAUGAGCACUAGCCUGCAUGGGUGUAAAAUGGAAUCAAGAUAAAUUCAUUGAGAAACAGCUCAGUCAAAGGCAUUUUAGUUGUGAUGAAGCCUCCGCUUAAGAGUCAGCAUGCCACUACGUACCAUUUGUUGGGGAGCAACAGCAGGGGAUGUUUAUUGUCAUCAUGCCCUGCUUGCAGCCUUCCUAAAAGCUCUGAGAAACAGGAUGCUAGACUAGAUGGACCCCUUACGUUGAUCGAGCGGGGCUCUUUCUGUUUUCUUCGUUCUUUUCCCUGUCGCUUAAGUGGGUGUAAUGCUAAACCAGGAUUGAUGCUAAGCAGGUUUGAACCAUAUAAAACCAGUUUAAGGCGAACAAAAAGUAAAAGGGAGAAAAUGCAUGAUGCUCAUUUGCAAACUUAUAGCUAGUAGGUAGUCUGGUAGUCUGCACUGUUCCCAAAGGUCUUAGUCAGUAGUUAAGACUGGGGCACCGUUAGUAUGUGGUUCCCUAGACUGGAUGGAUGGGAGUUUGCCUGCUCUUGAUGGGGUUACGCUCCCUGUGAAGGAGCAGGCACACAGCUUGGAGGUUCUUCUGUAUCCUUUGCUGUCACUUCAGGCUCAGGUAGUCUCAGUGGUGAAGAGUACCUUCCGUCAGCUUUGGCUAGUGGCCCACCUGUGCCCCUAAGUGGACAGGGAUAGCCUAACUACUGUUGUCUAUGCUCUGGUAACCUCCAGGUGAGAUUAUUGCAAUGUGUUGUAGGUGGGGCUGCCUCUAAAGACAGUUUGGAAACUUCAGUUGGUGCAGAAUUUGGUGGCCAGGUUACUCUCUGGCGCAAGAUGUUUUGAGCAUAUUACACCAAUCCUGGCCCAACUACACUGGCUGCCAAUUAAUUUCCAGGCUCAAUUCAAAGUGCUGAUUUUGACCUAUAAAGCCUUAAACAGCUCAGGAAUUCAAUAUCUCAAGGACCACCUCUCCCCAUAUGAACCCACCUGGAAGCUGUGGCCAUAUUUAAGGCCCUUCUCUGUGUGCCUCCUCCACAAGAGGUCCAGAGGGCAGCAACAUGAGAACAGGCCUUUUCUGUGGUGGCUCACCACUUGUGCAAUGCUCUCUCCAGGGGGGCCCAUGUGACUCCUUCGUUACAUAUCUUUAGGCACCAGGUGAAAACAUUUCUUAAGAACCAGGCCUUGGGCUGAUUAACAUUCUAUGGCCUUUUAAAUGUGUUUAUGGGAGGGGGGCUAUUAGUGGAGGUUUUUUGGUUUUAUUAUUUUGUGUUCUCAUGUUGUAUUUUUAUGUUGUGAACUGCCCUGUGAUCUUCAGAUGAAAGGCAGUAUACAAAUUUAAUAAAUAAUAAUAAUGAUGAUGAUGAUGAUGAUGAAUAAUGGGUUGGGGCUCUUUCUCAAACAGAAAUCCUUGAAAUUUUUAACAUAAUUGCCCUUGAACUGCCAACAGGUGCUGCUGCUGCUUCUUCUUCUUCUUCUUCUUCUUCUUCUUCUUCUUCUUCUUCUUCUUCUUCUUCUUCUUUUUGCAUUAACACCAUCAUUAUGCAACAACUGCAAGUCCAAACAGAUCAAAUCUAUACAGUAUGCACAUUUGAAAAUUAACAUUAUGUGUAGCAACAGACUCCUUGCAUUUGGAGUAUGCCUACCAAAAAUGAUUUGAAGGCUUUUGGGCAAAGUAUUCAUAGCAGUCAUUGCCAGGCAACAGUCUUGUCAGAUGAUGGCAGGCACUGGGCACUUCCUCGUAUUAAAUACAUUCUUCAUGUUUUUGCUACUAACCGUCUCCAGUCAGUGGAAAGAUAAAUUUGACUCACUACCUAGGGAGGCAUGCCCAUCCUUCUUUAUUGCGACUUGUUCUAUGGGAGAAUAUGAAUAGAAUAAUUUAUUUGGGAAGAAUGUAGUUAACAGGAAGAUUUCUUAAAAGCUGAUCCCCUGUAGUUCAAGGGAGCUGGGUUUCCUUUCCCUUUCCUGCCUCCAUGUAAAAUCUUGAUGCCUUUUGCAUUUUCCACUGUAUAAAAAAACUAAAAUUCCCCAGGCUCAUGGAAAUGUAUUACACUUUGCCUUUCAACUCUGUUUCAGUUUUUGAAUUGCAGUUUCCUUUCCUCACAUGCACACCCUUCCAGGGUUGGUUGCCCCAAACACGCCUUUUCCUUUUAAUGAAAUGAAAAUUUGCUUAUUUUGGCAUUAAUAUGUUUGAAAUAUCUGUGCACAAGUUCAUGGGCAACUUUCAUGACUUAAACUAGGGGUUCCCAAACUGUGGUCCAUGGACCAGCAGUGGUCAGUGAGCAUCAAGCUGUGGUUGCACAGUGUGACUCUGAAGAACAGCAGGACCAGGAGCAGCUCAGUUGUUCUCAUCACUUGAGAACCCCACUGGCUUCCUUCUCUCCUUUGUGGAGGGUGGGGAGGACACGGGUGUUGCUUUCUCUUCACUGGGGAUGAAGGGAAAGAAGGAAGCCAGCAUCUGUUGGUCCUGUGGAAAGCCUUUGCUAGUCCCACACACCCUUUGAGAUUUGCAGUCAUAUUAGGUUUAAAAGAAAAGUGGGGAGAAGUCUCCCACCUACACAUACAAAUCCCUCAGUAAAUUCCUCUCGUUUCUGUUCUGUGCAUACUUUCCUUAUAAUUCUAAGGUUUGCCAGUUCUAUUCAGGAAAUAUAACCCGAGUUUCCUGUUCAGUAGUUAAGAUUUGAGUAACAGAACAAUUUGUUUUCUAACAGAUAGGAAAGGAGUGUGUACACACAAUAGUACCUUUCUGUUUGUCAAGCAUGUAGGCUUCCGGCGUUUUAGUGCUAAUUAGCAAAACAACAGCAACAACAAUCAAACAAACAAACAACCCCUGUUUCAUAGGCUGGCUUAUUUAAAAGUGCUGAAAUACAGGUAUUGUUUCCUGUUCAGCAUGUGUACCCCUUGACUUUUAUAAUAUUGGCUGUGCAAUUAAUGUCUGAAAAAUUAUUUUCUUGUGUCUAAUAUUUGGUGCAUGUUAGCCACUCUGCUUUCUUGUACCUCUGCACCAGUCUUCCCCAACCUGCUGGCCUCCAGAUGUUUUGAACUGCAGCUCACAGCCUGCACCAGCAUGGCCAAUGCCAGGCGAAGAUGGGAGUUGUGGUCCAAAGCAUCUGAGGGGCACCAGGUUGGGGAAGGCUGCUCCUCACUGUUGUUCCUGUAUUUCCUGAUUCUCAUUUUAAGUGUCUUGUUAUCCAUGUUACAUUGAGGGAAGGCGAUUUCUUAACCUUCCAUAUAUUAUUUUUGCGAGAAAAAUGCUCAGCGGUACUUGGCUUGUCCACGAACUGCAGCUUGAUGACAGAGCAGCAGGUAGGCAACAUAGACAGGCAAGCAACCAGUGUAGGUUUUGUGGGGAAAGGCGGAAGAGCUGCAGCAGAACAGGUAGGGCAAGGAAGUCCCUUAGCAAUCAAUGUGUUCUGCUUCCACUGUGCUCUGGACACAAACACCACCAUUUCAGCCUCAGCAGCCUUGCAGGCCUAGAAAGCGACGAUGAAGCAAGACAGUUGCUGGUAAGCUGCCCUGGUAGACAAGUGGCCUCAGGGGCAAAGAGGAGGUAACUGGAAGUGAGUGGGCAGAUCAGCACAGGGCAAGCUUUGCAGGCUUUCCCACUCUCCUUUUAUCACUGCCACCACUGGUUACAGAAGACAGCCAUCCUUCUCUGGCUUCCCAUGGUAGACGCAGCGGCAGCAGGUUAAGAGAGGGAUGUCAGCAUCGCCCUUGAGCCAGUGCCACCAACUGGACUCAUCCACUUCAGCCCCGACUGGGCUAGGCAAGCUGGGUAGCACUUCCAGAGACCACCUUCUGCACAGGAACAGGUCAAAGUGCUGUGGACUCACAGCUUAGAGUUGUGAGCACCGGAUUCACUCCCACAAGAAGACAGUCGUCGCACAGCAGAGUAUAGCACAGUCUAGCAGAGUAUAUAAACAACUCGGAGAGCAGCUCUGUAGAAUAUCUUCUUUAUUCUAUAACUACAACUAUACAAACUAUAUACAGAGCUUAAUAGGUCUAGGCAUAAAUAAAUGCUGCACUGCACUGAGUGUCUGCAGCUGCUCUUAGCAGCAACCUUAUCUCUACACACGAUCUCUUAACACUCAGUCUCUCUCUCUCUCUCCGACACUGACUGACUGACUGACUUGGUGCUGGAGCAGAAUAAGUAGAGAGCAAAACACGCCUCCUCCUCUCUGGAGAAUCAGCAGACUCCUCAGGAGAUUCUUGGAUAUGGGAGGGGUGAAAUCUCCUCAAGGGAAAGCUCGCAAAGGCUACUCCACUCUGGUCCAGUGCUUUUCCUUUCAGUCCACCCACUGGGGAAAAGGGAAGAAAGGUUUCGGGAAAUACAUGUGGGGCAGAGGAUGCAUUUGGAGUGUUGUGUGAGGGAAGAGGAUUUGAGGUGAGAUGUGUGGGGAGGGGGCAUAAAAUAAUGUGUUCUUGGAUAGAAAGAGAGGGAGGAAAAAAUGUGAGGGUAGAAUAUGUGCUCAUGGGGGAGAGACAAGGGUAUGUGUGGUGGGGGGGAGGGAUGUUCUUCGGUAGAGAAAGAAGAAUAGGGGGAGGUCCUUUUACAGGAAGAGAAGGGUAGAGACAGAGAUGUGGGAGAAAGAAAUGUUAGUUGGUCACGAGAGGAGGGGAGUGAUGGAUAUGGAGCGAGAUCAAAGAUGCUGUUAGGUAGUGAGAAAGUGAUAUAUGGGGGGGAGAUGCUUGGGUUCGAAGGACACUGAAGGUCUAAGGAGAACUAAGAGUAGAAUUGCAAUGGGGUGAUCAGUGCAUGACAAGAUUUUACAAGCUUUUCCAUACUCCUCAUUUCAAUCUUUGGUGUUGUGAUUUGGGCAACCCAUGUGAUUGACAGGUGGGUUGCCUUGUCCACUUGUGGGAGCUAAAAAUGUUGCCCACCACUGGUCUGAGGGUUUGUAGUGCAGGGAAUGUGGGGGGGGGGGAGGUGGUUUGGGGAGUCAUGGACUGUAGGUAGUGUUGGUGAGCAAUGCAAGCAGUGGUAUAGCACGCUCUCUCUCUCUCUCUCUCUCUCUCUCUCUCUCUGUGUGUGUGUGUGUGUGUCUGUGUCUCUGUCUGUCGUCUCUCUUGCAGGUUCGAUUUUAUAGAACAAAAAACGCUAUUGCUGACUUACUAACAGCAUUAUUUGUACAUUAUUAUUUGCCUUUCUACAAAGGUGGUGUAGUCAUAAUUUAAAUCCUCAGUCAGCAGUGCUUAUUUCAAUGUUUACAGAUAAAUAAUGAGUUUGUGCUGAGCACCUUCACAUUUCAAUGUGGUGAACCUGCACCGUUUAGAUUUCAGGGUAUGUGAUAUUUUCAUAGGUACUAACUCUUCUUGGUUGUAUUUCUGGUGCUUUGCUCUCCUAAUCAACUCUGAUUUUCCAGACAAGCAAUCCUCGUUUUGUGUUGGGCUUACGUUCUGGACCCCCACAUGCAUCGGCAGAGUGCAUGUAAGCCCAUUCUGCCCCCACCCUGUCCUGCCCCUUUUCUUGACGUCUUUAUGAUGUUUUGGGGCUACUUCCAGGUUUGGUGCCAUGCACAUGUGCACAAUUUGAACACACCUAAAUGGGUUGUUGCCUGUACAGUGGUACCUCGGAACUCAACCGUUAUCCAUUCUGGAAGACCGUUUGACUUCCGAAACGUUUGAGUUCUGAGGCGUGGCUUCUGAUUGGCCGACAACUAGGUUUUUGCACAGCGGAAGCCACAUUGGACGUUCAUGUUCUGAGGAAUGUUCAAAAACCAGAGCACUUAAUUCCGGAUUCCCUGUGUUCGGAAGCCAAAAUGUUCGAGAACGGAGCCAUUCAAGUUCCGAGGAACUACUGUAUUGGUUUGCAGUGGGCGAUUCUCUUCUUAGCCUUCCUUAGUCUUACUCCCGUGUGACAUGGCUAAAGACUUCAAAAAUAGUAUGAUUUCACAUGCUUCCUAAACAGUAUAAAGCAUAAAAGAGCUUUCCUAAAAUGUAAACUGUUAGCACUUUACAUAGUUCAGGGUCUUACUGGAGCCUAUUAUUAGGAAAUUAUUUCUACUAUUUUUGAAAACAUAAUGCACAAUCAAAAAGCUCUGGAAUCAUAACCCUAAAUAUUGACCAUCUGGCAUGUGCAAUUAUAUUGAUGUAGAAAUAAUGAGAUAUGAGAUAAUAAUCAAACUGAGUAGUUCUGCUUUGGCCUGCUGAUUUGAUUCUUUUGGAUACACUGCAGUAAUAUAUUCCAGCUUUUCAAUACCAGUUGCUAUGAACAAUACAGAAAAACAUUUCCUCCUGCUGCCUCAGAACUGGCUGUUUUUCUCACUUCUAUAUUGGUUUCUAAUAUUAGUUCACAUAGCCCCUGUGGGACUGAUUGGGGGUCACAGAGUAUAAGUCCACACAUACAGGCUUUGUUGAGUCCAAAGCUACAUCCUGUGCAUAUGCAUCCUAAGUUAAGCACCCCUUCAGUCCUUAGCCCUUUGGUUAUGCUCGGCAUCUUAUUCAGGUGACAUUGGGCUGUAUCCCAUCUUGUGUCUCCACUACUGCAAGGGCUCAGAAAUGCUAAUGAUUAAGCAGUAUAUAAGUGUCUUAAACAAACAAGCAAAAUAGACUUUUUAGAGCUGCACAACAGAGGAAUCCAACGCAGUAUUUACCAAUUCACCCCACAUAAGUGGGGGACCUGUUGGGAUGAUCUGCCAGCAGAGAUUUGCAGACUCAAAAGGAUGCUGCCAAGAUGGCGUUGAGAAAGGUCGUUCUUGGCUGAGCUCCACAAUCUGUUUUAAUUAUUUAAUUGGGGUUUGUUUGUUUGCUUUUUAUGUGAUAGUGCUGUUGCUGGCUCAGCAGCCAUCUAAUUUAUCAGGGGCUAGGACCUUUUCAGUGUUGUUUUGUUCUCUGAGGAGCCAGGAAUCAUUAACCAGGUUUAAAGGGAGUUCAGCAACUGCAAGUCUUCUGCCCCUUUGGUGUUCUUGCUGUUUUGUCUUUACAGGUUUUAAACUUUAUUCUAAGGACUCAAAAGGGAUGCUCCGAGGGAUUUUCUAGUUGGUAGAUCUGGUGAUUGUCCUGAGGCCAUUCACUUGCUAUGGAAUUUUGAGAUUCAGAGGACUAUAGAUAUAAUUGUUUCUGAGCAUACUCUCUGAUCCAGUUGAGCACGUUCGGCUCCCUGGUGUACUUGGGAGUUACAUGUGAGGAAACAAGUCAAGGAUGGUUAGAGUGCAGUUAGUGCAGGGGUUGAUAACCUGGUCCCUACCGCCCACUACUGGGCGUUUCAGGAUUCUAGGUGGGCGGUAGGGGUUUCUAUGGCACAAGCUGAAUCCUCCUUCCAUUGAGCACUGGUGGGCGGUAACGAAAUUUUACCAUCAAGAAAGAUGCAUUAGUGGGUGUAAAAAGGUUGACUACGCCUGAGUUAGUGCAACAAUGACUGGACAUAUGCUAAAGCAUGAUGGUGAAAGCAGUGAAGAGGGCCUCCUUUGGUGCAUCCUCGAGAAAUGGUCCAGAAGAACGUCAGGGUGGUCCAUUAGCUGUUGACACCUACAGUGUAUCAGCAGAUGGAGUCUGGGACACCCCAGAGACCCUCCAUGUUAAGCACUUUGAGGACAAAGACAUUCUUCUCUUUAGCAAGCUAGAUGUCAUGACUGAUGCAGUCCCAGAAGAGAUUUCCAGCGCCCCAUCAAACCAUGUUCUAUGGGAUCAGUUUCAGUUUUUGUAACCUGAUUACUUUGACAUGGUGCUUGCAUGCACCUAGCAAUGUGCCCUCUUCAUCCUUCCUCUUCUUGGCUGAUUAAAACUAGCUGGGGUGAAGCAUGACUUGCUGAAUUCAGGGGGUGGUACUGCCCACCUUGAAGGAGAUGAUAUUGUGGCCACUCCUGGAAAAAAACCCAUCCUGCACUGAAUGGUACUGAACAACUACCAUCCUAUUGCAAAUACCCCUUUUGGGGCAAGGUACUUGAGAGGGCUGUGGUGACACAGCUGCAGGCAUUCUUGAUGGGAACAGGUUCAGACUUUGCCUGUGAUACAUAAUAUAAGUGCCUUUGCAAAUCAACAUGUACCAAAUUGCAAUGUAAAUUCCACCUGAAUUAACAGUCGUGAAACUUUCAAAAGCUGCUUCUGGCAUGUAAGCCCGAAACUAAAAAUGAUGCAGACUCAGAUCGUGUUGAAAACAUUAAAAAAAAAAAAAAAAAAAGAAUUUAAAUGUUAUGCAAUUAAGGAGUGCUAAAUUCUCUCUCUCUCUCUCUCUCUGCCCACUGCUUAUCACCCCAGGUGCUUUUCUCACUUUCAGUGUCAAGAGCCUGGUUGAGAAAAGGCAUAGAGGAUAGAGGUAAUCUGUGGAUUCAGCACCACUUCCCUAUAUGUUCCUUUGCUCUUAAAAUCAACCUUGUCCCCUGCUUCAUCCAUGAUUGCAGUAUGUUUGUACUUAUCAGAAUAGGUCAGCCAAAAUUUUGACUCCACGUGUCUUGGAAAUAGUUCCUGUGUCUAGUGCAUCAAGCUAAGGCCAAGGAAAGCAUGUAGACUAACGAAAAAAAGAUGGGUGUGCAAGAAAAAAGAAGGUGAGAGGGGGAAGUUACCCAUUACCAUAAUGAAGUCCCCAACUCUUUGGAACCUUCCCCCAAACACAGUAUCAGUAUUCAGCAGAUAACUUGGUAAAGCUCAAAUGGGCCAGCUGAGCUUAUACACGUGCCCCUUUCUCUGGCAGCUCACUUAAGUGCCCCACUCCCCCUGAUAUUCCUCUUCUGCUUGUGGUUUGGCCUGGACAGUCCCCCAUCAGGUUGGAGUGCAGCAUGUUCUGUGGACUGCGGAGACCAAGUGCAUUUACUGCUGCUGUGAAACCACUGUGCAUUAGGGAUUGUCUGAGCUUGGAUGCUCCCCCAGCAGCGACUUUGCAGGCUGCUGAAAUAGUUGUCUUCCCAUGCAGGUAGUGGCCAGAAAUAUUGCUCCAGUACCACUUUUCUGAAACUCUCAGGGUGUCUGUGUGUGUGCUGAAGUGGCCUUUCUAGGGAUGGUGUCACGUAUUGGGUCUGUUGCCCACUGAAUCUGUGUAACUGUCUGCCAGAUUCAUUUGCAGGAAUUUGUAGACUACUUUUCAGCAACUGCUUCUAAAAAAAGCAAUUCUAUAAAACCUAUUAAAAUUGCACAUUAACAUUUGCCACAGAGAACAGCCAUUGGAACAUCAGGAAACCAACCGGGGGGGGGGGGGGGACUGACUUCCAAAAGCAGAACAAAAUAAUGUCAUCUUUACUUGCUUCUAGAAUGCCUUGAGAGAGGGAGUCAAAUGAACAGCUCCCAGAGGAGUGUUUCAGAGCUCCGCUGGCCACUGGAAAAGACCAGUAUGCCUUCCUCAUAUGAUGAAAUUUGAACCAAGGCAUCAUUGACAGAUCUUAAGCUUGGACUGGGGAUACCCCAUCAAUUGACAUAGGUACCCUCUUGUCUGUGUCUGGUGUUGCAACUUCAUGCCCCAGCAUACGAAUCACCUUCUAUGCUAGGAAAGGAGACAGCUUGUGCCUUAUCUUAGAUCCUGAGCUAUUUCAUCUGAGAAUGUUGUAUAUCGUUCGAACGUUUAUUUUGUGUACACUCAAUAGAAAAGAUUUGUUGUACUUAAAGCAAGAUAAAGAUAGAGGCAACCAAACAGCCCACACUUCCUUUUCAAAGCUGCUUCUCAAACUGUGCUGUUCUCAGACUGCUAGAGUCUUGGCAGGUGAGGCACAUUCUAUUGCAUUAGACCCGUGUUGAGGGCUCAAGCUCUCAGGUCCUUGGAACUCCUCCCCUCAACUAUUUGCAGGGCUGCAAUCUCUUCAUACAGUCCUUAAGGCAUCUCUAGCUGACCCUCAGACCUCACCAUGGGUCACCCCCCCCCUUUCUGGCCCUGCUUCACAUCCCUAGUGUUUUGCCUGGCUGAACUACUGAUUAUGCCUCUUGCUUGUCAGGAUGGUGGAUAGAGAAGUGUGUUGCAGUGUCUGAGGCAAGUGAAAGGUUACAUGAUAGAAGUUUAUGAAAUUAUGCAUGGCCUGGAGCAAGUGGAUAGAGAAAAGUUUUUCUCCCGUUCUCUUAGCGCUGGAACACAUGGACAUCCAGUGAAGCUGAAUGCCGGAAGAUGCAGGACAGAUAAAAUAAAGUACUUCUUCAUGCAAUGAAGAAUUAGACUAUCGAACUUGUUGCCACAGGCGGCACCAACCCAGAUGGCUUUAAAAGAGGACAGUGCUAUCAGUGGCUACUAGCCAUGACAGCUAUGCUCUACCUCCACAGUUUGAGGCAGUAAUGCAUCUGAAUACCAGUUGCUAGAAACCACUGGAGGGGAUAAUGCUCUUAUGCCCAGGUCCUGCUUUCAUGUUUCCCAUAGGCAUCUGGUUGGCCACUGUGAUAAUAGGGUGCUAGAAUGGAUGGGCCGCUGGCCUGAUCCAGCAGGCUCUUUUUAUGUGUGUAAGUAUAAAAAUUAACCUUCUGUACAUAGGUAAAAUUUGCAUUUGUUGCUUCACCCACUUUAGACACUGGCACCACCCACUACAAGCAUGUGGUCCCUGGAAGGUUGCUCAGAUGGGCAUGUGGCCCUUGGUCUGUAAAAGGUUGCCCUCCUUGCUUUAGAUCAACAGAAAUACCAGGUAUGUUAUGCUGAAGUAGGUGUGGACAGUUUAGCCACUACAAGUAUGAGAACACAUCAGGUUACUCUUUAUCGGGGCUGCAUGGGAAGUGGCUGGCAGAUGAGUUUUCUGGGUAAGGCAGCUUUGGAGGAGGGAGAAAAAAAUUUCUCCUCCUCUUUUAACUCAGUCCCUCCGCCACAAACUCUCCCAGGACUCUUCAACUUGUCAGCUUCAUAACUUUGGUGUUGCUGUAAAAAUAAGAACUUUCUCCCUUGACUGAAAGCAAAACAACAUAAAAUAAGCAUAGCAUAAAAUGUCUAGGAUGCUGGGGAUGCAUAUUCUAAACAAUGUAUUGGAAACUAGUAAAUGUCUUUAAAAUUUUUGAGAGGACUGAAAAAGGAUCUCAUGGAGAAUUUCUUUUCACUCCUGUUCUUACCCAGGGCAAAUAUCCAGUUCUCUGUUGUACCAUAUCAGUUCCAUGUGCUUUUUUAUUUCUGUCCUCUGGCAUGACCUCUGUCUCAGCUGGCAGCCUGUGUGAUCUUAAAGCAUUUUCCGGUUCAAAAUAACAAUACAUAGGAAAUUCAAGUGGUUGUUUUUUUUAUUUCCUUUCCUGCCUUCAGCCAGUGUUCAGGAUGUACACAUAAUUCACAGGUCUGGAUUUAGGGCAGGGGUUGUUUUGCUGUCUAGUCUCAAGCAUAGACACUGGCUAUGUUGGCACAUCACGUCUUGUGCUUGUGCUGGAAAGAAAGAACUGCUUGUUGCAUCUUCUGGACCCAUAAUUGUUGUUAACAUGAACCACAGUUAGUUUUGGUAAACCAGUAUCAAAAGCCGUAGUUUGGAGUUGGAUUGUUUGAACCUAACCAUAGUUAAUAUUAACCACAGUUCAUCACUCCCCAUAAUACAAAAACCUGUUGUUAACCAAACCAAAAAGCUUUCCAGACAACCCCUGGCAGCAUAAUAAGUGUGAGUGCAUGAGACCAAGGCUUAUUGCGGCUCAUUCCUGCUCACACAGAUUGCACUACACCAUGGUUUAACAUGAUGUGUAGUUAGCUGUGUAUGUGUUAAAAUAUAUAUAUCUAUAAAUCCUUCAUGUCUUAGUUUUUGAAGAUGCAUGCAGCAGAGUUAUUUCUCACCAUCAACUUAGAUUUUGGAUUUCAAGUUUUCUUCUCAAAGGUGGGAAGGGGACUGCCUGAAAAUGAUCUCUCUCAAACUUCUUUACAAAAACUGGAAUGAGAAUUUUGCCUGUUCUCUCAAGAGCAGUAUUUCUCUUUAUACUAUCAGAUGAAAGAAGCUGUUGGUUUGGCUGCUCUUUUGAUAAAGCUAAAUUAUGCUUAUUGCUGCUGGGGUUUCACUAGGAAAAUAUUGAUUGUCAGUAUAACAAGAAUUCCCUCGCUGCCUGUUAGUGGCCUCAGCCAGCUAAAACCUGGCAAUGGAAAAAUCAAUAGAUGUUAACAAACUCCCUCUGUCUCUAAAUUAAUGUCUAUCUUCAUAAUUCUCCUGGUUCCUGUCAAGGGAAAUCCCAGGGAAUAGGUGAUCCAUGGUGGCUGUUUUGGAAUAAGGGACAGAUUUCAGGGAAAGCCCCACCACACCACACAUUCCUUCACCCUGAGUCAAAGAUCUGGGUAAACCAUGACCCAUCUCAAGUUUCGUUUGCUUCCAGUUGGCUCUUCUAUUUGCAGUGCCAGCACCACCCCCAUGAUGGAGGACAUGGGAUGCGCUGGUAAAUAUUCAGUGCAGAAUUUUGCUGGGAAAUGCUUAGCGGUAUCAGCAGCUGUGUGUGGGAUUUCUUUUUUUUUUUUUUUUUUUUGUCAGGCCAUCCACAAAGAGGCUGUGCCAAGACAUUAUGAAUCCCCUUAGCUUAGCUUCUCUGGGACAUUUAUAAAUUCAACAAAACUAAAACUCUAAAGCUGUGCCUGGACUGUAUCACUUUAAGUGUAAGUGGAGGAUUUGCACAUUCAAAUGCUGUCACAUGUUGGGUGGGUGAGUUCCUUGCAUAUAAAAAAAAACCUAACUCAUCCGCAAGAAGGGUUUAGUUUGUCCUCUAAGAUAAGACUUCCAUUUUCUGAAGGAUGCCUUCUUCCCUUUAAUUGCUUCUUUGUCUCUGCUAUUUAACCAUCUGGCCUCAUCUUCACCCUGGUGGUAGUUUUCUUGAUGAGCAGUAGACCACCUAGGUGAGCUUUUAAUAGUAUGCUUUUGAACAACCCCAAGCACUCUGAUGAGACUAUUUUCUUAAAUUGGCCUUUCAACUUCUUUCUUACCAAUACCAAUACCAGUACCAAUACCAAAGUCUCUUCUGAAGCCAAAUAUGAUUCUGUUUGAUUGACUUGGCCAUUGGCCACCUACAUAUACAGUUGUACCUUGGUUUUCGAACAGCUUAGUUCUUGAAAGUUUUGGCUCCUGAACGCCGCAAACCCGGAAGUGACUGUUCAGGUUUGUGAACUAUUUUUGGAAGCCAAACGUCUGACAGGGCUUCCACAGCUUCCGAUUGGCUGCAGGAGCUUCCUGCAGCCAAUCAGAAGCCGCACUUUGGUUUUCAAACGUUUCAGAAGUCAAAUGGACUUCUGGAACAGAUUCCAUUUGACUUCCAAGGUACAACUGUAUGUUGAAUUUGAUCCCAGUUUAUUCAGCAACACUUGCAUCUUGAACCAGGUCCUGGGCAGCACUUAAGAUCAAGUCAAAUGUUGCCUCAUCUCUGGUUGGCUCCAUGACAAGUGUUUUAGGGUACAGUCAUUUAAGGUAUCUAGAAAUCUUAACUUUGUCCUAACUGGAACAGUAACGUACCCAUUCUAUCUAAGGAUACUUGAAAUAACCCACCACUACAGCAUUUUCUCUUUUGAAUGCCUCCUUGAUUUCAUUUUCCAUCUCAAGAUUGCUCUGGCCAUUUUGGUCAGGGGGACAAUAGUGUCCCUCUAGUACUGAAUUGCUCAUGGGACCCAGUUUCACUUCCCACUGUUAUGGAGUCUGCCGCUUUGGGGAUUUCUAGCUCAUUGGGCAAGAUGUCUUCUUUGUUUCUCACAUACAUUAUCUUGUAAUCGAUACAGGAGCCCUGUAUUAUAGGUAAGUAUUAUUUCCAUGAGUGUGAGGGACUGAGGCCAAGAUAGAAUCUAAGGCCAAUUAAUUAAUUUGUGGCUGAAGUAGGAAUCACACUAAAGAAUUUCUGAUUCACUGUUAAUUCUCUUAAUCCUGAUUCUCCACCAAUUCACAGCCAUAAUAAACAUCAGUUGACUUUUCCUCGCUCUAAGAGUGGGACUAGUUUUACUUUAAUGGUUCCCUCUGAAACUGGAUUUAAGCUGCUUGCUAUUGAACUCUUGGGGCAUGGCAAUAUUUUGCAUAGCUUGUGUUAUAAAAAGGGAAUGGGUGUGGGGAAGCAAGUAAAAAAGCAGGCAGGGAAGCCCUGACUCGUGAGUUCUAUUCUUGGCUGUGUCACUGACUCAUUGCAAUCAGUUUGCUGAAAUGUAAUGUUGGACUUGCCCUCUGGCUGUUAAAAAUAAAGUGGGGAAAGCUCUCUUUCUAGAGCUUUGCCACCACUCUGUAAAUACUUUUUGUCUGCUGUCAAACUGAAAAAAUCCUAGUCGACUGACCAUAUUGAGUUUUAACUUUGGGUAAUUAAAUGGAUUAAAAUUCAUUUGAAAAAUGAUAGUUCUAAGGAAAACAAACAAACUUUGUUUUUCAGCUGAUGCACACACAUGUAGCAGUAGGCAUUCCCUUUCAGAAUAAGCAUUCCCUCUUCUUCAUUGGCGAAGGAGGGCUUUCUCUCUCUACAUUUUUUAUAAAUACUUGCAUUUUUUUAAAAAAAGCAACAACGGAAUCCUUAUUAAAUCAGGAGUGUCUUUUUGUCAAUCAAAAUUAUUUAAUUGGUUUAAUACACCUGAUUAAUCAAUCAGACACUACUGCUCUACUUAUAAGUCUUGCCCUCACUCAGUAGCUUACUUAACUAUACUGCUUCGUGGAAGCUGUGUUGCCCAGGUGAAGGCAGCUGGUUUUCAGUCCAAAUUCAGUAAACCAGUUUUGUAUUUGCACAAAAUCUAUAUCAUCAGUAAGGUUGGAAGAAAAUAAAGCUCUCCACAAGUAUCAGCCCUACUUACGUAUCUACAUGCAGGUCCCGCUAUCUGCCUGCUCACUAUCUGAAAAUUCACUUAUCCACAUUUAAAGAAUUAUGCACAAACCUUGCUAUAUGUUCUGCAGAUUCACUUAUCCAAACAGCCGACUUCCUUACUUCCUUGUUUGUUUCUGAUUUUCUUGUUGGCAGCAGCCAUUUUUGGGCAGAAAAUGCUCCUUCGGGGAGCAAGAUUGGAUACAUCAGAGAGCAGGAGAGUUCAGACAAAUCCGUUAGGGUUGGGUUUUGUUUUUGUUUUUUGUUUGUCUUUGUCUUUCUUUUGUUGAUUGCCUGCAGUCAUUUCAGGAAGAAACCAUGAAGAGAGUGGGGGAAAGUGCGUGGACAAAUCCUGCAUUAUAAAUAUUUCUAUAGGAAAUAAUGGAAAUCAUUGACUCGUUAUGCAAAUACUCUCUCCUAACAAACGAUUUCCAGGAAACACAUUGUGUUCGAUAAACAGGACCUAUGUAUCACUAAAUUGUUAAAAGACGUCAACUAUUCUUUUCAAUUUUCCAUCUACUGUCCAUGACACUCUCUAGAAUCACCUUUCCAAAUCCACAAUCAGAGUUUUCUCUGGUAUAUUCCAACCUACUCAAUCCCACCCCCAGUUUGCUUCCCCAGACAAGUUAUUUUUUAAAAGCCAUUGUAUUGCCAAACAUUGCAUGCAUCUCUUUUCUGGUAUGCCAUCUUGAGGGUGUUUUGGUGUUUGUUUUUUUUAGAUAUUUAUCACACAUCUAAAAUUAGGUGAUGAACAUUUAGCAUCCUUUGCCUUUGUUCUAUAAUGUUCAGAACACAUUUUGAAUUCCUGACAAAUGCCUCUCUCAUGCUGUUGCUGAUGCUCAAUUAAAAUUUAUAAAUAAUUUAUAAAUAAAUAACUGGGACUUGCAACAAAAUGUGGAGUUUUCCUGAUCAGGAUUCCAAACACUUCACUCAAUUUCAUUCUCUUUCCCCUGUUUUGUGGUGUUCCUUCCUCUUAGAGUGUUUUUUUAAAACAACAACAACAAAAACCACCACCACCACCAAAGAUGUUUUGAACUUUUCCAAAGCAUGAUGUUCCCCAAAGGCUGCUAAAGCUUCUGCCCCUCUUGCGCAUGGGUGGUGUGGUGUCUCUUUGGCUACGUGAGUGGCACUUAACAGUGUGAACAUUAGAAAUAGAGAUGGUUGUGGUGGUGAUGGCAGUGAUUCACUCCAAUCAUGUUUUGCUGAAAUGUCUUCUGUUAGCAAAGAGAGCAGAAGCUGUCACUCACCCUCACUUGGGUGUGAAACUUUCCUUAUGUUAUUGCCGGCAUACAUCUUUGUGGGCACUUAAAAAAAAUGCUUCACUCAUGCCAGCUUCUACUCAGUUGCUAGUAGUGUCAUGCUUCUUCCUGCCUUCUCCAGGCAGCAAAGCCAUGCCAUUUGCACUCCUCCCCAGUGGUUUUGGGCAAGUGCUCCACUACUGGCUUUGCACUGGAAAGUAGUACUAAGUAGGAGUACACUUCUCAAAUCUAUACAGUGGAUGCUAGUAUCACUGGGUUGUAUACCACUGUAUUGGCCAUUUGUUUUGUGGGGUAGCUUUCUAAUUUUCAUUUACCUUUAUGUUUCUUACUCAGGCAGCCACAUGCCUCCGAGCCCUGAAAUGAGAGGCAGCUGCUGUCUCAAAACUUUUUGUUCGCAUUUGGCAAGAUCCCAAAAUGGUGGUGGGGAACUGGUUUGGUAUGCAGCGCUGGGUUGGAGGUAUGUCCUGAACUGAGAACAGUAUGUCACUGAUGUAUAUUGGUGGCAUGAAACACCAUUUGGGUAUCAUUUUCAUAACUGAGGUCAUGCUGUUAUUUAUGCAGUCCCUAAAAGUGUACUAUUAUGCUUAGUACUCUUAAUCUGAAAUCAUUGCCACCAAAAGCACAGGGCUGUAGCCUUUAUUCCCAGAGUUAGUCAGAUUAGACUAACAAUGGGUCUGCUGAAAUCAUAAUUAAAGUUGUAGAUGGAUCAUUGUAGCACAUACCUAUGGAAUGUCAUGAUUUCAAAAAGUGAGACCUUAAGCAGCAUCAAUCUUAACUAUAGUUUAUUGAAACAAGCCAUCUUCAUAAACCACAGUUUGAAGUUGAACUGCGGUUAGCAAGAACAGAAGAGAAGCCUAUGGCUCACCCAGUCCUGCUUAUGUAAUGCUAAGCCAUAGUUCAGUAUUGUGUCUGAACGUAGUUGUUAUUGCUUUAACUUCAUCCCUGUAACUAGGAAUCACAAAUGGGGAGAGUGCUGCUGUCGCACCCAGGUCCUGCUUGUGGGCUUCCUACAACUACCUGGUUGGCCACCUAUUAAUCCUAAAAUAGGUGCUGUCCUGUAGAUUGUGGACCAAGAUGACUACUUAUGCAUUUUGCAGACUAUGUUAAAUAUCAAAUGUCAAAAGCUAUCCAUUUGGACUUUCUCUCAUUGUUUGGAAGCCCUCAGAAACUAAAAGAUUUUUUAAACCAUUUUGGCAUUUUCACUGCUAAGGGUAAAUCUUAAAAUUAGAAAGGAACAGGUAUGUUAGCGUAAUCUUUGACCAGGCAAAGUAUUGCAGUUUGUAGUUAACACACAACCACAUUGCAAAUCCAAAUAAAUAUAAAGCUAUUACUGUAUUGUGGGGGGUUGGACUAGAUAACCCUCAGAGUCCCUUUCAGCUUUACAUUUCUGUGAUUCUAUUUAUUUAUAUUAAUAUUAUAAGUUAAUAGCUCAGUCUUAACUGGAUUUACUUAGAUUAGAAGGAGUUCUCACUCUGUUCAGUCGGUCUUAGUGUGUUUUUAGGAUUUCAUCCUAAAAGUAUUACUUGGAAAUGUCAGAAAGCACAAUUGUUGCUUUGAUGACAUUUUGAUUCUGCCUCCUUCCUCCCUUCCUCCUCACACCGGAUGCUGGGAAGUGGAGUUGUGGCCACACAAGGGAAGAUGAAUCCCAAAGCAAAGUGAUCACCAAGGUCCCCCUCAGAUUGUCAUUCUUUUGCAGGAGGGAAUUGGCUGCCACCUGGCAAAUUUAGGACUUUUUGUGUUAAGGCAAGUGACCAAAAAAUGCACUAGAAAGUGUGGGGAAACAAUCAGUUGGCAAGUCACAUAACCUCUGUGCAAGCAAAUCUGGAUGAAUGCUUAAUAACCAGGUUGCCAGGAAGCGACCUUGUGAACAGAAAUUUCAGUUGGCACCAAGCUGACCUUUUCUUGCUGGUGGUCUUACUUGAAUAAAAGGUGAUACAGUUGGCCCAGCAGCCCUUGUUCCUCUGACUGGCAGCAGAGGCCAGAGUGUGCUUUCCCUCAACUUUCACAAUCCCCAGGCAACUGCAGUUGGCAGGAGGAGGAGAGAGUUCUUCAUCUUGGGGGCGACGGGGUAGAAAGAGGAGCAAGCUACUUGCAGCUGCUGUUUCUCUGAUGGAUGGGUCCAGGUUAGUGUUCCCUCGCUGUCAUGUUCUUCCUGGGAUAGUUUCAUUUAAAUCUCUGUCAUUUAAAUUUAGCAAAGAAAUUUCUUCAUCUUUCUCUGCCUGUGCCUCUGCACGUGUUGUCCAAUAACAUUGUUUUGUCUUCCUGUAGUAAUGGCUGACCACUCAGUUCAAACAGAACAAAUGUUCCUACAGCAAAAUGUACACCUCUGAAUUGUCCCAAGAAACUCACUGUCCUUUCAGCUCUUUUGCUGAUGGCCAAUUAUCUAAAGCAAACAUGCAAUUUACCAUAGACGAAGGUUUACACCCCAGAGAGAUGUGGAAAAAACUCCACCAAACUGCAUUUUGUUUAGUCCAGACGGGUCUGUGGUUACUUCACAGGCAUUUCAGUGCUUUAGGAGCCUUGCUUUGUUUCAUUUUUGUUAACAAUGCUGUGGAGUUUAUAAUGUGGCUCACACCCAGGGAGGAUUGCCCUGUGGAGAGCCCUGUGGUUGGUUUGCAUCCAGCUGAUCAGCACAGCUUCAACUUAAUCAGAGUGCUUUUGUACUCUAGUGCAGCUAGAAGCCACUGAGGCAACAGGUAAAAAAAGAGCUAGGAUCCUAUUUGCACAUGGCUGAUCACAGUUUUGUAAAGUGGUGGAGAACCAGUUAAUGCAAGAUGAGAUUUUGUGUUUAAAGAUGCAGGGGGAGGAACAAGCUGUAUCGGCAGAGUGGGAUUGGGGUUUCACUCAGCGAUAUAUCGCUGGUGAAAGUGCUACCACUCCUGGGUCCCUCUGCUAGCAACACUCGCUGGAGGAAGUCAUUAGCAGACAAACUCGGGAGUGGUGGUGUUUCACCAGCGAUAUACUGCUGAAUGAAGCCGACAUCACAGUCUGCUCCUCAUACUGCUCCUGGGCAAUAUAUUGAUAUAUAGCCCAGGCCUAGUGCUUAUGUGGUCAGCUGCUAUGUGGGAUAUGAUGUCACACUCUAUGGGUGUCUUUAGGAAAUAAAUGUAAUAAAUCAAUAACAUCAAAUGUUGAAGUGCAGUAUAACAGGGUAUCAAAUAUGGAUACAUAUUGCACAUUAUGACAGUUUUUUAUGUUCAGAGGCCAGCUAUUGUAAUCAACAUCACAAUUUUCAAAGAAAUAUUUGGAGCAAACUUCCACCCCUAGGUAUAAGUGAGCACACAUACAGAUUUUCUCUGCUCUUCAGGCCUCUUCCAAAUAUUGUACUCCGAAGUUCUUUCAAAUAUUGUUUGAAAUGUAUUGUCAUUAACUAUUUCUCUCCAGUUUAUCCCAGUUCUUCAUUUAAAUCUGUGAUGUGUCAUACUUUGUACUAUCUAGUAGGAAUAUGGAGCAGUUGCGGAUUAUCUCAAGUUCACAACCUUCUCACUGACUAACCAUUUCUCUGUUCCUCAAAACGCCUUGUGCUCCAGAGCUGCAAUACAUGCCAUUUGUUCUCUGCAUACUGAAAUUCUGAUAUCAAACUUGCACAUCUAUGUGACAUAUUUAUCCUUAAAAUAUUAAUCAUUUGCAUCUAAAAGCUUUGUCAGUUCUGGACUUUGGUUAGUGCGGAGAGCUGUUUCCAUAAUGUUUUUCUCCCAUUUGAAGCAUGGUCUUGUACACUUGCAGGGGAUGAAUUGCUUGAUCCAUGGGUUGCUUCGCUCUUGUUUAAGCUGACUGGGUGCUAGAAUCAGAGUGGUUCAGGUCCACUUGGCCAUGGAACUCACUGGGUGGCCUUGGGUUGGUCAGUGGCCUGGUUUACACGUAACAUAGCACGUAGCAUAGCACUGUGGUUUAGUGCUACAUGCACAAGCUACAACGAGCUCAAAGCUGAGAUUGCAGAUUACAGCAUAAUCUGGUUAGUUAAAUCAGUUUCAUAAUCCAUGGUUUGAAAUUGGUUUGUCUGGAAACUGAUCAGAGUUUGUUUCCCUGUUCAUAACCACAAACCAGGAUUUGUGUAAAGUAAAACUAAACUCUGCAGAAGUCCUUCUGCGAGAGGAAGAGAAGGGAGAGCUUGUCAGCCUAAGACUUUGCUUAGGCUCAGUCCAGCUUCUGCACAUAGCACUAAACAAUGGUUUAGUGCAGGGCUGGGGGCCUGUGGCCCUUCAGAUGUUAUUGGACUCUAACCCUCAUCAGUCCCACCCAGCUGACAUCCAGGGAUAUUGGGAGUUUUAGUCCAGCAACAUCUGGAGGGCUGCAAGUUCCCCAUUCUUGCUUGAAGGUUAUGUGUGAACAUGGCCAGUUUCACUUGGCCUAAUAUAACUUGCAGUGUUCUUCUAAAGAUACAGCUGGCAAGGAGGGAGAGAACCUUUAUCCAACCACCAUGAAUUCCUUGAAGGAAAGGUGGUAAAUGUGACAAAUAACUAAACAUAUGGUGGAAAGAACAGUUUUAGUGUCCAGAAGCUUUCCAUUUACUGCUAAUAAUUUAUUAUUAAGGCUAAAAAUAUGUUCAGCCGUGCCAUUUCAGUGCACAUUUCUGUUUACAAUAAGGUGCAUCACAAUCAUCCCCCCCCCCUUUUCUUUUUUCUUUCGCAGUGCCCUUAAAGAUAGCCGAUUUCCCCCAAUGACGAGGGAUGAGCUGCCACGGCUUUUCUGCUCAGUGUCUCUACUUACUAAUUUUGAAGAUGUCUGUGAUUACUUGGACUGGGAGGUAAGGAUUCUCAAUCUUUUUUUCUCUCUGUGAAAAGAGUUGCUGCUUUGUUGAGCACAAUUUCUCUGUCUUUGUUAAAACAAAAUAUGACUAGAAUACUUUAGCAUAGUCGCUUAGUACUGUCGUCCUUCAUUAGAGUUUGUUUUGCACUGCACUAGGGUAAACAUGCACAGAGGAGAUGGUUAUAGACCUCUACUUAAUCAAAAUAAACAUAUGAUGCUCUUCUGGAACAGUGUGUCGCCUGGCAAAUAAACUUUCAACAUUGCAUUUAACUACAAGCACACAGAAUUUCAAUUUUUUCCUUUGACCAACCUUCGCCCAGACCAUACCUAGCCACAGUACUAUCUCAGAGGCCCAUUUCUCACUGAGACAGUAUAUAUUUGUCUGGACUGUAGAUUGCAUGUGAGGCCCAUUUAAUGGGAUGCUUCUCCUUACAAGAAAAUAACUCACACUUAAUAUAAAUAGUUAUCAGGACAGAGGGUUUUAAAGUAUCCUUCCCAACAUGAUUGUUUUGUGUGAGUAGGAAUCAUUCCUGCCAUGUGAAGUACUCCAGCCCAGGCACAGUGAGAACUAGGCCUAAGGAAGAAGUUUUGACUAACUGAAAUGAGAGCAUCCUUGGACAAACACGGUGCAGGCCACACAGGAAGAACUACAUAAAUGUGCUUUUAUCUCUUUUAUUCCAUAAAUGUUAUGGACGUGGCAGCACCUAAGUGAGCAUUUGCCAUUUAAAAACUGCAUGUGGUUCUUUGUAGAACAUGAAAGCUUGCAGGACAAGAGCAUUUUCAGCAUUUUUUACAUCUCCUCAUUGCAACAGCCAAUUUAUAUAGGGUGCCUAGAUAGGUUUCUGAAAAUCAUGUCACUUGCAACAAUAAUGGGCUCCUCGUGGUAAUUGCAGAGUGCUACAUAAAAUUACAGCAUUUUGCUUUAAUAUGCCUCAGAUGAGUUCUAAUGUAGGGUUUUGAGUGUUCCUGAUUAAGUGACCAUUAAUGUUUCUUUUUCCCCUCUGUCAUGCAGGUUUAAAAUGUGUAAUAUCUGCCAUGGUUGCUUUCACUGAUAAGGCUGUAAAUUACCUUUAGGGUUAGCCUUAGACAGAGUCACUUAUACAACGCGGAAGAGGAGGAGAAUGCACUUCACAGAUGGAAAGGGCUUCUGAUUGCCUGGGCCUUUAUACCCCUUUUUGUUCUUGUUUUUUUAAAAAACAAAACCAAGAAAACAAAACCACCCUUGAAUGUCAAUAUUCAGGCACAGCCUGAUCUUUGUGGAUGUAUCUACAAUGAGAAAAGGUUCCUCUCCCCUCUAGAAAUUCUACUGGCUGUUUUAUAAGCUGCAAAAAUAGAAAUGGAGUUCUUGGUUGUAUCAUGGUUUCAGAUAUUAAUAACUAUAAUGAUCCUUUGCAUGCAACUUCGCAGACUGCCAGUUGGCUGCUUCGUGUGAAUAACUUGUUGCUAUUAACUGCAGUUCAUUUAAUUUUUGCACUCAGAUAAAAAUGUACAAAAUUUCAAUGACAGUAAUUAGUAGCAGAAAACUGGAUAUGGGUAUGCUUAGAAACUACCUUUGUGAUGUUGAGAUAGCUAACAUUUUAGAGCAAUUGAGCUGUGAACGAUGUAGUAAAGUACAGUAAAGUACUCUGUGAAGAGCAUUAAGUUCUCUAAAGAUGCACUUGAGGUUUCCUAAUAGUCACAAUAUGGUUUCAGGUCUCUUCAAAGCAGCUAUUGCAUUCUGAAGCUAGCAUUUAAAUAAGCAAAAGGAUACACAAUUAAGACCAGUUCUUAGUGUCAAGUUUGGACUCUCUUGUUCAUUCUAGUGCAUUGCCAAAUGUCUGUCCAUUAAUAUAAUCAAGUAGCUGAAUGUCUUCUGGUUUCAAUGGGCCACAGAGCAAAGACCCACAGGGUUUCACCAAUUACUGUGUAGCACACACACACACACACACACAAAAACCCCCAGCAACCUUCAGGUGACCAUGUUCAUAUGUAGCUCUAAGCCAAAAUAUGGUUUAAUGGAACAAGCAAACAUGUUGGGGUCCUGCUGUUUCGCUUAGUGUUAUGUCUGAACCUAGGCUGCCGACACACCACAAACAGUAGUUAAAGGUUUGUUCUGUAGCUUGCCACUCAUGUGUUUGGGGAGGUAAACCAUGAGCAAACCUGCGGCUUAGCUCACAGCAGGGCUGGAGGAGGAGCAAAGUGGCCUCUUCUCUCUUGGACCUGCACAUUUGCUUGUUCAUGCUAAGCCAUAGUUUGGCUUAGUGUUAAGUGUGAACUGGACCAGUUUGAUCUGCAAUCCACAAGAGGCAGCGAUGGCCACCAACUUGGAUGGCUUUAAAAGAGAAUUAGAGAGGUUCCUACAGGAGAGAGGUUAUUAGGUUGCUAGCCAUGAUGGCUAUACUUUGCCUCCACAGUCAGAGGUAGUAAUGCUUCAGAAAACCAGUGGCUGGAAACUGCAGAAGGAGAGAGUGCUGUUCUGCUCAAGUCCUACUUGUGGGCUUCCCACGGGGGCAUCUGGUUGGCCACUGUGAGAACAGGGUGCUGGACUAGAUGGGCCACUGUCCUCACCCAACAGGGCUCUUUUUACAUUCUUAAGUGCUGAAAACUGUCUAAAUUCUUACUGUUUUGUUGGGGAGGGGGCAGGUAGUCAGGGAACUUAGGGCUGAGCUGCACAUUACCUUGGCAAAUCUGUACUCAGAAAAUUAUUCAUUCUCCCUUAGAAGUGCUCUCUCUGAAACCCCCGUUUUCACCCACCCAACUUGCUUCCAUUCUCUAAGCUUAGCUGAUGGGGAGGAUAGGCCAGUGGGAUAAAAAUGGCACUGAAGAACCUUUUCAGGAGGCAACCAACAGCCACCCUCUUCCACCAGGUGAUUAUUCUCUGCAUGCGUUUCCCCACUACAAUACUUUCCUCACAAAGAAAAACACAAGGUUAAGAGCAUUCCGAUUUCCUUAUGCUGCAUCGUUCUACCAUUUAAAAUCAUAAAGGGAUAUGGCUAUGUUCUUCCUCCAGCACCUGAGGCAUUAUGCCUCCGAAUGCUAGUUGUUGGGGAUACUGCUGUUGCACUCUUGCCCUGCUUGCAGGCUUUCAAUAGGCAUUUGAUUGGGCACUUUGAGAACAGAAUGCUGGACCAGAUGGGCCUUUGGUCUAAUACAGCAGGGCUUUUCUUAUAUUCUUAUAGAUACCAUUCAGCAUCAACAAAAGUAACCACUCAUUCAUUACCACUUAGAGGUGCCACAUAAUGUACUUAACCUUUGCUUGGUUAGGUACUCAUUCUAAAUUACAACAGUUGGGAGAAAGAAGGAACGGAUUUCCAGGAAGAUUGGCAAUCAGUACUUAAAUGUCAGAGAGUUGGGACAGCAGAAGUGGCUGGCUGGUUUUUUAAUGUGUUUUCAAACUCUUGGCAUUUAUUUGAAGGGUCUUCACAUUGGAAACUAAUUGUUCAGCGGGACUUGGGGUGCCUUCCCCCCUUUAUUUCCUAGUAUCCUUUAGGCUGUGGUCCCCUAUAUCAUUGUAGGCAAUGGUGAAAAACCAUUUCAGUCUGAGAGUUGUAUUGUCUCAUGGGCAACUUUCUGGAAACAUCAUGCUAGUGGUGGAUAGCAGCACAGACAAAGUAGGUAGGGCAUUGUUUGUGACAUCUAUCUUUGUGCAGUGGGCUACAUUCCAGUCAUACAAAUGUUUGAUAACAAGGGAAGGAGAGGACCCACUUGCACACUUUUCCAUGCAGGCGAACAAGAAACAUUUAAGCCAGACAAGGCUCUCAAGGAGGGUGAGGAGGAAGUGAGAAAGUGGUCAGAGAAAGGGGGCAUGACCUUAGGAGUAGCCUAAUGGCUGGACAAGGAAGUGUGGAGGACAGCAUUUGGUUCUCAGACCUGAGGUGUGUGUCUCUCCCCCCCCCCCCCCAUUUUAAGCAAGAUGGUAGCAUCCUUUGAGAGAGAAUGAAUUUUAUUGAAAUAUGGGACCUUAAAAGAAUUAUUCUCCUCUGACAGUGAGAGAGCGUAUAUCAUCCGUGUUUCUUUUAAGGAAGAUGCAGUUAUGCAAUGUGAAUGGCCAAAGGUCAUUUCAAGAUGGCUAGAAUAUGACCUUAAGAGAGAAUGUAGGUCUUCUAUCUGGCAUAACUGCUCAUUUCCAGGUACUCCUGAAAGGAGACCUUUCUUCUGUAGGUAUGCUGUUAAUGAUAUUGUGGGAGCUAAUACAACAAAUAGCUGACAGGUGCGAAACUACUUCUAAAUUUCAGGUGCUUAGAUGGUUGAAUGUGGUGCUUUUUACGGCAAGUGAAGUUGAGGAUGUGACUCAGGGAUGCAUCUACACUUUGGUGCAGGCAGACAAAGGAUCCCCCCCCCCCCACUGGAUAGUUUAAUAUUUUCCCUUGAGAAAUACAUACCUCUUCAGUGGGGGAUGAGUGAAUUGGCUGUCAUUAUCUCCCAUAUGUUGUAUCCCACCCCCCACCAAAUUGCUGCCGUUCUACCUGUUGUUCAAGUAUAAUUUGCAUGUUUUUCCACUUGCCAGAAGAGUCACUUGGGACCACAGUGUACAAAUACAGGCAUUUUCAUUUGCCCCAUUCAUUCUUCCCUGGCAUGGCUUUGUGGGACUCACCCUGCUCAUCAGCUCCUGCUAUCAGGAAACUGGACAUGUUGUUCCUGCUUGCCUCUCAGAGCAAGGGCUUCCUACCCCACAAACCUUGCCAGUGUCUUCAUUAAAAAAAAGCUGAUGCAUUACGUAGGGUAAAAGAAAUGCCAGUAGCUAAGGGUUGGUUCAAAUGCGAACAUACUAUUCAUCAAAGCAGUUUGAGUGGCCCCAGGGACACAGACACAUGGAAGAAGAAGUAAAGAGAUCAGCUGGCCACCAGACCAUAGCUCACUGGCAGAAUACAUGUUUUGCAUGCAGACAGUCCAAAAAUUGAUCCCUGGCAUCUUGAGGUAGGUCUGGUAAAGAUUUCCUGCCUAAAACUUUGGAGAGCCAUUGCCAGUCAGUAUAAUCAAUUCUCAACCUAGGUGGAUUUAACUUGCACAAUUUCAACUAUGCGCUUGGCAGCCAGCCAACUGAAAUCACACAAGCACAGAGAAGGCAGAGAGCUUAAAAGCUCUUUCUGCGCUAUCUGCCAUGCUUACUGUGCUCCAGAAAACUCUCUCAUGGGCUCUGGAGGCCUUUGCAAGAUCUUGCAAGAUCUCUGAUGGCCCUCAACAUCUCAUGCCAGCUCUGAAAGAUACAAUUGCUCAUACAGGGGUGGUUCCAAGGAGUUGUUUUGACUAUUUGCAAUUUUGGCUUUACAUGCUACCCCAAAGAACAUAACCUCCAUGCAAGAUGCAAUCCUACUCUAUAGACAGGACUGAACUAGAUGGACCAAUGCUUGUUAUUAGAUUGCUUCCUAUGGCUCCCUUUUACAUGUGCUAAAUCUUUGGAUGUGCAGGGCCAAACAUUGCUUCUUCCUCACAUCUUGGUCCUGGAGACAUUCGGGCUACUCCAUACAAAGCAGUUUCCUAACAUCUGAACUGUAUGCCAAUAAUGGGUGUGACCCUACUUUUAUCACAGCAACAGACAUAUAGGACUACUCUUCUCAUCUCCUUACCCUAGUUCUUGAAAUUUCCUUUCCUCGAGUGACAUUCCUAGUACCUUCAUCCCUCGACCACAGCUAGACCCUUCUCAGAAUAAAGAGUAUUUGGGCUGCCUAGAUGACAAGACCCCACUCUCGGCCUCACUGAUGUGGUCCAAAGCAAAGCAAAGCAGUACAUUUGGCACCAGCUUGGCUGAAGGUGUUGCUGGAAGGUGGCAUACAAGCCACCAUCCAACUGUCUUAGGGAUUCUACUCCAGAUUUGUAUAGCUUUUUCUUCUCCUAGAGAUAUCCCACAGGGCUAUCUUCAAAAGCCCAACACAAGGGCAUACAGCUCUUUCUUCCCCCAAGUUCUCUGCAUAUGCUAGAGAAGUUAUGGAAGGAGACUACAAAAUAAUGGCCUGGUUAGUAAACCAAUGGUCUUACUAAACCUGAAACACCACAUACAUAGAGAAUGCAAGCAUAUGGCAGUUACCAAUUUCAUGCAAAUGGUGAUGGAGGGAUUAUAGUAGACAGGAACUGGGUGAACAAUGUCUGGUAUUAGGCUUGUUCCAGUCUUAAACAAUAAAGAAACUUCUUCAUGUUGUAACUUUUGUUCAUCUUGUUAUUCUUCAGAUUUUUUUAGUCCUCUUGCAGUUAUGCUGAUGAUUACAGUGUCAUUCCCAAGCCCCACCGAGAAAGUCAGAAUUGCAGAAUAGGCAAAUUGAAGGGUUAUCUUUAGGUUUAGUUGUUCCUCUGUUGAAGCCCUCCAGCAGUUUUAAACUACAAUUGUGUUGGCUGGGGCUUAUUGGAGUUGUAAUAUUAAAACACCUGGAGGGACCAGAUUUAAUGUUCUCAGUUGUGUUAUGAAUCUCCACUGCAAUACUCAUACUUUAAAGCUGCCACUUUCAGGCAGGGUAUGGUUCAAAAUAUUUUUCCAUCCCUGAUACGGCUUUAGGAAGGGAUAGAUAGAUGGAUGUGCGUAUAGUGAAACUCAUAAGAGUAGAUGUGAUUACUGUAUUUCUUUCAGUGUAUUUGCUAUGAACUGGAUUCCUGUUGCAGCAAGCUCAAGAGCUGUGUGUACCUGUAGAACUCUUCCAAAGCUCUCAUCAGAAAGAAAAACAGUAUCAGAACUGGCUUGCCCCAUUGAGUGACUUCUGAGAAUUAAUUUCUCGUAUGAAGUUUCAUUAUCUGGGCCUGUCAAAUUUCCUUUUGAUGUAGCUCAUUGAUGGUAGAUGCUGGAAGUAAUUAGGUGGGGUUUUUUUAAUCUAGUUACAUUUUCUGCAUCUAUUUAUCGUGUGUUUGAAAUCCUUGUGACUAAGAGAUCAAUGAUCUCUUCUUACUGCUGUAGUGGUGGUUGGUCCAUUUGAGUCUUUGAUCCCACCUUUACUAGACUCAGCUUAACAAAAUUAUUUAUCAGAUCCAAUGGGAGGUAAUAGAUGUCAUUGUUACAGCUGCAUUUGUGCUGGAUGUCUCAUUAUCUGAUGAGGUUUAGAUUUGAAGCAGCCUCUAACUUCUAGAGGGGUGGGGGAACCUUUUAGGAUGAUCCACUCCCUGAGAAUUAUGGAUCUCAAUGCUCUCCUGGUGUCUCCUGGAGAUUUUUCUGACUAAUACGAUUAACUGCCCAAUCAAUGCCCUGGUUGAUCUCUAGAAUUUGGAAGUAACAUAGGCUGUCAACAUAAUUGCAACCAUACGUCCUCUCCUGUCUUGUAGAGUUGGACCAUCUCCUUGGUUUUCUGAGGAGUGGGUUCAGUGAAAUGAGAAGGAUGAUGACUAGAGCAUAAGUGACGAAAGACUUGGGCCAUAUCCGACCAUACACAGGUAAGAGCCUAUUCUGUGACUGUGUUGGUGGCAAAAAAACAAAUCUUAACAAUAUCCACUCCUGAUGUAGAUGCCAUAGUUAUAGCAGAAUAGUUUCCAUGACUCUAGGACUCUGCCUACUCUGUUUCCUAUGGAUACUUUUCAGUUUGUACAAUCUGAUACAUGGACAAGAUUCUGGAAGAGUUGAGACCCACCAUGUUUACUUUUGACCUGUCCCCAUCUUGUCUUUUUAAAUCUGCCAGGACAAGGUUUGGCGUGUAGGUCACUGAGAUGAUAAAUGCCUCAUUAAGGGAGAGCAAAGUUCCAAACAACACUUAAGAUGGUCGAAGUUAAUUCCUUUCUACAAAAGCCAUCGCUCGAAUCAUCCAAUUUGAACAACUAUUGCCUUGUCUUGGAUCACAAUGUGUAGUGCCUUUCACCAAUACCAUCUGGUAGGCCAGCAGUGCCUUUCCUGGAAAUGUUAGACCUAGGCUCAGUCAUUGAUACUCAAAUCAUGUUUUUAGGUUGGGUUACCGUAAUUCAUUAUACAUGGGAUUGUCCUUGAAGAUAGCCCAGAAACCUCAAUUGGUGUAAAAUAUGGUCACCAGGGUACUGUCUAGGGCCAGGUCCUUUACCAGCCUGAAUGUUUGCUAAUUUAUUUCCAGACUCAGAAAAUGAUCUGGGACCAUGGCAUCUUAGAAAUUAGAAUGGCAUUCUACUUCAGCUAUCAGGUGUGGGUACAAAAGAGAGGGUUUUUUUCUGUUUUUGGCACCCGGUAUGUGAAGUAGUCUCCCAAGAGAGUUAUAACAAGUCCCUUGACUGCCCACCAUUUGGCAGGCUUUGGAAACAGUCUGGGACAUUAUCAGAAUAAGACUUCAUUUAGACUGCUUUUAGCCUACCACUGCUUUCAAAUCUUUAUUGUACUCAGUUGUUUUAUGCUAUUUGCAUUAUUUGUUAUGCUGUUUUUAUUGGCUUUUGCAUUUUUUAAAUUCCCGUAUAGAAAGGUAGCUGUCAAGGGUUUGAGGAUCAAGGGAAUUUGGCCUCUCAAUUCCAAUAUGCUGCCUGCCCCCAGGUCAUAGUCCAAGCCUGAUCCAGAAUCCAGGUCUGUGGCUGUUGAAGGCAGAAGUUACUCUCAGCCCCAGGGUAAACCAACCCUCAAGGGAAGGAAACUGCCCCCACUUGUUUGAUUCACCCAGUUUGAGUCAGGAGAUUCUCAAGUUGCAUACCAGAUGUCCCCAAGGAGCAAGAGCGAAAAGUACCACUCUCUGCUUCCUGAAGCCUCAGGAAAAGUCAGCCAAAUGCAUAGUAGCAGAAUGUGACCAAAGUGAUCCAAGACACUGGUUUUCGAACCAAAGCCUUACCUAAAUAACCAUGUCUAAUGAACCUUGUUACGGAAGGGUUUAGGAAACACGCACACAAAUAACAAAACCUUGCCUAAACUGGAUACAUGACAAACACUCUUUGUCCCCUCAAAGAGGUGUGGCUUAAGGUUUCAGUCAGAAAGUUCAGAACCAAGAUAGGGGACAAAGGAGUAAUGUUAAGGAAAUGUCUCAUGCCCUCAAGCAUAGUAACCUGCUUCUCAGCUGGAACUUUCCAAAACUCUUUGAUGAACUCAUGACAGCACAGUUGAAGAAUGUUUGCCCAAUUAAUGGACUGGUCACUUUCGGCCUUGAGACGCUGGUACCAGAUAGCACAGGUGCAAUAAUUUUGCAACUGCUAACAGUUUGCUAAAAGAGAGAAAACUGCUUUCUCAUAAUUCUAGAUCUUACUUCAAAAGUCUAAGCUUCUUGCUCAACUGAAGUUUUAAGAACUGAGCCAAAGUUUGGGCACAGAACUGGUACAACAUCUCAAUAUCUUGACAGUAGCAGAUGGGAUUUUGUCCUUUCCUAUACCGUUGCCAGUUUCCAUGAGAUGGUCUGCCUAGACACCUGGAACCCAUUCUUAGUUAGGCUACCAAUAAAGUGGUGGUUAUCAUCUCUGGACCCAGUUCUCAACUUAGUCGAUCAGUUCCCAGUCCUAUGCAAUUACUAUCUUUUGUCUUGUUUCGAAAGCCUUCAAGACAAAAGAUUCCUCUGUGUCCCAAGGCACCUAAUUCCAAAGUUGAAAUGCUAUUAUAUUUCAAAACGGUUAUUCUCGCGUUUUGUGGCUUAAAUCCAUUGUUUCUUAUCCUAUGGGGGGAGCAGAGGGGGUGAAUUCUUCUGCAUUCUCCGAGAAUAUGAUAUGCGAAAAUUGUGAUUGAAAUGUAGCGGUUUCUCCCGGUCGUUCUCCACAGAAUCCAGAGCAACAGGUGUGUGUUCCAAUCAAUGUUUGAUAAAAUAUUUCUAUAUUUUCCAUGUGUGUCUGAUAGAAAGUGGUGGUGAAAGCUUCACAGGAAAAUGUAUAAACAUCUGGUGGUUUCACACAUAGAGCCAAGCCAUUGCACCUCGGUGCUACAGAAAGCCAAAAAAAAAAAAAAAAUGCCUCAUGUUUCAAAGUCACAAACAUUCUGCGGUUCUGGAUACUUCUGAUCUUCCCAUUUCACAUGGGGCCAUUUCUGUUGUAGGUAGUGUUUGCUAAUUGUCCUGCAGACAUACAGUUUGCCCUUCUGUUUAGAAAGGGUCCAUAUGUAAGAGAUAAGCUUCUUUCUGGCUCCCAGUCCACAUGCCAUUCCCUUUAAAAAUGCUUUAAAAAGUUCUAGCCUACUGUCUCCAGUGCAUAUGCUACCACUGCAUAAAUCAUUCAAAAAUAUUUCCAUGGAAGCCACCAAUAUUACUUCAGAAAGGGUUCAUAAUCAUAAUCCAUAUUUGUGAGCAGGAGAUGUUUAUUUCUUCCAUGCUCACCUUUAGCUAUGCCUUCCAUCUUGGUUUUUCACAUGGCAUUAGUGUUUAUAUACUAAUUUCUAGAAGAAUCCUCUAUUACACCCCCUCUGUAUUGUGUCAGCCUUCCAUCUUGUGCAUUGGUAUAGCACUGUUAUCCAACCCUGAUUACAAAUAAUUGGGGCAUAUAAUAAAUUCAAUCCACAGUAACCUUGAUCUGAUCAUGUGGUUGCUUUUGAAACAUGCUUAUCCUUUCACUGAAACAAUUCUCAGGAUUGCUAACAACUGCAAUUAAACAGCACAGUAGUGAUCCCUUCAGGAAAUGCUAGGUGCUAAUCUAAAAACCAUUAAAAACUCUGGGAGUGCAAACAAUUUAACCUGGCAUCUAAAAUAUGCCAAAUUUGGCACUAGGUGAAAGGGAGGAUUCCAUAGCUAAGAUGCCACAACCAGCAAAUUCUGCUCCUGGUAGCCACCCUCCCCAUCUCAGAAGGCACCCAGAACUCAGGCUUUCAUGGUUAUUUUAGUAAACAGGAAGGAAUAAGUAGUCUUGGUCCCACAAGACUUAGAAAGCUGAAAGGACUCACAGGUCAUGUUUUGACAUAAUGCUAAACCAUAACUUUAGUUCUUGGUCAGGGAAUGGGAACCUACGACCCUCCAGGUGUUGCUCGACUCAAGCUCCCAUCAGCCUCAACAAGCAUGGUAUUUGUAACCUCCUGGGAGGAAAUGGAUGUAGGUUUGUCAGGCAGGGAGUGUAUGUGAAGAUCUGCAACAUCCAUCUGCAUCCCAAGUGGUUUCUUCUACUCCUCUUCAACCAUCCAAGUGUCAGCUCUUGGACUCUUCUACCUUUCCAGGCAAGCUAAGGUAUCCAAGCACAGUGGCAUGUCUUUAGCACAAUUGUAUCCUUGGAUGGGUUGGUAUGAUUAUUUUUUUCCUAGGGGCUGUGAAUAUAUAAUGGGGAAACAGUGGAGGUCCCGUUGAUGAUUAGCUCCUCCUGUGCAGUUCUGAUUAGGAAUCUAAUAAACUGGAUCAUAAAUCAGUUUUAAAUUGAAUCCUUCAUCAGUCUUGGAAUUAGUUAGUUUGCAUUGUCACACCUGACUCUCCUGUUAAACCUGGUUGGUUAGCCUGCCUGUCUUUUGCCUCUCCAUGGCAAGUUUCCCAGAGAUGCUGUAGUUACCUUCAGAGCCAAGUGCAAAUCUCCAUUGCAAAUGGUUGUUUCGCUAACUUUGGCUGUCCCAGCUUAGAAGUCUUAGGUUUGUGCAGAGAAUAAAAUGGCUGGCUUGCAUGUAUGAAUUGUCAUGCAAUCAUUUGCACUAGUCUUUGCUUAUUCUUAAAUGAAUUUGUAUUGGGAAGUUCAGUGUAUAUUAGUGUACUAUAAGUUAGAGUUCUCAAGGGUUAUGAACACAAAUGCUACUUCCUUCUCCCAUGAUGAUGUGAAAGUGAGAGUAAUAUCGGUUUUGUAUUGCAUUCUGAAAUAUAACUGACUCUGCUAACUGGGUGGGCCUCCUUGAGCCUCAGUAUUCCAGUGCACAAGUCUAAGCAGGCAUGGGGAAGACUUCUGUUUGUGUGUAAUUUUUAUGAAAAUAUGGUUUUUGACACCCAGCCAAUUUAUCAGUAAUCUCAGUUUGACAUAACUAUUACUUCCACAUGAAGACUACUCUAAAAAAGGGAAUGCAAAUAGUUAUAUAAUAGGGUUCAGUGUGACUUCCUUGAGACUGUGGGAUCGACUUUUACACUUAUCUUCUCUGAAGCAGCUGUAAAAAAAUAUUGCAAGUCUCUUGUGUCACCCCAUUGAAGUCUUAGCUUGUAUCAGUUCUGUAGUUCUCUGUUUGGGGGCUUAUGAUUGCGUAAGCAUUUAGAUAUCUCUCAAGCCACUUUGAAUAAAUGAGAUGCUUUGCCAUGAAAAGGACUCAGAGGGCACCUUUCAGAGCCUUUAAUUAUUAAGCUAUCUAUUUGAUCCGUUGAACUUCACCAAGGUGGUUGGCCAUUUGUUAAAAUGGAGUUAGUCCUAUUGCUUUUGGUAAGUCUCUGCUAUAAUAUAAAAUAGCUGCUUCACCUGGACAUGGACAGUCACUUCAGCAGAUGUAUCCUAUGUUGAGUAUAGCAAGAACACUCCAUCACCUUUGAGAAGUGAGUGGGAGCAGAUGUGCUCACAUAGGAGACAGUAGGACUCAACUUCUGCCGACCUUUUAUUGGCUUCAGUAGGAGAUGCUGAUGGAGUCAUUCAUAUUCCAUAGCAUCCUAAGUGAAGGAUAUGCUUCUUUCUCCUCAGCUUCUCAUUCAAGAGAGGCUAAAUGUGACUUUAAAAAAGAAUACCCUGGAAGAGCAAACAAGGUCAAGACUUGGGAUGACCUUUUUUAAAAAAACACAGAAUUGACUCUUUGAGAUUUAUGUUUCUAUCUCUUUGUUUUCAUUUUUCUUUUUUUCAAUGUCCUAAUAAUGCUGUCCAUUUCUUUCAGGUGGGUGUACAUGGUAUUAGAAUAGAAUUCAUCAAUGAAAAAGGAUCAAAACGCACCGCCACCUACUUACCGGAGGUUGCAAAGGAGCAAGGUCAUUGUUGCACUUUAUCUCAUAUGCUCUGGUGAAGAAUUUAAACAUACCUAGGAACUUAAAAUGCAAUAUUUGACCUUGCGCUGAUGUCAGAUGAUGGAGCGAUACUUUAAUUGUAAGGGAUGACUCUUCUUUAAAUGCCACUUAUGUAUCAAUAGAAAAUAAAGGAUUGUGUCCAACUAAGUCACGCUCAGAGUAGACCCACUGAAACAAAUAGACCAGUUAGCCACAUCAGUUGACUUCAGUGGGUCUGUAACUUACUUGCAUACAACCCUAAGUCCCUUUAUUGGGAAUCCUUCCAUACAUUGCAGCAAGCUAGCAAUGUGCUACAGUAAGGUAGCUGAGUAUCAAGAUCAGUAGCAUGCCAAAUAGAAAACGUAGAGCAACGUCCACAGGGUCUCUGUGACAAAAAGCUGCUCUUUGGUGCAUGGGGCUAUCAUCAGCAACAUGGGGAAAGUAUUUUAAAUAAGUGAUGAGACAGUUAUGAAUAAUUGCUAUAAUGUUCCUCUUGUCUGGCGGUCACUGUUGGUACUUCAUCUGCAUGUACUUCGAUUUGCUGCUGUUUGGAGGAGACUCCGGCCUCCAUUUUUCUUUGAGAUGUUUCGCACUUUAUGGUUUUUAAAAUGUGCUUCUAAAAAUGUAAUGUGUGAGUGAACAUUAUUGGAAAAAUGCAAGUCAGUGUGCCGGAAUUGAGUGGCUUCAACCUGUCAAGUGUCCAGCAGGUUACAUACAUACUUGGGUGUUGCUCUCACAGGAUGUGGGGAGUAGGCAUAAGGCCAGGGGCAUCAAUGACACAAGAAGCCACAUUGUGAUGCAAAAAUACUACAUGACACAGAGCCUCAAAUUCCAGUAUUAAAUUGAAAGCUGUCAUUGGCCAGGAUCACCUAUCAACAUGGAGCGGGUGUUGCUCUGUCCCUUGGCAACUCUUUGGUUAAAAACCCAACAUGGUUUGCGGCAAAAGUUAAGAGUAAAAGUUGGUUUGAUUUUGGGCUAUAAGUGCCUGUAAGGACUGCGCUUGUGUAUGACUCUGACCCUCUUCUUAUCACAAUGAAAACCAUGCACUAGUUAGGACUCCCAUCUAAGUCCACAGUCUGAGGCAGCCUGUCAGCAGCCCUGUCCCAUGCUGUGCUAUAGCAAAGGCACUGAGCUGUCAACUUAAUAGUUUGGGAAAACUCGGUGAACUUUGUCAUUGACUAAUUAUAUGAAAUAAAGCAGCUAAUGUAUACUUGCCAAAGGUUUUCUCAGCAUUAUUACUUUUAUUGCGUUGGUUGCACUUUUUCUGCAUCUCUCUACAUGAGUUUCGAGUUUUUUAAGGCAUCUCAUUGGUUUUCAAGGCGUCUCAGUGGGUUGUGUCCUAUGUUAGUCAUACUCCGACCCAACCCAUUGAAAUUAAUGAAUGAGGCUAACUUAAACCCAUUAAUUUCAGUGGGUCAACUCAUGAGUAGACCUUAGUUAGGUAUAAUCCCUUGUGUGGACUGGGAAGAGAUCAUUUUUUAAUUAAAAAAAACAACAACAUGUAUUGAAAUGCUUGGGAUAAUUGUUCAUCCCGUAUCUUCUAAGAAGCUGUAAAGGUCUCUGGAGAUAACAGGCUCACUAGAUUUACAAGGCAAAUGAAACCAGGGGCGGGGGUGGGAGGGUGGGAAUGUUCUGUGAAACACAGUGAUGGUUGGCACAGUCCACCAAGUACCACCAUUGCACAGUCACCAUUAAAAUGGGCAAAGGUUGAUAAACAGUUAUUCGUGGUUAGAUUGCUCUUCAUUAAAUAACAUUGUUAUUUUGUUCAUUGCUAUGGCACAGCAUCUUUGAUAAAGUGUAAGUUAUGCAUUUGCUGAUCACCAUUUUGUACUGAGAUGUAAAAUAGGGUUCAUCUUAAGGAACUAUGAAGUAGGUUACUUCUAAGCCAUGGCUAUUAUCAGUUGCCCACCUAUAAUAUAAGCAUGAAAUAGGAACAUAGUUCUGCUUUUGCUUUUUUUUUACAAAAUGUUUCUCCUGUUCUUCCUCCAGGGAUCUCAGGGUGAUACACAUAGUCCCUUCCCUCUAUUUAUCAUUAGCAAUAACUGCCUCAGAAGGAUGGACAAUGACUUAGGAUCACCCAAUGAACUUCAGAAUUGGCUGAGGUUGUGAACCUGGGUCUUCAUGUAGUCCAGCUUGUAGGUGGAGGUCCCGUGGACCUCCAGAUAGCUGUUGAACUAUAGGCUGGAUGGGGCUGAUGGGAGUUGGAGUCCCAACAACAUCUCAGAGGGUUCCCUAGCCUUGCCCUGUUUUGAUGCUGCAGUUUGAGAGUGUGUGUGUCUGUUUUACCUUUUGUGGGGCCAGGAUUUAACCAACAUACAUGCAAUAUUACCAUUAGAAACUUCAAUUGCAAAUGACUUCAUGUAGUUUUUUAGUGCAAACGUGGCAGCAAAUUUCUUGUUUGCUUAUUCCAUACAUAUUAAAAACAGUUAUAUGAAGCUGCUCUUCCAUAUAAAACAACACAAGUCAGUAUACAAACUAAAAGCAUCAAAUGUUUAAAAAAAUGAGCUCUAGAAAGCAGAAUUGUGUGUGCCUUCUGGCUGCCCACCCUUCUUCACAGGAAGGAAAAGGUGAGAUUUCUUCUUGCAAGGGCAUUUUUCUAGGUGAGAGAAUUUGCAUUCUGCAUGGUUAGACCUGGCCCUGGCGCCUACACAAUGUCUUCACUAGUUAUGCCUUGCAAUUUGGCUUUUGGUUUCUGUGUUCUAAUAGUAUUUUCCUCCCCUGACGAUUCUCAACAGGAUGGGACCAUAUUCAGACCAUAGAUUCCUUAUUGAGAAAAGGAGGCUACAAGGCUCCAAUUACAAAUGAUUUCAGGAAAACAAUAAAACUGACCAGGUAGGAGUCCAUUUUUCUCUAUGCUUACAAUCUGCAUUUCAUGGGCACGCCAGUUUUAUUAUUGGCAAAAAGUGAGCUGUUUCCAGCAGCAUCUCUCCUGAUAAUGGCAGCAAAGAUCUAAUAAUGACGCUUAAUAGAAUAUUCUCCCCUUUCUUCUGCAUCUGGAUCUAAUGGAUUCUAGGAGUCUGGGCAUAUUAGGUUAUUAGAGCUUUGCAAAGAGGAAUUGAUUAUGAUGAUGAACAGAUUGCAGUAUGAGAGCAGCAGCAGUCCUGAAGCUCUUCAUUUAGAGGCUGAGGCAGUUGCUUUCAGGCUCUUAGCCCAAAGCAAAUGUGACAUUAAAUGUAUAACUGUAUUAGCUGCAGGAUUGAGGCUGUCGGCAGAGGGGGCUUAACCCUUUCUCCCUGUGCUGCACCCCUGCUGAAAAUCCCCAGCUGCUUUUGUUAACAGGGAAAUGUUUGUUUGUUUGUUUGUUUAGGAAAGUAUUUGUAUACCACCAUUUCAUGCAAUACAACAUGGAGGUGCAUGGCAGCAUAUACCAUAAAAUGUAAAACACCACAAAACAGUAUACAAUUACUAAAAUGACUGAUGAUAAAGAAUAGAUACAUACAGUGAUUAAAAGUAGGCACACUGAAUGAGUUCAAGCAUUUAACAUCAAAAGCUUUGGCGUCACAUCAGAGCACUGUGUCAUGGCUGGACCAGCUUUUGUGCUGAACAGUUUUGAGCCCUUGAAAGCUAUCACUGGACUUGGCCAUUGUUCUGGGCUCUUAAUUUUACCAAUUUCUUGCAGAGCAGCUUCCCUCGUAGCUCUCUAAUGGCACUAGGGUCAGCCUAUAGCUUAUGAUCUAUGCCAGAGCCUGUGACCAUCCAGAUCUGGAUGCAGCUGAUGUUCCACCGUGCCUCAUUCUAACUCAGGCUCAGGAGAGUUGGGAGUCAAACAUCUGGGUGGCCACAGGUUCCACAUCCCUGAUCUUUGCAAAUUUGAUGGUGAGGUUUGGUCCUUUUAACUAGGCACUACUUCCCCAGUCCUGUACACAUUGCCGAAUGGGUGGACUUAAUUAGACCCGGAUUGCAGCUACUUCAGUUUCAAGCCAGUUUAGCUUUUAAGGGAAACUUUAAACACAGCAGAACAAUUCUGCCUUUUUUUCUCUUUAAUGGCUAAAUAUUUGCCGAUCUGUGCUGUUUGUGUAAUUAAACAUCAAACUACCUUUAAAGGCAAUUCCAGAACUAUUCCAGAUAAGUGUGUGUUGCUGAUCAUGGGCCAGAUCCUGUGUUGGCAGCCACACCAAAAUGCACAUUCAUCCUUAGUAGAACUUCUGGUUUAAUUUACAAAUGCUUCCCUUCCCAUUUAGCCUCACUUCUUCUUCUUCUUUGGCGAUUCAUUUUAUUCUGAUAUAUCAACAGUUGCACUUUUUAAAUCAUAAAGGUAAAGGGACCCCUGACCAUUAGGUCCAGUCAUGGCCGACUCUGGGGUUGUGGCGCUCAUCUCGCUUUAUUGGCUGAGGGAGCCGGCGUACAGCUUCUGGGUCAUGUGCCCAGCAUGACUAAGCCGCUUCUGGCGAACCAGAGCAGCGCACGGAAACGCCGUUUACCUUCCCGCCCGAACGGUACCUAUUUAUCUACUUGCAGUUUGACGUGCUUUCGAACUGCUAGGUUGGCAGGAGCAGGGACCGAGCAACGGGAGCUCACCCCGUCACGGGGAUUCAAACUGCUAUCCUUCUGAUCGGCAAGUCCUAGGCUCUGUGGUUUAACCCACAGCGCCACCAGCGUCCCCUUUUUAAAUCAUAGCAGUACAUAAAACAGGUGCUGUGCGUGUGCUUUUUGUUGAUGCUUUUGCUUCCCUUCACUGUCUCUGAUGCACAUUCAAGGCAUUGGGCUAGAUGCCAGACCUUAAGGUAUGGGUAGCCAGCAUUGUAUCAUCCAGAUAUUGCUGGACUACAACUCUUAUCAUCCUGACCAAUGGUAAUGCUGGCCAGGGCUGAUUGAAUUUGACAAGGAAAAGCUACACAAAGAAUACUAGCCCAAGAGCUGCUUGGUGAAUGGGCAUGUCGAUGUGUGCUUGAUUUAGAAGCUUGGACUCUGGUGAGUUCUUCCCUGUGCCAAAUCUGACUGUGGCUGAAAGCAGGUCUCUUCUAAUUGCCUUCUCCUUAGUCAGUGGGUCAUGGGGAUGGCUUCAAAUAAAUAACAGAAAAAUAGCUUCAGAUAAAUAACAUACAGGAAGCCAAGUUGUUGGGGUUUUUUUUGUUUUUAAAGUAAAAAACAUGGUGGGAUUUGUUUGUUUUUUAGUCUAGGUCAUAAGAGAGAGGGGAGGGCAUUCCACAAGCUGGUUCUAGAUAGCAGGUGUUUAUAGAAGCUCAUUCUCCAGCCCUAAUGACUAGUUGUAGGAAUCAACAUUGGUAUACUCUUCCAAUUAAUUAAUAAUGGCCUUGUCCCUUCCAAGGCUUACCCUAUUUAGGUUAUUCCUCAUGAAAUUUAUGCUCCUAGGUCAGGGGUCAGCAAACUUUUUCAGCAGGGGGCCAGUCGACUGUCCCUCAGACCUUGUGGGGGGCCGGACUAUAUUUUGAAGGGGGGAAAAAUGAAUGAAUUCCUAUGCCCCACAAAUAAUCCAGAGGUGCAUUUGAAAUAAAAGCACACAUUCUACUCAUGUAAAAACACCAGGCAGGCCCCACAAAUAACCCAGAGGAGCAUUUGAAAUAAAAGGACACAUUCUACUCAUUUAAAAACACACUGAUUCCUAGACCGUCAGCAAGCCAGAUUUAGAAGGCGAUUGGGCCAGAUCCGGCCCCCGGGCCUCAGUUUGCCUACCCAUGUCCUAGGUCAUUGGUGAAUAAUGGAUCAUAAAGGGGCAGGGAACCUGUGUGCGGACAUAUGUGUGUCUGGCCUCUAUAUGCAGACUGUAAUGUGUGUGCAUUGUGUUACUCACUGAAUAUUUUGAAUAUUUUGCAGUCAGAAGUCUGUUUCUUGAUGUGUUGCUUUGGGAAAUCCUGAACGUUUCCUCCUUUUCUUUAAACCCUUCUGUCUCUGCUUUUCUCCCUCUCUGCCCCCACCCCCGGCCCCUGUAGGUACCGCAGUGAGAAGAUGACCAUGAGCUACACAGAAUACCUUGCUCACCGUCAGCAUCAUCACUUCCAGAAUGGCAUUGGGCACCCCCUCCCACCAUACAACCAUUAUUCCUGACACUGAGCCGCAUGACCAGUCCCUGGACUUCUCUGCAGACCUCUUCCCAGGAGACCCCGCCCCCUCUUGGUCUAGCUAUCUCUAUUACUGUACAAUUUUAUGAUGAUAGUUUCCGUUGCCAUGAUGGCACUUCUCCACAGCAGGUUAAGUUCAUCAUGGCAACGGAUGGAAACGCUGCAUCAUUACAAAGAGCCCCUUCACUCUCUUUUUACAAAAUCCUUACUUUGGCUAGUAUAUAGACCUUUUGGGAUUCUUUUGAUAUAAAACCUUAAAAUUCUAACUUCAUUAACAUUGAAUUAUAUCAGUCAAAUUUCUCUGUAAGACUGUGGAUGGAAGGAAAGAGUAUAAUGCUUAAAGGGCUUGGAUUAGAGAAUACAAGCAUGAUUAGCGGCUCAUAAAAACAAAAUAUACCAGAUUUAGGUCAGAAAUUUAGACUAUGAAGGAGGCCUGAGUAGGACUAGCUGUACAAUCCUCAACGUUCCUAUAAACUUGUUUUGAUUUCGUGUAAGUAAAUAUGUGAGCCUCAGAUCCUUCUGAUAAUCCUAGGAGAGGCAGAUUUUGAGAUGAAUUGCUUGAUUAUGAAUAGAAGGCAGCUAUGGCUUUUGCGUGGUUUACAAUGAUCAUAUAGGAAGAAUUUUAUUGCAAAGCCAGUUCAGGCUAUGUUGGCCAAUGCAUUUGCCAUUUUAAUAGCUGCACAUCUAGGAAGGCGGUGUGCCACCUUUUUACUCAUGGGACUCAAGGCCUUCACAGGCCCCAUGUAUAGCAAGGUGGCUUGUGCAUGAGUGACUGUUUGCACCAAUGCCAUUCUAAGACUUCAAGGAUAGAAGCUGCUUUUGUGCUGAAGCCGUUGGCAUGUAGCAGCUGUCGUAUAAGGAAGUCAAUGGAUUUAGGUAUUAGUGCCUUUGACAAGGAUGCAAGUUAUCAAAAUAAUAGGGGGGGCAUAGGGAUAAACUGGAGAAAAGAUGGCUAUAUUGAACUCCUUUCUCUAUUGAGAGUUGGUGAGGAAUGAAAUUUGUUCGAGAGUAGAAAUCGGUUUUCUUCUCUCUCUUCCCAACAUAUUCCAGUUGCCUGGAGUUUGUUACAAUCAACCAAACGCAAUUACUCUUUUAAGUAGUCAUGGUGGUGGAUAUGAAAAAUGCGUUUGGAUUUAAUGAGUCAUCUGAAUGGUUCUGAGCCGGAGGGAUCAGUCCUAUGGCAAUGACUGUCUUUCUGUCCUACAUGAAAGGGGCUGAAAGAGUUAUUGUCUUGAUCAGACUCUAGCAAUGAGGAAGAGAGACGGGGAAAAGGCGUUCAUGAAGUUGGAAGCCGCUAGUAGUUUGGGACUCACCUUAUUUAAUGUACUGACAGAACUCUCGUGGACAGUGAUGAAGUGUAUAUUCAAGGGGAUAGGCUCUUUGCUAAACAGCCCUGUGAUCUUAAGAUGAAGAGCGAGAUAUAAAUUUAAUAAAUAACAAUAAUAAAUUUUGGAGGAACCAAAUACAUUUUCACAGGAAUCCCAGCAUAUUUCAUUCACUAGAUGUGGAGUUCAUAUGCAUACCUAUAGGAGGAUAGAUGAGUGUGGGCAAAACCAAACACUAUUAAAUGUCAAGCAGCUGGUUAAGAAUCCUCAAAUGUACUCUUAAUUCUCAUACGUACAGAGAGGCAAGCAGAGGAUGGCUCUCACAUUAACAGGGAAGCUAGCAGAGAAAGUUCUCACAGGGAAUGCUGUCAUUUCCUUCAUCCACAACAUUUGAUGUCCAAAUAUUAACUUUCUGUUUUAAUGCCUUAAUUUUAAGUGAGCAGAAGGCCUGAAAACACAAGUAGCCAACAGAUGUCUGGCAGACAUUGCAGGUCGGGAAAAGAACUGGCCAUUGCUUCUGUUGAAGUUAUGUGGGAACCCUUUCCAUUUGGGUGUUGGAAGGCAGAUUCACCUUGAAACAACAGGUAUCAACAAGUGGCUUUCUGAAUGCAACUUUUUCAUUCUUGCCCUUUAAAGGGAAACUUGAGCACAAGCUGAAAAAAACAUUAUCUGCUGCAAAACAUUUGAAAAAUCAGCCAUGGCCACCCAAUCCCAUCUUUCCUCUGUUAUCUCAUUACAGCUCAUGCUUCUGGGUGAGCUCAUUGUUAGAAGUUUUUUAAAAAGAUCUAUUAUAUAUAUAUAAAUAUAUGUGUAUUUAAAGGUGCUAAUCAACCUUGAGCAGGUCACGUGACUGGUCAUGCGGACUCGGAAAUCAUAUCAGAUUUUUUUAGGAAAAAAAAUCCUCAAUAUAUGCAGAUGUUAUACAGAAUUUCUUACCAGUGUAAUAAUGAAAUACUGAUUUAAAUAAAAUAUCCUGCAGGGUUUGAAGGACGAGGUCAGCAAUACUUCCCACCAUGGCUUGGGGGAGGAAAAAGGAUCAUUUUGUCUCCUUUUUUGUACACAGUGUAAUGCACAAUGCAUAUUUGUCUAUGUUUCAGUAGCUGUUGCUUGGGAAAUUAAAACUAGUUCAAAGGGUUAUACAAACUGGAAAGGUGUGCUUUAAAAAAAACAUGAAAAACCUCCAGACCCUUCUGAGCCUAUCUUGCAUAUGUUCAUUUAGGAAGAGUUCUUGCUUGGCAUGUUGUGAGACAGAAGCUUCAGCAAAUGUUCUGUUUUUACAUAUAGAUGAAUCUGUUUCUUGCUGACAUUUUUUUCCUGGCACUUACCUCUUGAGCAUGGAAGUGCCAACGACACAAAGGAUUAUGUUUCUUAUGUAAUUGUAGGUUUAUUCGUACAAAACAUGAUGUACUUCACAGGAACAUAGUAGCUCUGUUUGCUGAAAACAAAUCAAGGAAAAAAACAAGGCUUGAAAUAUGCCUUGUGGUUUGUUCCUAAAUAUGCAAAUUGAAAUUGGAGCAUUUUCUGUUGAUUUUGAAAAUCCCAGACAGAUUUCUCACCUUCCUGUCAAUAUUGAUCACUGAGCUUUGGGCAAGCAUUGAUCAGUUACUUUUGCCUUAUUUCAUUCCAAAAGGCGCUUUUGUUCUAGCUUUAAAAGUUUGCUUCCUGCACCCGUGUGGUAUGAGGCAGUUCCAGAACAAGUCUCUCCGGUUAUGCUGAAGGAGAGUUGCGUCCCUGAGCUGCACACACACAACAUACACCGUUCCAGUAGCUGGAAGAGUCUUGUGCAGUGAUGUGUCUUGCAUCGUUGCCACUUUCCCUCUGGGGCCGCAGUAGGCUCCGGUGGGAUGGGAGGUGCUUUGCACCAACCGCAACACAAUUGUCAGCUGGAAGCACCGGGCCACACCACACACCCCGAUGCGUAUGUGUAUCUCAACCUUUUCACUUGUCUUCAACUGUGCAGGUUCUUGAAACUGUUGCCUGGAGUAGAUUACAUCUCUUGUGUGUUGGAUCGAACCAAAGAAUCCUCCAGCCAAGCCUAAAUGCUGCUCCUAAAAAAAAAAUAAAAAAGCCUGCCUUCCAGUCCUUCCAAAAUCCCUGCAGGAUGAAAUGGGUUAACUUUUUUUUAUUUUUGUACAGUUUCUUAACUGAUUUUUUGCUAGUGAUGUUAAUUGAAUUAAGUUUCGAGGAGCCUAAGCGACUCCUCCAAUGAAAUAAAACUGGUGACUUUUUUGUGUUUAAAAUAAAAUAAUAUAGAAACCCGAAGUGUGCCUCUCAGAUUUUAAGGGUUUCUGGUUACAUUUAUUAAGACCAGCAAUGAUUAUUCUUUAUAUACAAAGAUAUGUUUUUUUCCUUGUUUUUUUUAUUACUGUUUCAGAAGAAGACUAAAAAAAUGAAUAAAAAAAAAUACCUUCCUUUUGCUCUGGAUCCAGUAACUUUGCUGGUACACAAAUGCACUGAGAACAAAAGAACUUUUGUAACAACUUAUGACUGUUUUGUAUAUCAAAGUUGAUUCUUUUCAAAAGAUUGGAUCUAGUUUCUAAGUUAUUUUCGUGUUUUAUAUGUUACAAGAAUUAAUGGUUCACCAGCAUAAUGAGUUCUUUAAUGCAACAAGGUGACACAAAUGGGCAAAAAAAGAAAAGCUGCCUGGAGUAGCUUAAAGGCCCCUAUUUUUUUCCUUCCUUAGUAACUUGACUAUUGAUUACAAUAUUAUCACAGAUUACCACAAACCUCCUACCAUUUAAACUAGAUCCUUCCAUGUUUAUUUGCUAUUAGUGUGAAGAUACUGUUGAAUAAAAUGGGCAUUUUUAUAAGUAUGGCUUAAAGGUAAAAAUGAGGAAAAAGGAAAAAAAAUCUAGAAGGUAAUCUGUGGGUCUGUGAGAUAAUGGCUGUGGAAAGAUAUUGUAGUAGUUUUAACACUAUUGUUAUUACCCUUUAAAUCAUUUACCCAAUAAAAAUAAGCAGAAAAAGAAAUAA